AUGCUCUCUGUCCUCCUGCUAGCUGGGUUGAUUCUGGCUCUGUCCAUCCCUGGCACAACGUCUGAGUCAGCCACACUGCGGUUCCUGGGGCAGACAGACUUUGUUGUCAACGAGAGCAGCACAGCUGUAAUCCGUCUGGUUGUGGAGAGAGUGGGAGACCCGGUCAAUGUGACAGCUUUGGUUCUGGUAAGACAUGGGACAAGCUGAUCAUUGAUGAGUCGCUGUAUAAUCAUUUUUAUCAACCUGUCAAAUCAUCCGUCAGUCACUUUGACUUUUGUCCAUAAAUGACAUUGGUGAGUUUACAGACUCAUUGUGUUCAUAAAAACCCUUUGGUGGGAAAGGGCUUUGGCUUUAUGUCCUCCACAUGGGGGCUCAUGUCAGCUGCUCACAGUGGGUGUCUGGUAAGGCGAGCUGGCAACACAGGGGGGUAUGGCAGAAGGGGUUUACCAUGCUUAGUGAUGUCUUUACCAUAUUUCUUGCACAAAUUCUACAUAGUAAAGCUUAAGAUUCAGCAGAAAAAGACACCAGCACAGACAAAGAGAGGAAAACAGUAGCUGCUCUUUGUUAAAGGAAAGAGCUGAAACCGAUCAAAGUAUUUGGCUCAGGACUUCCUCUGGGCUCUUGCAACAUUUCAGCUUUCAGUAUCAUGAUGUUUUUAUUGUUCUUGUGCCUUUCUCCCUUUUUCUUAUUUACAGUUUGAUGUGUUUGACAAGGAUUUCAUCAAAAUUUACCAUGAAGGGUAGGAAUCUUACAUUAUGUUUAUAUCUGAAUUUUAUAUCUUCAUGUUUCAUCGUGUUUUCUCAGCUAGAGGGAGUUGACACAGGAGACUUUGAAGCGGUUAACGCUGCAGCUUUCCUGCUGUCCACCGAGUCCAGUAAAACCAUAUUCAUCGCCGUGAAGGAUGAUGACUUGCCUGAAGCUGAUGAGACAUUUACCUUUAACCUUACACUACAGGUAAAUAGAUUUUCUUUCUUCAUAGAAAUGUCAUUUCAUGCCUACUUAAGCAUCACAACUUUUUUUUUCUUAAACUAUGUGGCUUUUAUGUUCCAAAUGCAAGUGUCAGGAAUGAUGAGAACUCUUUUCUCCAGAACUUCAAGCUUCCUUUCCACACAGUCCCACUGUUCAAAUUCUGCCCCUGACCUUCUUUAACCCUAACCCCCUACAUAGGGUUAGAAUUCAGGGGUGGCAGCAGCAGUUAGUCUGGAAAUCUCUGAGCUGUAGGGUCUUUGAUGGGUCUGAUAUAGGACUUUUCCAGGACUGGCUUGAAUGGGGACAAAUGUUGUCCAUUCCUGUUGAAAGACACUUUUGUAAAAAGAAAAUAACUUUGACAGCCAAAGCCUCACCACACAGUAGAUUAAAGUGAUUCUCUCGUUCAACAUCGCCAUCGACUUUGAUGGGCAUGUCGGUGCUGAGGAUUUCUCUUGUGUAUAUGGUGUUUGUUCACUAUUGCCCCUGACACAAGAUUGAAGAUUACUGGAAUCCGUAAUGAUGAAUGAAAGGAUUCAUAACAAGUGCAUGAAAAGCUUUCAUUCAAAGUCCUUAUCAUCAAAAGGCAAACUUUCUCCAACUUUGUUCCAGUCCAGCAACAGACAGAUAAAGUUAAAUAAAAAUGACUGAAAGCUUUCAAUUAUUUCUCACUUUAGUAGUUGCCAGAAGAACAACCAUCACAACCCUAAAUGCCUUACACCAACAGACUAUCGCCAUGGUUUCAUGUAGCCUUUAGCUGCCAAGUUUGAUUGAUGAGUUGGGAGGGGUCUGCUUUUGCCAUCUGCCUGUAUUAUCCCUCACUUAAAGACCUAAGACAAAGGUCAUUGUGAAUCACUGUCAGCUGUUUAUAUUCAUGAAAUAGCAACAACCACCCCUAGCUGCUACAUGAGUUGUUGUUUUUUUUUUUCUGUGGUAUUUUCAUUUUGUGACACCUGGUGAAAAUCCAGAAGCGUGCGCCACUUAAGUGAAAGACCAGCUGAGGCCCACUUAUUCCUUCUGUUUACAUCACAGCCAAGACAAAGCUUCGGUCAAACACUGCCCUAUCAACUUACUGAGGGUGUGUCUGGAGGAUGAAUGUUCCCCACGAUGGAUGUUAUAGAUCAGUCAAAGACAAGUUGUGUUUAUCAGGAGACUCUCAUUAUUGCUGUCAGUUCAAUCUGUAGAAAACUGUGUUGUAAUUUUGUUAGAAAACAGUAUGAAACAACAUGAUUUGGUAUAGCUGUUGUGGACCAGAGCAGGUGCAGCCCAACAGGGUGGUGCAUGGAUGAAAGGUAAAAACAUUCAUGGUUGAGGCAUAGAUUAGGGGGUGUAGCGGUUGAUGUAGUGCUGCACACAGAUAGAGAACAGAUAGAAGCUGAUUUUAAAAGCAUAUGUUUUAAACAAAAUUGUGAAAGAGCUAAAGAAUUCAUGUGCAGGAAUAAUUCGUAAUUAGUCUUUUUGACCUAAAUCUUGCUCUGUUCACAAAUCCUGUUUUAUUUAAGUUUGUGUAUGUAGUUGGACACCCAUGAGUGUGUGCGUAUAUGUCUGGGCAGCUUCCUGGCUCAGCCAGCGGCUUGGCUUUGUGAAUUCGUGUGGAUUCUGUGUCUGUGGGUUGACCGCUACAAGAGCUCAGCAGCGGAAAAGAAAGCUCUAUUACAGCAGGGGAAAGCCCUGUUUGAAUAGGGGGAUAAAUUCAAGAGGCCUUAGCUCUGUCUUGUUCCCCAUUUUCCCUUUUUGCUUGUUCUUAUCUUAAUAUACACACACAAACACACACACCCAAAAAAAAACAAAAAAAAAAAACACUCAGUGGUCCUCCAAGUGGGCCCUGAUUGGCAAUGGAAAACAUUUCAAAAUGGCUUUUGGGCAGAAACUUGUGUUUCUGUUUAGCAUCUAUGUCAAGGCUCUAAUAGUUAAUCUCUUGUUAUUGAAAGUUUUGGCAGAAGCCUGUGUACUUGAGUUAAGACAUGGUGGUUCUCACCACAGUUGUUCCAUGAGAUGCUUGUGAAAACAUUGGUAAGCUCACUAAUGGAAACCUUGGAAAGUUUACCUCAAUAACAAGGCUGUGGUCUUUAUCUUUAAUAGGGUUCAGAAAAAGGGAAACCCCCCCUUUGUUACCAUCAUUGGUUAUGGUUUCUUUUUGUCAGGUUAAGAAAACACUCGGAGUGUAAGCCUUGUUAGGGCACUGUUUGAUGUUAAGCAAGCUGAGACGUCAGGUUUAUCAGGUCUUAGUGCCAAAUCACAGACCAAAGCACAAGUCCCAAAGGGGUAUCCCACUGUGAGCUAACCUGACAAAUCAGCCAGGGUGAGACCAGUACUUCCUGUCUUUGUGCCUUCCCACCAGGCCCUCUCAGUGGGUGCACAGAAAUGAAGUGAAAACAGAGGACAAGGCAGAGGUUUUUUUUUCUUUACUACCGCAAUACAGAUUAAAGGGGAAGGCUACAAUGAGUUCUUGAGUAGGAACUGCAUAUUUAGUUAGUUUAUAUCUAAUCCUUGCAUCCACUCUACUUUCCAGAGCUCCUCUAAUGGCGUGACACUGGGAACACCAAACAAGGCAACCAUCACCAUCCUGUCCAAUGACAAUGCCUUUGGAAUUAUUGCCUUCAACUCAGUAAGAAACACAAAACAUCUCUUGCACCAUAAACACGCACGUUUGUGUCCACUGGUGUUAGUAAGUCAUGGGGGAAAGUGAAGAGACGGGGAUGGAGUUUGUUUGAACCCUCUGCUGCUGAGAGAGGUCCAAUUCUGACAGUAUUUGGUUGUGGGAGGGGUUACUACAUAGUGACCGUGGGUUUCUCAGGCAAUUCAAACCACAGCACUUAUCAGUGGGAAUGUAUAGUGUUCCCAUGGUAGCUCUGAGGAAUAUUUGGAGCUGUUUACUCUGACGGCACUCAACGCUUUCACAAGCUGGAUAAUGAUUUGGCUUCUCUCGAAUCAAUAAAGGCUGCAGGCAGCGGAGAAUGUGUUAGAGCCAGAGAGCUGAACACAUUCCUGUAUAUUAUUUCUUUAUUCCAUCUUUUUCUCCAUAUGCAUUUUGUUCUUAAUUACUGAAGCUGUUGUAGUGGUACUUGAAUUUUACAGAAACAAGUGAAGUGAUAUGUGCUGAAUCUUCACAGCACAUUUUUACUUGUUCUUAAAGAUGAACAAAUCAAAACCUAGUGUUUUAAAAAAAAAAAUCUUUUUUUUUUUUUUUAUGUUGUUUGUAUUACUGUGGCAUCCAUAACAGGGUAACAAAGCUCAUGCACAAAAAAGGACCAAAAACCAAAUCAAGAAAAAAAAGUAAUUUAAUGAAAAAAACUUGUUUUUGUCUUUUAACUCACAAAGUCAUUUCAUGAAUGUGGAACUCUGUCUUUUAGCGUGCCACAAAAUUUCUGAAUUUGAAAAUUUAAUUUACCAUGGAUGAUCUUAACAUAUGUGUCAUCAGAAUAAAAACACUACAGAAGCCAAAUGUCCAUUUUAAUUCCUGUAACUCGAAAAUAAUAAUGCGUAAACCUAGUUAUGUUUGAAUCUUCAAGCUAACAAACUCAAUGCCCGUAAGUCUUUGACAUUGUGACUAAGGUUCAAAUAUAAUGGCGGAAAAGACAUGCGAGAAUUUCACAAUUGACAACAUGCUGAAUUGAUAAUAUUUUGCUGCUCAGGUUCUGUCACUGUUUGUCAAUGUCACUGUCUUUCUCUUGUUGUCUCAGACUGAGGAGGUUGUGGUCGAUGAGCCAAGAGGAAGGAACCAUUAUGUGCCUUUCACCCUAAUUAGAGAAAAGGGAACAUACGGGACUGUGACUGUAAACUUUGAGGUGAGAGGACAUUGUACUAGAACAUUAUUAUUAAACCAUUACAGAGCUUGAUAACGAGCUAAUCAUUUGAAUCAGGUGUGUUGGAGCAGGGAAACAUCCAAAACAUGCAGGACAGUGGGCCUCGAGGACUGGACUUGAGAACCACUGUACUAGAAUUAACAUGCAAAUUAAGAUGCUCAGAUUGAUCAUUUAUUAAAAGAACUGAAGGGGUGAUUGAUAACUGAACUUCUGAUAAGUGGUCUGGGGGUUUUUGGGCUUGCAGAAGCAUUUACAUGAAAGUUACUUCUUAUGUUCAGAUUUCUGGAGGACCUAACCCCGCCUUUGAGGACCUCAGUCCGGACAAAGGGAACAUCACCAUUCCUGUUGGACAGUCUGUGGUGCAGUUUAUCAUCCUCAUACAGGACGACCAGGUACCAAACUUUUCCUCUACAGCUGAUCAACACAAGCCAAUUCCUAAUUAGUACGUGGCCACUGGAUCAGAUUAACCUGAGUGGAUCUGUCCCUCCAUCAGUUUAACUGGCAUAUGUUCUAGACUGUUUAAAUUUUGGAUGAGAAAAAUUUAAGUAUGAUUAAAUUGAAUUAAAAAGGUGUUGUGGCAUUUGAACAACAAAAUAUCAGCUCAGAUAAGUUGUUUUAGUCCACUUAUCAUCCCUAUCUUUUUAUUUUGUACAGUUUUUGAGUCUGCUAAGUUUUUGCAUUUUUUGACACCGAAUCUCUACAUCUGUUUAGAGCGUACAAUGGUUGACUUCGCAUAAAUGUUUCUCUUCAAUGUUUAGCUCCCAGAAGAUGAUGAGGUGUUUUCAGUCAGGCUUACUAGCGUGGCUGGUGGAGCUCUCCUCAAGCCCAAUGCCAGCAGUGUCCAACUGAGAAUCAGGCGUAAUGACAGCCCUCUGCGGUUCUCCCACUCUAUCAUGGCGGUACAAGAGUCUGCUGGGGUCAUUACCCUCAAUCUGACCCGUGGCCGGUUGACUGAGGACGGGCCACUUGUCGGCUCUGAUGACACCGAGGUUACUCUUUUACUCUAGUUUUUUACUUUCUAUAUGUUGAAGAGUAAAUUCCACCCGAGACGAAUGUGAACAAACCGGACUGUACUUUUCUUAGGUCUCUGUAGAUUACAUGGUGGUGAGCGGUGACGCACUGGGCAGUGCUACACCAGCUGUGGAUUUCCUCGAUCUACAACCAGUCAGGACCAUCACAUUCCCUCCAUUUGUCUACAAGUCCAGCCUGCUGUUCAACAUCAGAGACGACGACGUGCCAGAAAUUGCUGAAUCCUUCCAUGUGGUCCUGCUGGAGGAGACCAUAAAAGGAGAUGCUGUGCUGGUUUCACCAAAUGCUGUGCUUGUGACCAUCGAGCCCAAUGAUAAACCUUACGGUGUCCUGUCAAUCAGCAGCAGCGCUAUCAUACAGCCGAUCACUAUCAAUGAAGACCUGACACAGAGGUAGAUAACACUUAUAAAACUCUCUUGACAUGUGAUUUAAUUUUUUUUCAUGCUUGAUUUCAUUCAGUUAAUAUAUAAAACAUUCAAUACAAACAAGGAAAAAUCUCAAACGUGAAUAAAAAGGGGCAGAAAGAAGAAAAAUCUUGUAGUCUGCCCCUCUUUCAUAAGAUAUUAAGCAACUAAACCCAUCAUAAAAAAUAAGCCUAAAAUAAAGGGCUGCAGGCCAACAUGUCUUUUUACAGUUCAUUAUUUCUUAUUUUCAAAAACAACCCACAAAAUAAACAGGAAAGACCAUGUUGAUUCAUAUUUUUUUUCACAAAACAAACAUACCAAGACUUAAAUUAACAUAUUUCCCUGUAUUUACUCGACAUACUGGCUUUGACACUUUUAGCUUCUUAAUUUUUUUUCUCUGAUUGUUCCACAAACUUAUUCCUCUCAAUUAUCCACAUUUGAAGUUCUCAUACUUGCAUUAUAUGAAUGUACAACAUUACCAUGUCUCUGUUUUCUCAUCCCUGUAGAUUUGACGGCAUUAUUAUUGUUAGAAAUGGGGGUAGCUACGGUGCUGUGUCAGCCAACUGGUCCAUCAGUAGAAACUCCAGUGACCUCUCUCCAGUGUCUGAUGAUUUGGGGCCUGCAGAGGGAACAGUGAGAUUUGCUGCUGGUCAGGUGACGGCUGUUAUUCCAAUAAACAUUGUGGCGGAUGAUCUACCUGAAGAGGCAGAGGCUUUUACUCUCAGGCUGCUGCCUGAUACUGUAACUGGAAACGCAGAGGUGGAUGAACCCAUGGAGGUCAGUCAUGAGAAAUUCUUUGGGAGCAAUAAUUUUCUAUUAAGCCUCUCUGUGCUGGUGAAACAUGAAACACGAACUGAGAGAAAACAGCAAUGGCUGCACUUGUGAGGAGACGUAUACUCCAGAUGUUGUGCAUGUGUUACGCAUGUGUGAGUGUUUGUGUUUGACCUACCGUAAGGUACAGUGGCAAACUUGGCACAAUCUACAAAAGUCGACCCCUUAGUGUGUCACUUUACUCUGUGGGUGUCCGCUUGAUGUGGCUGAGUGAAAACAAAGCGGAAGCAGCAGGCCCACUCCGUGUGUGGUGUGUGUGUGUGUCUGUUGUUGUUUUUUUUUAAGAAAGCGUGGGCGAAGUGGUGACAGUUUUUUAUAGUUUAGGGCUUUGUCCGAACCUCUCUUGGCCAUGUGUGAAAGAAGUGGGCAGAUCUGAGUCUUGUUUAUGUUGAAGGCAUGAGAUGAGACACAUGCAAACUCUGCUUUGGUCGCAUAACAGACACACACCAGAAAAACCACCUCAGCUUGUGAAGUUAGAGGGUGUGUUUGCCAUCUGUGCAAAAAAGAGUUGGCUCGACGGAAACACCUCCAAAGAAUUAGUUUGGAGCUUCGGCAGCAGGGCAGGUUCACCAGCUUUAAUUGCUAUGAGUGUUACAAAUGAUAAAUUAUAGACAUUACUGAGCUGUAAAUCAGUGAUUGUGAGCAUGCCACGCAAUGCAUCAGACAAUUACAAGUUUACAGGAAACGAAUAAGCCUCAUACCAAUGAAAACUCCUCUCGCAGUCUUAGCGCAGUUAAUUAAAGAGGAUGGCUCUCUAAAGUUAGCUCAGGGCUCUCUUUUACUAUUUUCAGUCUCACUUGUUUUCCUCCCUCCGCUCCUCACCUCUCCUUCCUUUUUAACGUUAAGAUGCAGUCGAAGAACACAACACAAUAUUUUCCAAGUAGCUCACAGUAAAUCUUGGAUUAGCUGCAUUUAUCCCCUUUCAAGCUAAAAAUCAUCAACCUUUCUAUCAUCGUGCUGCCUGACGGUACUUAAGCCAUACAGCUAAGGCUUUGUUUCAAAUUGAAAUUAAUACAUGGAAUUAAGGAUGUAUUAAGUUUGGUGUUUACUACAAUUUACAGAAACCCAUUUUUGAUCAUUCCCAAUCUGUCAAAUAUAACAAGCCUGUUUCCUGUUUUUGCUGGUUUGUAAUUUGUGUUUUUAUUCUUUGCCUCUUUCUGCUUCCCCAGGUUGUGUUCUACAUUCAGGACAGUGACGAUGUCUAUGGGCUUUUUCGAUUUGACUCUGCCAAAGAGCAAAGCAUCCAAAGCCAACCAGAGGGUCGAUUCUUGUCACUAAAUUUCCUGCGAGACGGUGGUACACUGGGAGACGUGACCAUGACUCUCACAGCUCUCUACAUUCCUUCAGGCCCGAUAGACCCAGCACUUGCCCGUGACCAGGUUUUGAAUGUUAGCAGGACCAUUAAUGUGGUGUUCGCCCGUGAGAGGAUGGUACAUGUUGUUCUGCCAAUCAGGAAUGAUGCUUUUUUGCAGAAUGGAGCUCAUUUCUUAAUACAGGUAACUAGCUCGAAGUAAAGACCAACAUUUAGGUCAUUUAUCUGUUAAAAACAUUUGUUUUUUUGUUAUAACUUUUCCUCUUUGAAUGAAAUUGCUAUUUUAAAAUCGCAACGAAGCCAAAGUUUUCCUUGUUAGCUCCAAAAAAAGUGCUUUUUCUCUUAGUGUUUGCACUUUAGGCCAAAUCAGUGCAAUCCAAAGUUGAAGUGCCUUAUUUGCAUGUGUGAAUGGUUUGACACUGGCACUCAAAUCUGGCAUGGAUAUACAGAGUUUACCCAAGUGUCCAAACUAACAACAUCACCUAGCACCUCAGAGAAAAAAAGUGCCAAAAAAAAAAACGCCUUUUCACUUUUUGAAUGGCGUAAUCACACAACACAUCUUAAGGAAGAGGCCUUGAGUAUACAUGCACUUAAAUUAAUUGGGCACCAAAGGGCAUUCCAACAUGACAGAAAUGAUAUGCUAAUGAGAUAAACUUGUAUCUUUUGUUAAUUAAUAGUUGCAGUAACGUGCUUUAUGAGAAAAAAACUUAAAACUUUAAAACUCAUUACCCAGUCUUAAUGUUUUUACAAAUAAAGUCUCUUUCUUUCAGUUGAAUACACUAGAGCUGGUCGACAUCAAACCUCCAAUUCCUUCAAACAGUCCAAGGUUCGAGGGAGCUUUAAACCUCACCUUGACUGUCACACCUGACAUUGCCAACGGGGAAAUAGGCUUUACAAGUAACACCCCAGUGGUGGUUUAUGAACCCGAGGACAGCAACACCAGCACAGUAAGACGCAAUCUGUGUUUCCACAUUUGAAUUACACAAGUUCGAGAUUAUGCCUCUUUUCAGAUUAAAAAUAUGUUCAUAAAGCGAGUUUACAAUAUGAAAAUUCGGUUCAUUGGAGGUUGAUCCUGGUGUCUGUGCUGCAGGUGAGCAUCCCUCUCCGGCGUGAUGGGACAGAUGGUCAGGCUGAAGUGUUCUGGAGUCUUCAGCCCACUGGAAUCAGUAGAGAGGAUAUAACUGCUAAAGACCUGGAACCUCUCAGCGGCUCUGAAAUCUUCCUCUCUGGGCAGAGUGAUGCUUCUAUUAAUUUCACUAUCAUGGCUGACGAUAUCCCAGAAGUCAACGAGACCUUACUACUCACUCUGGACAGGUGAAUGGCUAAUGAACUUCUGAAUUUGUCCUCCAGCAUAGUAACUUUUUUAUCUGAGAGUUGCUGUUGACACAAGUUAACCUUUCUGGGUUAAGAUUGAGGGACUGUGUUUUGUCCCUCCUUAGGUUUUCUUGAGACAUGAGGGUAUAUGUGUGUAUGUGCUCAUUGGGGGUUUAGAGUGGGUGUAUCUGCUCGUUUGUGUUCUGAAAAGUAUGGCUGCUCUCUCUCCCUCCCACUCAUCCCCCCUGCAGGGUGGAGACUGCACGCUUUAUAGUGUACUUUGGGUAAGUGGAGAGUGGAAUGAACCUGAGCCUUUUGUGUGGCGUGAAUCAGGACUUUGUUUUUCAGAGAAGGGCCCACUUCAGGAUUUCUGGGGUCUUUGGUUGACGUGGGGAUGAAGGGGGGACUGGGGUUGGAUUGGGGGAUUUAGGGAUGGUGUGAAAAGGGUAACCCAAAGGAGAGUGGUUGAUGGGAGUAAAUAGAGAAUCUUCUUUUUGUCUUUCACUCUAAUUUAACCAGGCUCGAUUGUGUUCCCUUUUAAAGAUGUCAGUGUUUGUAUGCAUGCAGAGCCUUGGCUGUGACUGUUUGUUUGGAGUGCUCUAUUCUGUCGGGGCUUUGUCUCUAAUUUAGCUGUUGUGCGAUGCUUAGUUGGCUCCAGUUUUCUCAACAUACACACACAUACACACACCCCUGAGAAGCAAUAAAGACGAAGGCAUGGGGUUGACUGACAUUGUUAUUAAAAGUGGCCUAAGCAGCGGGAUCUUAGCAGUCGACGCUCAUAAUGAAUAACGCCACUCAAUAUAAGAAAUGCCUUACAAAACUUGAAUCAAAAGUUUAUUUAUUUUUUUAUCUGCCAUCAUUUGAUAUUUCUAGAGCUGAAAAUUAAAAACAAUAACUUAAAAAAAAAAGGGAAUUCUUAUCUUCGGUUUAAGUCAGGUGAUUAGGGCUGCACCUAAUGAUUAUUUUCCUAUCGAUUAAUCUAAUGAUAAAUUUUUUGAUCAGUCGACGAAUCUAUCGACUAAUUUAUCGAUUAUUCUAACAAUUAUUUUUUAUCAACCGAUUACUAUAACAAUAAAUUUAACCAAAAUAGCAUGUAAAUACUUGUCCUAUUAGUAUUUAAUUCAAUGAUUUAGUCAAGAAUCUCUUAAAAUCAAACAAAACAAAACAUUCAUGUUAUAAAAUCCGGGAGAUUUUUUGCGGCACACACCAGGCAGUUUUGGGGUUACUUUGUAUGGUGGGUAUGAGCUAAUUAUGAGAGUAUUUAUAAUUAAAUUGCUCAUCCAAAUAAGUUUAAGUGAAGCUGCACACUUUUUUGUUUUGUUUUAACAAUAAAAAAUGGCAAUAAAAAAAUCAUACCUGCGAUAUGCCUUGAACUUAUUUAGUCUACUAAUAUUAGUGUUAAAGUCCUCAUAUACUUUACGUGAUGUUCAUAUGCCUUUUACUCUUAGUCUGAAACAAGUUCACAGCAUCGUAGUGAGAACAGUGUAAUUACUUGGGUAACCUGUUUACGCUCUACUUUCAUCUACACUAAUACAAUUUAUAUGCGUAUUUGUGUGUCUGUGUGCAUCUCAGGAGUAAUGUUGAAAAUCAAAUCCUAAAAGCUGGCUACACCAGCAGAGAGAUCGUCAUCGUGGAGAACGACGAUCCAGGGGGUGUGUUUGAGUUCUCCCAGUUCUCCAGAGGUCCAUGGGUCAUUAAUGUAAGUAAAGAUCUUUCAGUGUAAACUAUAAUAUUUUGUCAUGGUGAUUUUGUUCCUAUUUCGACUGUCGUUGCUGAGUUUGGUCAUCUAUAAAUGUUAAAUGUAUUCAGGAGGGUGAAGCUGUGGAGCUGCAUGUGGUCAGAGCUCAGGGGCAGCUGCUGAAACAGCUGGUUCGAUACACGGUCAUGCCCUCAGGCAGCACUGAAUUCUACGGCGCCACGGGCAUCCUGGAGUUCAAACCAGGGGAGAGAGAGGUGGUAGUGGCACUUGUGGCAAGGCCUGAUGGAGUGCCUGAGGUAAGUUUAUGCCCAGUCCAGAGUUAACAUUUGUAUAGUUUUCAAUAUAGAUUGACCAAUUUUGACUAAAGUGAAUCAAUUUUUAAGGUCAAGCUAGGAUAGUAACAAAUAAACCUUAUGUGGAUGUAUAGUAACUGUGAUUUAUGUUUGUGUAUAUGCAUACAGCUGGACGAAACUUUCUCUGUGGUUCUAAGUAGCCACAGCACUCCACCCAGUCGCCUAGGUAACCACAAGGAGGUUAACAUCACGGUGCGAAAGAACGACGACCCUUUUGGCAUCAUUGAAUUCAUUCAACCAGGACUGACGGUGGCCAUCAAUGAAAGCAAAGGGGACGAGACGCACAAGGGUACUUUGAAGUUGGAGUCCUUUUGAUUAAAUUGACACUUUUCCAUGUCAAGUUGUAUCUUAUUUACACUUAAAAUGGAGCUAAUUGGAGUGAACCACAGCACAUUGGUCUACAUGUGGGUUGGACAUGGAGAUGAGGAGAAGUCUGUGUUUUAGACUAUUUGUAGCUACGUAAAAUAUAUUUUAAAAAGUUGCUGGUGUCAUGUUUGAGUGAGAUCUUGUAAAUGCAGAUAAAGCCUUAUAAACUUGUUGAGUGGCAAAUUUGAGCCCAAAGCUGAUGAUGCAGUCAGGUUAGAGCAGGGAGAAGCUAAAAUCUGCCUCCCAGCUCCUGACUGCUUUGUCUUUGCAUCCAAGUACAUGAAUACAUCAUCUCUAUUUACUGUGAUUUUCCUCCAGCCGUGUUUCCUGUAGUGAGGAAUAGAGGUCACUUUGGAGAAGUGUCAGUUUCCUGGGUAUUGGAGCCAGUACUGUCAGAGGACGUGAGCCCCGUCCAAGGAAAUAUAACCUUCAUGGAGGGGGAAUACCUCAAAAAUCUCACUCUCUUCUCUGUUCCUGAUGAGGUACAAUGAUUCACUCAAAAAUACAUAAAUUCCAAGUUGCUGUUGAGUCAUAGUUUUAAUACCAGCUUCAUAAUGUCUUUUUAUUGAAGAUCCCAGAGGACAUGGAGAAUUUCACCAUCACAUUGUUGAAUGCCACUGGUGGUGCAAGACUCGGAAACAAACUUGAUGCAGAUUUACAGAUUUACAAGAAUGAUGACCCGAUUUACUUUUCAGGUGAGAAUGCAGUUCUUAAACCUGUGAUGAAGGAUUCACUUAAACUGUUGUAGAAUACAGAUUUAUCAAAGCUACUUUUAUUUACUUUCAUUCCUCUCUGGCUUACUCCUCAUCUCUUCUCCCGUCCCCUUAGAACCUGUGGUUGUCCGGCUUCAGGAAGGUGCUAUAGCCAACUUCACCGUCCUGAGAGCAGGGAGGACGGACUAUGUAACCACGGUGAUGUACCGUGUUGAGUAUGGCAGUGCAUCUCCAGGUGACCUCACCAUGCUGAGUAAUGACACGUUGUUGGUAUAUGACGUGGGUGAAUGGAUGAAGAACAUAUCUGUGGCUGUAGAAGAUGAUGAUAUACCUGAGACUGAUGAGCCCUUUUACAUUGUUCUCUACAAUGCCACUGGUGAGUAUGAGCCUCUGUUUAAAUUACUUUCUAUUUUGGAUCAUGUCAUAUUGUAGAUUCAUGUAGUUGUGUAGGAUAAUAAAAGCAAUAUCAUCUGCAGUCCCUCUUGUCUGGAACAGAGUUGCUUUUCUCUCUGUGUUUUCAGAACCAGGCGAUCAAACCUCAUUUCAAAAUAACAUCCCCCCUCUCCUUCCCUGUUUAUCCCUUUAUCUGAAUGUCAGCAAUGAUUGUAUAGAGUGCAGCAGCGAGGUUAUUAUGCAUUGUCAGUGGUAAUGCUGGAGGCUCUUUAAUCUCCGGUGUUGUGUGUCAGGGAUGAGAAUGCCAGACCAGUGGGCCCCACCAGGACCUUAAUUACCCAACUCAAGACCGUCUUAGACACAAAGAUCAGCCACUCCACCGGCCUCUCUGUUUACUAAGUGACACAGAGGAUAGUAAGAGCAAGGGUUAGUUAAAGCAAAGAGAUUGUCCUUUAUGGUAAUUUUGUUAAAAGUCAAUAACCCUUAUGUUAAAGAUAACCAAAUCCAAACUGGGCCCUUGACUUUUUCAAAUUCCCUAUUUUAAUUACUGUUUCAGCAAAUUCGCAUGCAUGGUAUGGUUAAUUCUUCUCACGGCGCAGAGUUAGAGCUUGUGAGUGUUCGAUGCAGCUUUGGGAAUGUUCUGUCAUCAAAAUAUCACCCAGUGGUUUUUAUGUCCCUCUUGAUUUGAUGAAAAGACAUGAUAGAAGAAACACAUAAAGACUCUGUCCUUGGCUUUUUUUUUCUUUCAGCUGCUUCAAUAUGAAAUGCCUUCAUCUUUUUUAUUUAUCAUGAAUAAAAGGCCGGUCCUCCUGGGCUUGGUUGCCAUAGUUAUGGUGUGCUAUGGCAAAAAAAACAGCCUCCUGCAAUGCGUGAAAUUGACCGUGACAAUUUUAAUAACUGCAGUGCAACUGUUGUUGUCAUCUCUUGCCUCUUUUUCAUGCAUUAGAUCCAGACAUGUAGUGAUAUUUCCAGCUAAAAUCCACUACCCUGCAUGUUCACACAGGUGACACUGUUGUGUACGGAGCAGACACAGCUACUGUGGUGAUCGAAGCCAACGAUGAUGCCAACGGGAUUUUCUCUUUGGAUGCCACAGAGAAACCUGUGGAAGAGGGCAAAACUAAUAAUUUUUUGUAAGGAACAGGUCCACAUUUUUUUUCUUUUUUCUAAAUAUGAUGAUUUUAACAUUCAUAACAAGUUAAAUUCAGGCCCAACUGUUUUUACAUAUGAAAAGUUUUUGUAAAUCUGUUUAUUUCUAGCAUCUCUGCAUUGACAAAAUACUCAAAAGUUGCCUUUUUAAGAUGCGAAAUUUCUCCCUUUUUUCUUCUGUUCCAGUGUCCUGCGUGCCAGAGGCCAUUUUGGUAAUGUUACAAUCUUCUGGCGGCUGUAUGGCAAUGACUCGGAAACUCCUUUAGAGGAAAACCAGGAGUUCACCAACACAUCUGGCUUCAUCACCUUCACCACAGGAGAAGAGAUCAAACCCAUUGUCCUGGAAGCCAUCUCAGAUAAGCUUCCAGAGUUCAAUGAGUUCUUCGUGCUCAGGCUGGUUAAUGUCUCAGGUUAGUUCAAGAUAAAAGUGGCAUAUCCUCCAGAGAAUGGAGAUCAUGGAAUAGAGUUAACUUAUCUACACAGUGGGAAGUAGCAGCUCCCAUUACUAAAGGAACACCUCUGUUUCUGGGUUUGAAUAUUUACUCAGACCUUUGCUCCAAAAUUUCAACAACUACUUCAAUCCCAUUUUCACUUUUGAGCUUGUCCUGAAAACCACUCCGCUUUUUUUAUCAUUGUCUUAGGUGGUCAUCCUGGAGAGGGUGGACAACUUGCAGAGACUUCCCUGAAUGCCUCAGUCCUCAUUCCGUUUAAUGAUGACCCAUUCGGUGUCUUUGCCAUUGCUGAAAGCAACCUGGACCAAGAAGUAGCUGAAGAUGUGCUCUCAGAGGAUGAUAUGUCUGAUGUCACUUCCUUCACCAUCCUCCGCCAGCAGGGUACUUUUGGUGAUGUGCGGGUUGCCUGGGAGAUUGUUUCUGGACGAUUCCCAGAGGGCCUCCCUCUGAUGGAUGACCUGCUCCUUCUAGCUUCCUUCCCAGAUGAGGUUGAGCUCAGGCCUCAUGCCAGGCGACACCACUCUGCCACAGACACGUGGUUUUUCUCUGGACUCCCAGGAGCUUAUGGGGCCAUCUCCCCAGAAGAAGUGCCUGCUGCUGUUGCCAACUUCACUUUCUCCGCUUGGCUUGUGCCCAGCCCCAAUACUGACGGCUUCAUAUUCAGCAAAGGCACAAGGAAUGGGACUUUGUAUUGUGGAGUGAAGGUCCAAACCAAUGAGUCUCAUGUCACUGUGAUGUUGUAUUAUACUGCCAUUGGAUCAUACAGUCCACAGGUGGCCAGAGCCACUGCUGAGAAAUAUUUAGAGGAUAAAUCCUGGUUACACAUCAUCAUCACUGUUGAUGAUGGGAUCGUUGAGUUUUUCUUGGAUGGCAGUCCUAUCCCAGGAGGACUGAGAAGCAUCAAAGGAGAGGGCAUCGCUGAUGGUAAGGAAAAAAAUUCAGCAAAACUGUACCUGUUGAAUGUUGUCAUGACUUUUAAUCAUGCUGCGAAUUUUGUUUUUGAAAUACACCUUUAUUCAUUUAUUUAAUUUUCACUUACUGUACAUUUUUUGUAGUGCUUAAAGGGAUAUUCCGGCAUAAAAUUAAUUUAGGGUCUCACACACCGUAACAUCAAGUUAGACACCCCGUCGAGAGAUGAAUGUUGCUGACCGCUUGCUUCUCUAGUUAUACCAACUUGAGUAACGACCACACCAAAAAGCCACUCUAUAGCCACAAAUAAUGCUCAGAACAGCACAGAACUUCAUCAACAGUACAAGGUCCUAGCCACAGCACUAGCCACCAAACAACUUUUUAACUUUGCCUAAUUUCUUUAGCAAAGAGACUUAACACAACUUACCCACUCUCCUUCAGCAGCUGCUUGUUUGUAGUGAGACCUCGGGCCAGUCCAGUACGGACUGCUGCGGGGUGACACAGCUCAAGGAAGAACAUUUGUGGCCAUUACUUUAUAAUUUUCUUGAAGUAAUAAUCAUCAUAUUAAUCAUUUUGCACUUCAGAUGCGUUAGUUCUUCUGCCUUAGCGUCUCAGUCUGAUUGCAUUUCCAUAAAGAAAAGAUCAUAAAUGUUGUUCCUUGAGCUGCAUCACCCCACAGCAGUCCAUAGUGGACUGGCCAGAGGUCUUGCUACAAACGAGCGGCUGCUGGAAGAGAGUGGGUGAGUUGUGUUUGGUCUCUUUGCGAAAGAAAUUAGGCAAAGUUAAGAAGAUGUUUGCUGGCUAGUGCUGUGGCUAGGACCCUGUACUGUUGAUGAAGUUAGGUGCUGUUCUGAGCAUCAUUUGUGGCUAUAUAGUGGCUUUUUGGUUAGGUUUGUGUGUGACCCCUCAGAUCUCUGUGUAUUGCUAUCCUGCGGUCGCUACUAAAGUUGGUAUAACCAGAGAAGCAAGCAGUCAGCAACAUUCAUCUCUCGAGGGGGUGUCUAACUCAGUGUUAUGGUGUGUUUGACCCUAAAUUAAUUUUACGAUGGAAUAUCCCUUUAACACCAAUCUCAAGAACCAACACCAUACACGGGCCAAAUUACGAUGCCUCAUUGCCCCCUCUUGUCCUCAGAGUUACUUCCUACUGUCUGAGCACCAUGGUCAGAGAAACUCAUGUAACUUGUAAAGAUCAUGUUGGAGGUGAUGAAAGUUUACGUAUGAGUUCUUUCAUCAGUGUGAGUUUUUGUGUGAUCAUGGGCGAGAUUUCCAGCUCCUCUCUCACUUUUCACGUAUGGAAUAACAGCUUGUCCGAACGUUUACAUACACAAUACAGGCACACAAUCAAACACGCAUACACCCACCUCUUAGUCACUUCCUCAUUGUUCGGGACUAUUGAGGCUCCGCCAUGCUUGAGUGACCACUUAGCUUCAGCACUGCAGGAUAUUGUUGCUGCUAAAGGGAAUCAGUCGGCAUCUUCUUUUCUUCGUAUUCACUCUAAUUAACAGAGACAAUAGUCACAGACUGUAUUGGACCAAAACCCCCCAGAGGGAAAAAUGUUCUGAUGGCUCCUUGGUUAACUUCAAUCACAAUAGAUAUAUACAUAACCAUCAAUCGUGUCAUGUGUCAUUGUCUGCUUCUCAAAUCAUCAGUGGAAUUGCUUUGUGUUGGGGUUUUGUACUUGCUCACUGUGACAGAUUUGCUGUAUUUGUCCCCUUUUGUACCCGUCAGUGCUAACAUAUGAACGAGUGAUGACAAAGUGCGGGCUUUUGUGGCUUUAAUCAAGAUUCUGUUCGUGGUCUUAUUAGACUUUAACGAAACAAAUUAGUUGUAUAAACUAAGGAGUGACUUUAAGUUGUUCAUGUCUUAUCUGUUGAACUGAUUGGUUAGAAAACAUGCAAAAUUUUUCAGGAUUUAAAGUUAUGAGAAAUGAUCAUAACUUUAUCAAAUCAAGAGUUUUAAGUUUAGCAACAAGACAGAAACUUUGAAACCUCUCCAGUGCCGUCUCAACAUCCUACAAUCUUGUUUAAGAUGAACAGAGUAAAAUACAACAAAAAUGGGCUACAGUGUUAAUGACUCAGCACCACAUCAGUCUCCUAAAUGUCAGUUUUGUGUUUUUUUAUGUGUUGACAGUGUUGUGUUUUACUCGUGUAUCACAUGUUUCAGUGUAAUUGCUUUUUGGCAUUUGCCUCUAACUGGAAAAUGAUGCACAAUUUCCCCCUGUGUUGUAUUUUUACUUUAGGACCUGCGUCAGUUUUCAUCGGGUCAGAUCCUGAGGGUGAACAGCGGUACACGGGCCUUCUUCAGGAUGUUCGCUUAUACAGAACAAAGCUGAACCACAGCCACAUCCACGAGCUUCAUACCCAGCCUGCCAAAACAGACCUGCGCAGCAUUUCAGGUUACCUGCGUUACCUGCAAGAGGAUAGGCAGAAGUCGUUUGUGGUGGAGGUCAGGGAUGAUAGUGAAGAGGAGGGGGAGGAGGUAUUCUAUCUACAAUUGGUUGCCGUUCAUGGUGGAGCACGCCUCCCCUUCCCCAGACCUACAGCUGUAUUGCGUGCGAUGAAGAGUGACAAUGCCAACGGACUUUUUGGCUUCACUGGUGCCUGCAUACCUGAUGUAAGUGCAGGGUAGUAAUUCAUGUCUUUCCUCUGAUUGUUUUAGUUGUUAUUAGCAUCUUUAACCACCUUUCAAAGAUGAAUGAGUACUGAUCAAAGAUAUAAGCCUGAAUCUACAUGCUUUUGUACAGAGACACAUGUAAUCUAAACCGACUGGUUUGUCAGUCCCUGUCCUGCUACAUAUUUUAUCACUCUUCAUGCCUGGCUGCAGGGAGAGCAUGCUCUCUGUUUUUAGUUUGAUUAGAUACAUGGGCUCACAUGUUAGCCCCUCUCAGGUAGAGCGACAGCUGGUAAGGCUGCAGCAGGUCCGCCUGUCAGGGCAUUCCUGUAGAAGUGGAGCAGGAGUUCCAGCACUUGAAGUAGGGAUCUAGUUCCUCGUUUCCAUCAGCACAACAGGUGGCAGGGCCAGGAAUGGCAUUCCAUCAGAACUAGAGGAUCUUCUUUAUGUUCUUGAUCCUCUGGGGAUAUGUGGAAGUAGAGGCAUGUGGACUAUCAGGUGCUUCUUCUGUAAAUCACAUUAUUACUGUGCUAGAAUUAGAAAAAGUUUCCUAUUUAAAAAUAAACUAAAUGACUGCAAAUGACUCUCCUCUUGUUGUUCACUGAGUUGUCCAAUUUAUUCCCUUCUUUUGUCCUUAUAGACCACAGAGGAGGGCUCCACCGUCUCCUGUGUGAUUGAGCGUGUCCGGGGAUCUCUGGAUCACGUUUAUGUCAACUACAGUGUCACCCAACUAGACAGUGUGGACAGUGAGACCCCUUCCCAUCAGGAUUUUGUAAAUGCCACUGGAGCUGUGCUCUUUGCGCCUGGACAGCGCUCUGAGGUGUGUGUACUGUGCGCAUGGGAGAGAAAACCUCUAAAGUCAGUCCUGGGUCACAGAAAAUACAGUCUCUUAGUAGAGAUGUUGUUUAAGUGAAAUGUUGCCACACAUUGUUAAAUCAAACAGAUACUGUAUACAGGUUGACAGCAUAUAGGAAAGUCACAUAGAUUCAGUGAUGCAGACAACCAGCCCCACCUGGUGGUCAGUUGGUUUGUAAAUUUACCGAGGAGUCAACAGGUGUCUUCCAACAUACACACUCCUGUCACUUAAAACAGACAUUAAAACCUCAUUUUACAUUAAAUUGCAGUGCUGAUUUGCUCAUUUAGACUCAUAUCUUUCUGUUUCUGUAGGUGUUGAACCUGCUGGUGUUGGACGAUAACCUCCCAGAGCUGGCAGAGUCCUUUCAGAUAACGCUGGUGUCGGCAGAAUCCGGUGAUGGAAAGCCAGGCUCCACACCCACCAGCGGUGCAAGCAUCGACCCAAAUAACUCUGUCAACACCGUCACUGUCACAGCGAGUGAUCACCCUUAUGGUAUUUACACACAUGCCUGAAAAUGUUGCAGUGCAAUAUUUAGUCAUAUGCAGUGCUCAGCAUAAAUGAGUGCACCCCUUCAGAGUUGUUAGAAAACUUUUAGUUUCCUUUCAAAAUCAACAUUUUCUAAGUCAGACUAUACAACAAAAUACUCCCCCAGAUGUAUGCCGUUGAUUACAAACAAGAUUUUUAAGUUGCACACAAAAAAGUACUUUUGUCACUUCAAAAUCAGGAUGUAAAAAUGAGUACACCCCAAUCAAAGUUCUGGGAGCAAAGCUAAAUUUUAGUUACCAUAUCACACUUAUUCUCAUCUUAUGGUAAAUAAAAUGUGAUGUUAAACUCAGCUUUUUAAAAAAAUUGUACUUUUGCUCAUCUAGAUAUUGAGUAAUAAAUUACUUUUGAUAGGGAGUGUACUGACUUAUGCUGGGCACUGUAAAUGUAGUGGUCAAAAUCUAGACUGAAAUGCUCCCUUGUCCAACCCAGCAACAGUGGCUUUCUAAAACAAGAUCCUCUUAGACACGUGACAAGUGUGAUUCAAGAUUCAAGCUUUUUAUUUUUAUAUAAGACUUUUCUCUCCGGCUCACGGUGUAAAAACUACUUGAAAUAGUUUAAAAAAUGCACAAAAGUAGAAUACAGAAGAGUAUAAUAUAGUAGAAGAGUUAUUCAUGUGUCUGCAUCUUUGUCUAUGUAUGUAAACACUUGUAUACACAUGCAUAUCUAAUGACCAGAUCUUCCAUUUAUUAAAUUCUUACCAUCAAAACCUUCUAUCGCUGCAAAUUCUGUAGAGUACAACAGUAAUUGGUAUAUCUUUUAAUAGUCUUUCAACAGGUGAAUUUUACAUGACCACUCACUGAACACAAAACGAUGCAUGCAGUUGUUUUUUCUGUUUUGUACUUCUCCCAGUAUUCUUACCAGUAUUAAAACACAAUAACAUUCACUCUUUCUUUAAAAAAGGCCUGCUGCAGUUUCAACCCAGCCCCCCUGGAGAAGGACUGAUCUCUCCAGCGAUAGAGCCUGCUCACAUAACUGUUAAUGAGGAGGAUGGACAAGUACGUCUGUUGGUGGCCAGGGCUCAAGGUCUUCUAGGAAGGAUCAUGGUGGGAUACAGGACAACCCCCUUCACGGCAUCCAGUCCAGAAGACUAUGAGGUUAGUUUUCAUUAAAGUCUUAAAUCUAACUGAUCAAUGGAAGUUGAAGACUUAGUUUUUCCCUGAUUCUCUGGUUUCUCUUGUCAGGACACAGAAGGCAUGCUGGACUUUCUUCCUGGGGAAAGGUUAAAGUUCAUCACUGUGACCAUCGUUGAUAAUCCUGUCCCUGAGCUGGAUAAGAUAUUUAGGGUGGAGCUCUACAACACUGAAGGAGGAGGUGAGAAUUUGACCCAACACAGUCAUGCUGGUGGAUUUCACGCUGCUGUUUCAGUAGACUGAGUUAAUUUUUUAGAAUAACCUUUACCUUUGUUCGAGCUGGAAUGACCCCAUAUUUGCCCUUAUGUGUUGUGUGUGCUGUGCUCCUGUAUUCUUCCAUGAACUCCCUACAUAUGCAACUGCCUUCCUACACUCCUUCCCAUUUGCCCUGCUCCUCUGGUGUGAUUCAAACCUGGUGUGACACUUGUUUGAUCCAUCAGUGGAUCAAUUUCUGCAUAGUGAAGGGAGUGGUAGUGGUGAGAGUGACUCUGACUACCUCUUUCCAUCCUAUCACCAUCAUGGUAAGUACCCCCUUCCUCUGCUCCCCAGACUGCUUCUUGUUUUGGACUUUAACUUUCCUAACCGCAUGAUUUCUCACUCCUUAAAGUUUCAACUAAGUCUGCUGUGGAUCAAGUAACUGCUGCUCCUAUUGACAAGCAUUUUCCUGACUUAACGUUGAAAUAUCACCUUUUUUAAACACAAGAAUUACAGUUUUGUGUCUGUAGGAACUUGGAAAAAUCUCCUUCAAUCUAGUAGUCUUUAAUCUGUGUCAGAUAUUUUAAUCAAAUUGAGAUCUUAAGUGCAUGAAGACAAACACGUAUAUCUCUAGGUUUCUGUGUGCACAUACACAUUUGUUUAAUGUCUGUGGUAUUUACAUUGAAUUCUAACCCCUGUGUGAGAGAACUCAAGGAGAGUGAUGUGGGAAAAGCAAAUAGCCUUGAGCGAGAAGUAUGGGCGCGUGGGUGACAUAGAAUAACAUCUGCUCUUUCAAUGCUCCUGACUGUAAAAUCCUUCUGUAUAAAAGGAAAACUACAAUCUUUGAAUUCUCAUAAUUUUUCUCUGACCGUUCAGAACACAGGGUUAAAUCUCAUGUUUUGUUUGUAGCCAGCUUGGGAGUAGCGUCCCGCAUCACAGUGACCAUUGCAGCCUCCGAUGACGCCCAUGGAGUGUUUCAAUUCAGUCCUGAAUCCCUGUUUGUAACUGGGACAGAACCAGAGGAUGGACGCAGCUCAGUGGUUCUACAGGUCAGUGUCUUAGACAGUUAAAAAUGAUGCCCUAGAGGCUCAAGGAGAUGUUGAUGUUGCUUAAUUUUGAUUUGACAUGUCAAAAUUUUAACACAUUACACAUUUUUUUAUUAUUAUUAUUAUUUGAAGUUUUAGGGUGGAACUCAUCACUUCCAUGCUUUCUUUUGUUCUUCCCCAGGUGAAUCGGACCUUUGGAGACCUCUCAAAUGUUACUGUGUUCUGGGAAGCUGAUCCCAGCUCUGAGGGAGAACUCCUCAGCAGGUUUGGGAACAUCACCUUUGGAGUUGGUCAGACUUCAGAGGACAUCAUUAUCAACGUGGCCCAAGAUGAGAUCCCAGAGCUGGACAAGAGCUUCACUGUGUCCUUAGUUAAUGUCUCCCACGGCCGUCUGGGUGCCGAGACAUCUGCAACAUUAACUGUGCUCGCCAGUGACGACCCUUACGGUGUCUUUGUAUUUGCAAAUGAGACAAGGUCUGUUCGACUUCCUGAAGCUGACUCAACUGUCACUCUCACCAUACUGCGACAAAGAGGCCUGAUGGGUCAGGUAUGUCCUGCUGUUACAUCCUUACUUCAUAACUUGUUUUCAGCUAAUAACUAAUUUUUUCAUUGAACAUAAUUUGUCCAGGUUCAAGUGACUUAUGGGACACUGACUGAGGCAGAGCCAGAGCCUUACAGGACCCCCGGAGUAGGCCGAGCCACAGAGGGGCUGGAUUUUGUCCCCCUCCUAGAUUCUGUGGUGUUCUUGGCCAAUCAGAGUGAAGCAAACAUCACCCUCCAAGUUCUCGAUGAUGAAGAUCCUGAAAGAGAUGAGUCAAUUUUCGUGAAGCUGAUCAGUGCCCAAAUCAUCAAAGGAGAGCAGGAGAGAUCCAGUAAGAUACUACAUGAAAAAUAUCCUGAUACAAAAAUCACCAUCCAGCUACGAAAAAUUGAUGACGUGCGUAUACUCUCACUGUUCGUUCCAGUUUUCAAUUCCCCAUCUCUGGGCUCUCGGCUCGACACUGUAGCCCAGGUGAUAGUGGAGGCGAGUGAUGAUGCUUUUGGAGUCCUUCAGCUGUCAGCAUCUGCUGUCAGUGUUGCCGAGCACUACGUUGGACCCAUAAUUAAUGUGACACGUGUUGGAGGGAUUUUUGCAGAUGUAUCUGUCAAGUUCAGAGCGGUGCCUUUGACUGCCAGAGUCAGUAAGUGUUGAGCACUGAGAUAGGGUUUCUCUUGCUGGAAAAUGUUUUUAUUUGUGUGAAUGUGAAGGUAACACUUUAUGAUAACUAUCCAUUAUUUCAAGUUAAUAGUUUAUUAGUAAACUGUGAAUUAUUGAGUUAUUAAUGACUUGUUGAAGUGUUUGUUAAUGGUUUGUUAAUGACUUAUAAUGAUGCCUUAUAGAGUUAAUGUAUAAUUAAUAAACUGUUAAUUAAUAAGUUAUAAAUGACUUGUUAACUGUAUGUCAAUGAUUUAUAACCAUAGUUUUUAGAUAAGUAAUAGAUCAUGAACAAGCUAUUAGUAAACUACUUACCAAUGACUUGUUAAGUAUCUGUUAAUAGUUGAUAUAUGUAAUUGGGAUGAUAUUCUAAAGAUGCAACUAUUCUUCAUUUACUAACAAUUACUAAAUAAGGAAGAGUUGCAGCUUUAGAAUAACGUCCCAAUUAACAAAUCAUUAGUAAGUAAUUUACUAAUAAGUAAUAGAUCAUGAAAAAGCUAUUGGUAAACUACUUACUGACUUGUUAAGUAUUAACAAGUCAUUAGUAAGUAGCUCUAUAAGGUAUUUUUAUUGAUUCUGAACAACUGUUAAAAACACUUACCAAGUCAUUAAUAACUCAUUAAUUAACAGUUUACUAAUGAGUUAUUAACUAGUUAUAAUGGAUAAUUACUAUAAAGUGUUAACAAGUCAUUAGUAAGUAAUUUACUAAUAGCUUGUUCAUGAUCUAAUACUAAUUUACAAGCUAUAGUUACAAAUCAUUAGCAUACAGUUCACAAGUCAUUUAUAACAUUAACUAACAGUUUAUUAAUGAUAGAUUUACUCUAUAAGGUAUCAUUAUAAAUCCUUAACAAACUGUUAACAAACACUUAACAAGUCAUUAAUAACACAUUAAUUAACUGUUUACUACUGAUCUAUUACAUUGUUUUAACGGAUGUGUUAUAACGAGUGUUUCCAAUGUGUGUAAUCCUUCAGGCGAAGACUACAGUGUUGCUUCUACUGAUGUGGUCCUCCUAGAAGGGGAGUCCAGUAAAUCUGUACCCGUCUAUGUUAUCAAUGACAUGGUCCCUGAGCUAGAAGAGACCUUUCGUAUUGAACUGAUCAACCAGACAACUGGUGGAGCCCUGCUAGGGGAGCUCACUCGUGCCAUCAUCACCAUACUGCCAUCUGAUGACCCUUUCGGUGCCUUUGGUGAGAAAUCAUCUAUGAAGUGUUUCUACGUUUUUAGACAAAUUUUUCAUUGGCUUACGUGUCUCUCUCUUGGUUUUGUUUCUACUCAGCCUUCCAGGCUGUUCCAGUUACCAUAGAGGAACCAGGAUCUAACUCUGUAGAUGUCAUACUGCCUAUAGUUCGUAAUGCCGGUACUAUUGGCACUGUGGUUGUCCAAUGGCAAGCCACUGUCAAUGGUAAGCUUGCAAAGGGGGACAUCAGACCCACUUUAGGGGAGGUGAGAUUUGCUCCUGGGGAGACCAUGAAGACACUGCGAGUAGAGAUUUUAGCCGACGAUGUACCUGAAAUCACAGAGGUAAGAAGCUAACAGUGAAAAUGCCAAUAUAAAUUAUGUGAGAAAAAUAUUCCACUUAUUUAAAAAUGCAUUAUUAAUCACACUCUAUCUUUGCUUUAUAGAUAAUUAAGGUGGAGCUUACUAGUGCCAGUAAUGGAGGAAACCUUGGAGCUGAUACAUCUGUCGACAUAAUAGUGCCUGCCAAUGAUAAUCCAUAUGGGACUGUGUUCUUUGAACAGUCUGUUUACCGUGUUCAGGAGCCCCUGGAGGGAGUUUAUAGAGCCAACAUUACUGUCCGCAGAAGGUACUUUUAUGUUUUGUUUUUCUCAUGACAAAAUUAAUAUUGGCGCAACACUGCUCAGACAUAAGUGGUCGUUUCCUGUGGCAGUGUUUUCUCCAUCAUCUGUUUCAACUUCAUUUCAGGGGCGGUCACUUUGGUCGCUUGGAGAUCGUGUACAGCACCUCUGAGAUCGACAUUGUUGGUAUUGCUCAGCAAGAUAAUCAGAACUUGCUGACUUACUAUGAUCUCCCAAAACCGGGCACCCCUUCCUCAGCCGCCCCCCUCAGGACAGUCAACAUUACCGGUCAGAGAGACCCUUUGGCUGCGUGUGCUGCUGCAUGUCUGAGAGAGCGUGCCUGCCAGGCCUUUUCUCUGUCAUCAGGAGUGACCCCACUUUCAUGCACAUGGGUGACUUCAGGGGCUGACCAGCUAACCUCUAACUCUCAGUUUAUGACCUAUGUAAAAAACGCCACCGCAGCUGCAGUCUUAUUUAGUGCCCAGGCUGAGGCAGGAGGUGACUAUACUCCUGUAACAGCUCAAAGUGCCUUUAUGGAUGACGGGUCAGGGACUGCCAACCUAUCAGUUCCAAUAUUGACUGAUAAAUUUCCUGAAAUGGAUGAGAGCUUCAACAUACAGAUCUUAAAGGUAAAACACAGACAUACAGUUCAUAUAUACUUUUUAGAUGUAUAUUUCAGCGUGUCUUUUAUAAAAAGUUGACUUAAAAUGUUACUUUGUGUUGUUUAAAGGUAGAACUGAUGAAUCUGACUGCGGCACCAAAGAACCUGCCUUCGAUUGGUCAGCCAGACAAAGCCGUCGUCACUAUUGGGAUGAACGGAGAUGCGUUUGGGGUCUUUUUGAUAUACAGCCUCAGUCCAAGUGCCAUAAACGAGGGGCUCUAUCUGGAGGUUCGUGAAGAGCCUGGGGUUGUGGUGCCCCUGGUCAUAGAGAGAAGAGGAGGGAAUCUGGGCACUGUUACUGUAGAGUGGAGGUUUGUUGGAGGGAAAGCCACACCAGAAGCUGACUUUACUGGGACAGGAGGGACUCUGGUCUUCAGUGGUAGGUGGAUUACUUAGUGAUAAGAUGGAAAACAAUAAGAGCUGAUUGAGAAUUAGGAAAAAUACACUGUUAAACUGUCAUGAUAGGCUCGCUUUAUCUUGACGAGGCUACUUUAUUGCAUUUUUUUAAGUAUGAGAAUAAUUAGAAGCACAUUAAUGUGUGCAAUUAACAACUUCUUUUCUCCUCUGUGUUGCCAGGUGAUCUGAAGAAGACGAUAGAGAUAGUAAUCAGAGAUGAUAUUCAACCUGAGGACAACGAGAGCCUCAUGAUUGGUCUUGUUAGUACAGAGGGAGGGAGUCGAAUCCUUCCCAGCUCUGACACCGUGACCAUAGUGAUACUGGCGAACGAUAAUGUGGCUGGGAUCAUUGGAUUUCAUCCAUCGUCACGCUCCGUCAUAGCCAGAGAAGGUUGGUUGCCGUUUGGAUGACAAGCAGAUGGAUUUAGAUAUUAGAUCUAUAGUAUUUUUGUCUAUGAACAUUGACUCCCAUACUUUACAUUCCAAAUCCAUUUUUUUGCCACUGUAGUUAUUUUUAAGUGCAAAUGUAAGGGAAUGCCCUCUCAGUAAUGACUUCACGUAGCGAUAGGUGGACAUUGUGGUUGUUUGUCAUAGUUAUGAAAUUAUGAGUGUUAAGUUAAGCAGUUUAAGUCUCCUUGAAUGGAGUUCAUACAGAAAUUAACCCACUAGCUGUGCCGUCUGUCUUCUUAAGUGAAAGAAACAAAAUGAGAGAAAUUCAAAUAAGAAGUCAAAAAUGCUGUUGAUUGAUAAGGAAUUGUAUUUGAACCUUCAUAGAAGUACUAUUCAUCUUCAAAUAGACCAAACUAAAAACAUUACUUGGUAGGUGAUUUUUCAGCAUUGAAUCGAAUUCACUCUAUUUAUCUGUUACUAAAUUGAGUAAAGUUAGGUCUAAUACUUACAAAUAUCUCUUGCUUUUGAUGUCAGUUUGCAGUCUGACUGCAUUUUGUUUGAUUUUACAGGUGAGAUGCUGUCCUUAUUGGUGUUGAGAACGGCUCCAGGUCUGGGAAACGUCACUGUGGACUGGUCUGUAGAAGGACCUCGUGUGGACCAGACUUUUACCCAAACAUCAGGGACACUUUUCUUCACUGAGGUAUGUAAAACCAUGUAUUUAUGAAUAUUAGAUUGUAUUAUCAUGGCAGAGUAUUAAGUCACACACUUUGGCACAAAUCAGCAUGUUGUGAGGCUGGUUAAACGUUGGAGCUACUCAACCUACAGAAUCAGCUGAGCAGCUGUAAAACUGUAUUUGCUGUUUCUUCUACAGGGGGAACUAAAUGCCACCAUAGUCCUGCAGCUUCUUGAUGAUGCCACACCAGAAGAUAAAGACGAAUACAAAGUUUUCUUGUCCAAUAUACAAACUUUUGGUAAUGCAUCUAUCUCUUUGACCAAAAACGGUGCCUGAAAUAAUACUCAAAAAGCUUUAAAUCAACCCAAUCAGAAUUGAUUAUUGAUUAUCAUUACUCUUGCUUGUACACAGGCGUUGUGGCGACAGGCCAUGCUGCUCUGGAUGCUCAGGGCAGUGAGGCAUUGCUCUCUGUGGACACCAGCGAUCAGCCUUAUGGACUGCUGAAAAUUGCCCCAUCAUCCCAACAGGUGACCACAGAGGAACGGGACCAAACCAUUAAUAUCUAUGUCAGUAGAGAGUUUGGAGCCUCAGGUCAGUGGGAAAAAGUGAACUUUACAAACUGAUUAGCUUUUGAUUGACUCAUUUAUGUGCCAAGCUUUAAGCAGUGUCUGAUAUUAUCUAAUAUCUAAAUGUUUUUGGACAGGAGCGGUGAACAUCACAUAUGAAGUUAUUAGAGGCUCUCUACAGGAUCUGUCCCAGGUAGAGGGUGCUCUUGCAGACCCAGGAGAGGACUUUGUUUCUGGUGCUGGUUCUGUAAUCCUUCAGGAUGGGCAGACAUCUGUUGCCAUCCCUGUCACCAUACUUGAGGUAAAGCUUACAUGAAAGGUCAGGCAGUCUUUGCAUAACCUCUGUGCCUUUUUCUGUUAUUUGAAAUGUCUUUUUGAUUACUAUAAAGUGUUUCUAGAGUUGCAGUGUUAACUUGUCUCUACAUGAUUUCACAAAUGUCUUAGAAACAUUGUUUUUUCAUUUGUUUUCAAGGAUGAUAUUCCAGAGUUGCAAGAGUUCUUCCUGGUCAACAUAACUUCAGCAGUUCUCAUCUCAACCCUUGCCACUGUUCCACGACUAGGUAUGGAGAAGUCAAGCAGCUUUACUGCAGUUGUAACUAAAUCUCCUAUAUUUGCCCAACAUCGUCAUUCCAUUUAAGAGUUGAAAGACAAGCGUACUGUAUUCACUUUCUUUUCUGUGUGUUGCAUUUCUUUGGAUGUGUAAUGAAAUGAAUGAACUUUUCUUUCUUUUUCUUCUUCUAAAUCUCUCACCGUUUGCUCUGUUUGAUGAGUAGAGGUUGUUUUUUGCACCCUGCCAGGUAAAAUGCUGGGUCAUACAGACAGAUGACAAAAUAGAAGCAAAGACUCACUUUAGUUCAUGUUGAAUCCCUAAAGUGAGGAUGUCUAUCGCCUCUGUCAUCCCAUUAGAGGGAAGAGCCACUGCAACCUUUUUCCUCAGGAAAACAUGAGAAAUGAAACCUCCUGAUGGUAGUUUUCUCUGCAAGAUGGACAUGUCCUAUUACCAGGGCAUUGGAGGUCUCUGAAACAGCAAAUUAGAUGAAAUCAUUUAGAAAUCACCAGAACUCUCUACAGUGGAGUUCUGGUAAUUUCCUGAAUCAAGACCAAGAACAUUUGAAGUAGUUCUGGUCCCCAUCAUGUUGCAAAGACUCAUCAUGAGGAGUUUUCCCUUUAGUUUGUCACUGUCUGUGUGUUUGCAUACAGCUAAAAUCAAUGUAGCUUGAUGUACAGUAUCCCUGUAUGGUACAUUAAGCUACAAUAAUUUAGCUGACUGCCGAAGCGCACCAUGAAAGAGCUUGGUAGUCACUGCUACUGCUUUUGCAUAAUCCAAACCACAGUCCAAUUUAUGAAUGAGUAACUUUAGAAAGUGAUGAGUCGACAGAACAUUAUGGGCAGAGCAGCACUUGGAGACUCCCAGAAUACUAUCGGUCCUCUGAGUGGAGACACACAGUAAACACACGGCGCUUUUUUGGCACCAGUCAUUAUGUGGCUUGGAUGGCGAGAUUGAUGCUUUCAAUGAUUGAGGAAGCCUGGGGAUUUGUUGGGAGCCGAGUAGCACUGUGUGGUGAGGAGAGAGAAAGCCAAACUAAACCCGAAGCUGGCCUCCCAAAGUCUUGGCCAUGGUGUGUAUGAGAGGAGACUAUUCAUGGGGUCAUAAAUCAGUACAUCCAAAAGACUUGGCUGCUCGGCCUGCCCAGCCACUUACAGGAGACGCUUCUCAGCUGUAAUCUUUUGGUCAAAUGUGCCAUGACGGAAGUUAGGUUGCAUACAUUUUCCUCUUGCACAUCCUGCCAUUGAUGCUUGCACUUCAGAUAAAGCCGCAACGCUAUUGCCAGCUCUACAACUAAUAAAUCUAAUUCUCUCAUUAUUGACGAUCUAAUGCCGUACGGAUGUUUCUGCUUUGUGUGUUGUCCGUUCCCCAGAUACCCAGGGCCUGUUAGCGGAGGUUAGCAUUGCUGCCAAUGAUGGGAUAAGAGGAGUCAUUGAAUGGACAAACACCAUGUAAGAAAUGUCCCAAAAUAAGUGUACUUGCGUAUGUUGACACAUCUCCCUCCUCACUGAGAUUUAUUCUGCUUUCCAGGUUUGAAGUGAAUGAAACAAUGGGAGCAUUUACUCUGGUGGCUUAUAGAAACAAGGGGGCAUAUGGAAACGUUUCCCUUUUCUUCUACGCUCAGAACCUUGAAGCUCAACAAGGCCUAGACUACAAUACAAGUGAAACGGUCAGCAUUACGCAGCAUUCAAGUAUUGCACACAUCCGCACAUGUCUACAAGUGUUCUACAUGACAUUUUCAUUGUCUUCAGGCAUGUAAAUUAAGUGCAGUUAUCCUCGACUUUACCGAAGCAGAAAGUCUGUAGAGUCUCCACAAAAAUGCCAAAUCAUGCACCUCAUUAACUGAAAACUCCUCUGUCCAACCAGAUGCUUCACUUUGUGGAUGGUGAACGGUAUAAGUUUGUAGAGGUACAGAUCAUUGAUGACAGUAUUCCCGAGGGAGCUGAGAGAUUCCAGCUUAUCCUGUCUGAGCCUUCUCCUGGGCUGCAGCUGGGAACAAACACAACAGGUAGGUAGAGGACAUUGGUAUAAGGAUACAGUCAAUAGUUUGUGAAAAUGUACAAUAGCAAAUGUAUGGAUUGGGUUAUAUGAUUUUGAAGUUGAAUUAAUAACUGUGAAAGAUCAAACAGGUCUCAUACUGUGGCCCAUGACAGAGCAGUGUUUGUUUCUGCUCUGUCAUCACUACCGUGCACUAGUACUGCGCUUAGACUUUGAGUCAUCUUUGUUGGCAUCUACCUGCAGGAUCUGACCAGGGGGGUUUAGAUCUUAUCUCAUCACUCCUCAGAUUUCUGCAUGUAAAAUUAAUUUGGGAGGUGUAAGAAUGCAAAAAAAAAAAAAAAAACACACACUUCAGACCUUUACAGCGUGGGUUGUCAGACAAAGAACUGCUUUGCAAAGAUAUGUUAGUCAGGAAAUCGUGAGAAUGACAAAUGUCAAGUGUGAGAUCAAAGCAGCUGAAGUUGCUUGUCUGAAUCAGCUCACAGCUGUUGCUCCAUUCAUAUUGAAUCAGGCUCUCUGGAUUAUGUUUCACCAACAAUCUGAUGUGGGCUUAUAACAGCUCACAUGGCUGUGCGCCUUACAACAGGCUUUUAAAUGAGUCAUGCUUUACAAUUAAACCUCUAGUCAUGCCAGUCAAAGAAACUGAAACACCAUGUUAUGCUAUUAUCUUAUUUUUGUCGUAUUUUGUAUAAUUGUUAGCUUAUUAUUUCUCAUUUUGUACAUAAUUAAAACAUUAUUUACAGUUUAGCAUCUUUCUGAUUUCUUCUAGCAACUGUAAACAUCCUUGCUAGUGACGACGGACAUGGCGUCAUUUCCUUUAACACCAGCGAGCAUUUCUUACUGAGGGAGCCCACUUCUGUGUCAAGCCUCAGUGAGAGUGUGGCCUCUCUGUAUGUGGUUCGAAACCCAGAGGAAGGCACAUUUGGCUCUGUAUCAGUUCAGUUUACCAUCACUGAUGCCAACGGGAGUCUGGCAGAGGGUGACUUAAUACCAGCUCAAGGAUUUGUGGUACUGGAGGAUGGAGUCCGAUUUAAGGUGGGGAAAGAACAUUUUCUUUGGGUGAAUGUAAACGUGUGCAUGAGAGAUGGUUUACACAGUUAAGAUAAAGUUUUCUAUGGCACUUCAAAUACUGCCUCACAGAACACUCUAGCCAGUAUUUACUUGUUCAAGAAUGAUCUGCAAGUUUGUGUUUUAAACAUAAUAAACAUUUUGAGUUUAUUUUCGUCUGUGUUGUUUCAGAUGCUGGAGAUCUGGGCUGUACUUGAUGCUGAGCCUGAAGUAAAUGAAACCUUCACUGUGACCCUGUCAAACCCAGUGGGAGGUGCACGACUGGGUGGCCAACUCCAAACUCUCAUCACCGUCCUGGAGAACUUGGCUCCUUCUGGCCUGUUUCGCAUCGGACCUUCUAUCAACAGGUGUCGAUACAGCUGAUCUGAAGCUUGAAUUUUAAUCACACACAGAACAUAAUUCCAUAAAUCUGAGCAAGAUAUUUUGGGUUGCUUCGGGCAAUCUAGUAGUACUGAUAUAAUAUGUUUAAGAUGACUAAUUUGUGUUCUCUGUUCAGAACUAAAACUGAAGUGACUGCUGAUGAAGGUGGCAGGACAGUCUUCCUCACCGUGUCUCGCAGUAACGGUUUGGAGUCAGCUGUCAGUGUGGAAUGGGAGACUCUGUCUGAUACAGCGAUUGCAGCCGGUGAGACUUUUUCUUUUUUUUUUCCUGCUUUCUUCCUGUCAUCCCGAUGAGUGAUCUCUUUAAGCUUCUCUUCUUUCAUCCUCCUAUUUUCUAGAGGGUCUCCUCCCAGUAACGGGUGUGUACCAGAGCUUUGAGGAUAUGCCAACCUCUUCUUGGUGCUCACUCCCUGAAGGGCCCUCUGUCCUGGCCAUGAGGCUGGAUGGGAGGCCCAUGGUAGGAUCCUCUCACACCUUGGCCACUCUGUACAGGUGGCAGGGUGUCUUUGUGCCAGUAGAGGUAGGCCAUCAACAGCGUCGCCCUAAUUACAUCUACUGUAAACCUACUGAAUGCUUGAAAGAAAAAGCCACUCUUUCCUUUGCUCAUUGCAGUCUAUUAGGAUUCAGGAGCCAAGCUUUUGCGUUGGGUUUGCAGUAAAUGGAUCGACCUAUGUUGGCAUCACACACAGUGGCCCCCCCUUCUCUCCUGCUGCCAACCUUAGUAUUUUUAAAUUGCACAGGGACCUUAAUAUCACAUUGGUGAGUAUAAACCCAGUCCUACUUCAGCAGUAAUAUGUCUUUUGUUGCCUUCAUGUUUAAUCAAACCAUCUGAUUUCUAGGAGCAAACUUUGGGUGUUGAAGCUCUGGAUGUGAAACACUUCUCAACCGAAGGCAAAGAUUAUCUAAUAUCAUCAAGCCAGGUGAGCCUGACUCACAGACCCUUGUUUCUUAUAGUGUAUUAAGAUAAUGGUGAAGUUACUUUUUGUCUUCAUGUCUGAUUCAUAUUUCAGAUUUUCGUUUGGACCGGCGGCUCCUUCGCCCUCCUCCAAACUCUUGACUUCGACCAGAACAUCCUCAGCGUUAGUCCUUUCACUCAAGCAGAUGUCCCCUACCUGUUGGUGUGCAUAGACAGAAAGACUGCCAGCUGCUUUUUGCUGAGAUGGACCAAUGGAAGGUUUGAGAAUCCACAAUCUCUCCAACUCAACGGCAGGGCCAUUCAAGUGGAGACGAUCAACACAAGAGCAGAGGACUUUCUCUUGUUGGUUCUGAUUGAAGGUGAUCUGUCCUACUUUGGUGUAAAAUUUAUGUCGGCUGUUGUGUUAAUCUGCACUUCUGACCUGCUUAGAAGUAUCAACAAGCAAAGGUGAAGGUCCCACGAUAAUUUCACUUUGUCAGACACUUGGUGGUCUUUGCAAUCUGGUGUGAAAACAUACCUGCAUAUCUCCUUAUCAGCCAAGAUGAUAGAAAAUAUCACACUCUUACAAAAAAAUCAGAUUUCCCAACGUGUCUACCUCCAAAUAACUGUUUUAUAUACAUAAGACAGUUGUGUUUUCAAUAAUCAUUUCGCUAUCUGCGGUUGUGCCCUCGGUAUACUUUCUUUUGGAUUUGCUGUGAGCAGCUGGUGGCAUUGUAUAAAUAAAUCUGUGAUACUCUAGAAGGCACUCAGAAACUAUGUGCCUGUUACAGACAGAACAGCCUUGUUCUGUUGCCUCAACUAAGAUGACAAAAUUCACAAUGUAGGCCCAAUUAUAUAUUUGUACUACGCUCUGUAUAUUUUGAUGAGACAUAAUCCCUCUGAGUCUGCAAAAGUGGUGAGUUUUUUGGUUCAGACCUGUUGUGGGUUUACUGGAAAGGCCUCAGAGUGGAGCACAGUCGAGCCACAGAGGGAGGCAGAGGUUGUAAUUUGUAAGUCUUGGGUGUGUCAGUUAGACUGGUCCUUAUUUUACAUAAACAUGUUAUUCUAGCAUGAAGAAAAUGUGAAACCGUGUGUUUGUGGGUGUGUGUGUUUCUUUUUCAGGUCCCCCUUCGACAUGUGAGGUGUUACGAUGGAGCCCGGGACAGUCUUUACCUCAACUUUACCAGUCUAUUCCUCACCCAGGCCUCACCUCUAUUCACCCAUUUGCAGAUCCUUCUGGAAUCAGUGAGCACAGUCCUUACAAGCUUCCUUUACUUCGAGAAAGCAUUUGUCUUUUAUUCACUUUAUUAAUGGAACUGACUGACUGUUUUUCUGCCUUUUAGCAUAUGUUCUGCUAGCUGGGAGAAAUGGAUCGUCACUUUACUCCUGGAGGCCUGAUGUUGAGCUCCUUGCCAUGAUCCUGAAAGUCCCUCCAGCCAUUAGCUUCUUGUCUCUCAUGGUCCCAUCCCUUAACAGCACCAAGACCCUCUUGGCUUCCUCGGAGGAAAAUAGCUCCACUGUUUAUGAAUUCACUUUGGUCUCCAAUAUGUCCGAUUUCAUACCCAGGUACCCACAUCAUCUUUGCAUGAACUAGAAAGUUAGACAAGCGGCUUUUAACUCACUAAGAAAGUCAAAACAUGCGUCUUUUCUUUUCUUAUUUUUCUUCACAUUCAGUUUUGGGGAGUUGCACUUUGCACCAGGUGACAGUGAGCUGGAGAUAGCAAUCAACAUCAUAGAUGACGACAUCCCCGAGGAGCAGGAGCACUUCCAGGUCAGCCUGAAGAAUCCAAAAGGGGGGGCUGAGAUUGGAUUUGGUGGUCAAGUGACUGUCUUAGUCCCAACUAAUGAUGAUGCCCAUGGAGUCAUUGGCUUCUCUCAGGUAAAAAAAAAAGAACAUUUUACUUUUAGAAGUCUUUGCUCGUCAUACUACACUCAUUGUAAUAAACUUAAAAAUUUCUGUUUCUUUUUCUCUCCAGAAUUCUCUGUCUGUGGAGGUAGAGGAGUUGGAGCAAAAUAAUCAGAUUUCUCUCAGUGUGGAGAGGAAGAGAGGGACUUUUGGCAGGCUGACUGUGCACUGGGCUGCCACUGGCAGUCUGACAGAUAUUUACCCCACAUCAGGAGUGGUGAGUAAUCCUGGCCCUCAUGUCACACUUUAAGACACGCUGUUUUAUGUGUUAAAAACAUUUUUUAAAUGUACUGGUUGCCAAAGUAAACAAUAUACAGAAAUUCUCACUUCUCUUCAAAGUAUAAUUUACAUGUUUUCAUGUUGUAGGUAACAUUUUCUGAGGGCCAGUCGGAGGCCAUCAUCUCGCUCACUGUGCUGGCAGAUGGUGUCCCCGAGCUGAGGGAGACAGUCACCAUCACCCUCAUGGAUGUCACCACCGUGGGGCUGCAGGACCUUACACAGGCAGCAGUCAUCGACAGGCAGCGGGCUCAAGCUCUUCUCAGCAUCCUACCAAAUGGCUCUCCCUACGGGGUGUUUGGAUGGCAUCUGGACUCACAGUUUACACUCACACAAGAACCGCAGAGUAAGAAUUCCUAGAGCAAGAGAUGAGUAGAUGAUGAACCUGUUUUCACUGUAUCACGGUGUACAGUGAGUUUUUGUUUUGCAGGUUGCAAAUUCCAGUCAUUUAGUUUUGCAUAAGGAGCUGUUACAGUAAUACUGCUUUCAGAUUUACUGUAAAAGAGAUCUGUAGUGAUUUCCAGGACAUGAAGUGAUUUAGGAUUUGCCUAAUCUUUGUGUUGGUGGACAUCCAGAAAGAUUAAAUGAACCCGAUUAGUUGGGUAAUAAACCGCCUUUAACCCCCCCCUUUCACAAUCCACAGGGGUUCCGCUCAAUGUGACCCUCUCCGUAGUGAGGGAACAGGGCUCUUCGGGAGAGGUGGCAGUCCACUACCAGACCAGAACAGCCUUGUACCUGCCUCCCUCCAACCAGGCAACUGCAGGAGAGGACUACAUCUCUAAAGACGCAACUAUCACCAUGAUCGAUGGUGCUACAGUGGCACUUGUUACUGUCACAAUCCUACCGGUAUGGAGAUCAUUUUUAAUGAAUUAGAAGUUUGGAUUUAACAAUCAUGAAAUAAGAGAUUUGACAAAUGUUUGACAUGAGAGCUAACACAAAAUCAAUGAAGGCUUUAAUAAAAUAAGAGUGAAAGCAUGCAAACAUGAAGUAACACUCUCGUAAAAAAAUAAAAGAUUUUCUGUCUUCUCUUUGUUCAUCUUACACCUCCCACACUCAUACCCAUUCAGCCUGGUUAUCCAGACUGACUCCUGUUUCUUGCCUUAGGAUAAAGAAAUACAAGCUGUGACCAGCUCUAUAACAGUCCAAAGACUAGCCUUUAAACACAGAGUGUAGGCGAAAGCCAGAGGGAAAAAUCGAACGCUGUUUCUCCUCAUGUUCUCCUGAUCAAUAAAAUCCCCAAAUAACCAUCAAACUCCAAAAUUCACUCGCACAUCUUCUCUAACUCUUUUACCCAAACAGAUGUAUUUGUUAGCAUGACAAUUUAAAUCCCUCUGUACUGACACUUGUGAAAAUAUUAUAAACUGAACAACAUGUGUGGCUGGAGAAAAGUAUGUUUUGUGAGGAGUCUUGUGACUUUGAAGAAGAAAACAUUUUUGUCUUUAAUUGAAACGUGUGUUUUUUUACAAGGAUGACAUCCCAGAACUAGCAGAGAGUUUUGUGGUAAAUAUCACCAGUGUGGAGAUAGUGAGCGGAUCUGUGGGUGCAGGGCAGCCCAGCCUGAAAAGGCCUGGUAUGGAAGUAGCUGAAGUCACCAUCCAAGAGAACGAUGACCCCCGAGGGAUUCUGCAGUUAAACGUUUCUGAGGUGAAUACAAAACUAUUUCUGUGAUGAUUUUGUUGUCAUAAUGAUCGACAAAUGAUGUUCAUUCAACAUUUCAUCAAACUUUCUUCUCUAGGAUAUCACUGGGGUCGUGCUUGCAUAUGAGAUACCACCACCAGACAACGUCCUCUAUCUGUCAGUUGUGCGAUUGGCUGGAACAACUGGAAGACUGGUCCUGUACUGGGAGGCUCAACCCAUCACUGCUGAUCUUAAUGAUUACAGUCCCUCAUCUGGGAACAUCACCUUUCAGGACGGACAGGUAAAUGGAAAUUUUUUUUUCUCAUUUGAAACUAUCCUUCAUUGAAUAUACCAUGACACCGUAAUGUUAGGUGAUUCACAGGUUAUUGAAAAUAUCUCAAAGGUUGUGAACUCAAUUUCCUGUUCUCGUCUUUAGGGAGAAGCCAAGAUUGCUAUCAACAUUUUGGAUGAUGAACUAGUGGAGACUGCAGAGACACUCAAAGUGAAUUUACUGCGUGUGAUUGGUGGUGCUCGAUUGGGAGAAGAGACCUCUGUAACUAUCAGCAUCCCACCCAACGAUUCACCGCUGGGACGGUUUGGAUUUCAGGAAGUGGAGGUGAGUCUAGAUAACUAUUUUAAAACAGAUAUAUUUGUACAAAAGAGAGCACUUUCCUAUCUCUCCUUUUUACAUAAAAUAUACACCAACCAGCCAUAACAUUGUGAACACACUGACAAUCUAAUGCAACCAAAUACAACAGCUCUCAGUUAUUACUUUUCACUUAAAAUGUAGAAACUUUGUAGAAGUAGUCUUUAUUCUUGGUAGCAUUAGAUUUUUCAGGUGUUCAUAAUCACUUACAACUGGUCUGGAACUGACUUUGAGUAAAACCAAGUCAUCUUUUUCAAUCUACUCUUAGAUCACUGUGAGCGAGCCAGAGUUUGAUGAUGAUCCUGAAGCUGUAGCAACACUAGCCGUGGUACGAAGUGUGGGAGGGGAAGGUGCAGUGACACUGAGAUGGCAGCUGGAGGACCAAGCUACAGAUGACCUCGCACCUUCAAGUGGAACUGUUGUCUUUACUGAGGUACAGAAUGAAGGGCAUGCUGCCACUGCCCAAUCCCAUACCAUUGAUUAGUUGUUUUAGUAAUGACCUUUGACCUUCUAUACUUUUCACACUUCAGACUGACUCAGUGAAGACGUUUGUGAUCAGAGCCCUUCCUGACAGCGUACUGGAAGGAGAUGAACAUUUUACCGUCCAGCUGUUUCCUGCUGAAAGUGGUGCUGUCAUCGACCCCAUAAGUGGUGGGUACUUUAAGUAAAAAUCUCACAGCCAGAUUUAAUUAUGCAUAAUACUUUUAAGAUCGUCUCUUAUUCUUGUACUAAUUCUAAACACCCCCCCAUGAAUCCCUACUAACCUGGUAUGUCAUGUACUCCUGUAGGAAUGGCCACCAUCACUAUCAGAGCAGACAAGGCUGCUCUGGGUAUCAUCGGGAUUGCAGAGUCCUCCAGAAACAUCCUGAUUGGAGAACCUCAGGGAGAUUACAAUGGCAGUGCUGUGGUCAGGUGAGAAGAAUUGUUGUUGUAGGGAAGAUAAGAGUUUUAAUUCUCUGAAAGUCGAUUUGAAGAGCAUAAAUAUAAUGUAAAAAUCUUGUUUUAUUUUCAUCUCCAGCCUUGUAAGAGGACCGGGUGUGUUUGGAGAAGUCCAGGUGUAUUGGAAUAUCACUCCAGCUGUAGCUUCUGAGUUUGAAGCAAUCUCUGGUACUGUAACGUUCAAGGACAGGCAGUCUGAUGCCACAAUUGUUCUGAAGGUACUGGGAAAUACGGAUCGUCAAGUUCACUCAUAAGUAUGCUGUUUCUGUGAAGUCUACUGUCUGAGUGCUUUCCAUGAAAAUAUCCCUGUUUUGUCACAAUUCCAGGUCCUGGAUGAUGAUAUUCCUGAAGAGAGCCUUGAAUACCAGCUCACCCUCACAUCCGCCACCUCUGGACUUGAAAUCAGUCCCAUCGCCAGACAUUCUAAGAUUAUUAUGGCAGCCAGUGACAACCCUCACGGCGUGUUCUCCUUUACCCAGAAUCAGAUCAGGGUGACUGAAGAGGAAGGAAUGGUGAGGUCAAACAAUUGAGACUGACACAAACAUUUCAGAAAUCCUAUUAUAGUGGAUUAGGCUCAUUAACAUGUUAGGUUGUGCUAAGAGAGGUAUCCGUUUUGUUUUUCUCGCAGGUAAAUGUGACAGUCACUCGCUUCUUAGGCAACCUGGGCAGUGUUUGGGUGACGUAUCAGACCUCAGGCUACACUGCGGUCAGUGAGGUUGACUUUGUCCCAGCCUCAGGACGACUGCUCUUUACCCCUGGCCAAACCACAAAACAAGUUGCUUUGCAGAUCCAGGAUGACAGCCUCCCAGAGGAGCCUGAGAUCUUCUUCCUGAACAUUACUGAAGUGGAGCUAGUUAAUGUCAGGUAGACUCGUUAAAAUGGGAAUAAACAGCGAGCGUAAUUAAAAAAUUGUUUCAAAUAAGGUUUAAGUCAAAAUAGAAAGUUGAAGCAGCUGCCGAAGUUGUGUGGUCUUAAUUCUUUAUUCUGUGUCUCCCUCUUGUGGCCAGUGUUGUGGACUAUACAAUGAGUGAGUCCGGCCUCCAGCGUGACCAGCCCCCGCUUCUAGGCAACAUUUCCUCUGUCUCUGUGGUCAUAUUGAAGAAUGACAAUGCUGAGGGUAUCCUAGAGUUCAGGCAGGACUUUGUCAACAUAACAGGUAAAAGUUCAGGCAACGUCAUUUGAACCUGUUUGUAUUGAUGUAUUUUGUGUCAUAAGUCUUUAAAUACACAUUUUUUUCUAAUGGUUGUUCUUUCAGUUGAGGAGGAUGUUGGCACUCUGUUGAUCCCAGUGGUGAGAAGAGUGGGCACAUACGGAUCGGUCUCAGCUCAGUUCGUUUCUAGAGGCCUAGGUGCAACACCUGACCUCGACUACAUCCUGAAUAAUGACUCAGUGACAUUCGAACAAGGCCAGAACACCAGCUACAUCAAUGUCACAAUCAUAGAUGACAUGGACAGGUGAGAAAAAAUAUGAGAAAUAUUUAAAAUGAUCAUUUAUUAUAUUAACUUAUGAAUAAAUACAGUAUAUCAAGCAAACAGAUCCAUCAUGCCAUUAAUGUAUCAUAACGUAAAGAUGUAUUAUGUCUUUAAAUUCAAGUAAUUCUAAUUUAACGUUGUCUUCAUCAGUGAGCACGCAGAGAUAUUUGAGGUCCUCCUGGUUGGAGCAACAGGUGGAGCAAUUCUCGGCUCUCAGCAAGUUGCCAGGGUAACCAUUGCCAAGAGUGACUCUCCGAGUGGUGUGGUCCGUUUCCUCAACGAGAGCCUAAUUACCGUGGUCAACCCAAACUCCACUCUAAAACUCAGUCUUGUUUUAGAGAGAGCAGGGGGCCUGGUGGGCAAUGCAACGGUACAGGAGACGAUAUAGUUCAAAAAUACUUUUACUCAACCACAGCUGCACUCCCUAAGGUUUCAUUUGACACAAAAACUUCAAUCUCACAUUACUCUGUUACAGGUAGCUUGGAUUAUCCUGGGCCCUAACAGCAGAGAGGCCCUUAAUCCAUCCAAUACAGACAUAAGAGAUCCUGUGAAUGGGUCGUUCUUCUUUAGAGAUGGAGAGGAGAGCACACGCAGCAUAGAGCUGAGGAUUCUCCCUCACGGAGAGGUGGAGGUGGAGGAAACGUUUGUCAUAGAGCUCAGCGUUUUGUCAGGAGAGAUAGACGUGGAUUCUCAAGCCGGUUCUGUAACUUUAAAGGUACUUUUUUGUUUUUCUUUCAAGAUUAAUUUUAUACUAUAAUUGAACAUAACUUGCGAACCAUAGCACCUAAUGUCCCCUCUUGUUCAUCUGUCCUCCAGAUAGAGAAGUUCGGUGAUCCCAAUGGUAUAGUGCAGUUUACUUCACAUGCUCUUCAAGAGCGUGUCUACAAUGAAUCCACAGAAGCAGAGGGUCCCUUUAACAUUUCACUGUUGGUUACACGUAGGGAGGGUGUCAUGGGUAAUAUCACGGUAAGACAACAUCAUAUAUAUUUGUUAUUUCUCACUCAAAUCAAGCACAAUAUAAAUCUUUGUGGUUGUUCUAGUCCAAAUGUAACCAUAUUAUCUCAAAUAUCAGGUGCACUGGCAGAUACAGAGUGACUCAGAUGUGACAGGAGACUUCCAAGCCUUGGCGGGCUCAGUGAUGAUCUUUGAUGGCCAAAGGGAGGCUGAAAUUAUCCUCAGCCUCAUGCCUGAUACAGUGCCAGAGCUGGAGGAGCUGUACACCGUCCAGCUCACAGCUGUGGAGGGAGGCGCUACUCUGGACUCCAAUCCAAACCUCAUCAGAACACACAUUAGGUUUGCCAUGGUGUUUAACUCAGUAUUAUACAGUAACAUUCAGGCCAGAUGAAAAAUGAAGUACUUAAUCUUCCUCUCUUACUUUUAGGGUGCUUGCUAACGACGAACCUCAUGGUGUCUUUUUCCUGGAUCCUGAGCAUCAGUCUAUAGUGGUUGUAGGGUCAGGGUCUGAGGUCACCAGAGCUCUGGUCCUGAAUGUGACACGUCUCGCUGGGCUGUUUGGAAACACAAGUGUGGGUUAUAGGAUCAGUGGAGAAAUCAAUGAAGAGAUGGACAUGGACGAGAUACUGGGAAGAAAAGCUGAAGGAAAGCUGUUAUUGAGAGAGGGUCAGACCUUCAGUACCAUCACUGUACCCAUCAGCAGCAAGGUAUGGAUGCUUCAUAAGACUGAACAGCUUUAUGAGUGACUGUAGAGAAAAAAGAGGACUUUUUUGUAGCCCAUGUAUAACAUUUGUUUGCUACAUUGCCUUUUUUGUAGGUAUUUUUGUCAGUGGGUGAGAGCUUCACAGCAGAGCUGACUGAUGUAAGACUAGUCAGUCCUCUUCUCGGCUCUCCUCCUCGCCUCCUAAAAGAGGCCAGUGUUGCUACAGUGACUGUUCCUGAAGAAGCUGCCAGCUCUGAGGCAAGUUAUGGAUGUUUUUGUUUUUUUGUUUGUUUGUUUUUGUGAAGAUAUAAACAUUAUUUUUAAAAGGAGGGGGAUUAUUAUUGGCACCCUCUGCAGGACUCUUGGGGUGCGAGUCUUGCUAUCCAUGAGUGCUCUUUGAACAGGUCUUAGUGUCUUGCUUGAGGACACUCAGUUUGUAUUUUCUGUCAAUUAUGAAAAAGCUUUUUCCAUCCAGAGUAUAGAUCAGUAAACAUCAGCUGUGAGGUACUGCAUCAUCUUUUUGAGAGAUCCCUCUGUAUAGAUAUUUCAUUUCAAAUCUUACAUCAUAUUUUCUCAACUUAAUAUAGAAAAUUAGUUUGUCUUCUCUGUGAUCACUCUGAGCACACCGGUACUUGUACAUGUACUUAAAUACUAGUUAUAGAAAUUUUAUGACGUACCUUGUGGUCACAUUUUAAACCCUUUUCUUUCACAUUUGUUGUGCAGGUUGGCUUUGCUUCCCUGGCUCUGAAGGUUUCAGACAUAGAAACCGGGGCAUGUGACGCAGAAGUGACUCGCACAGGGCUGUUUGGUGAUGUAAGGGUGCAGUGGAAUGCUGGAUAUCCGAUAGGUCAGGCUCCACCCGGGCUCCAACGUGGUGUGAUCAGGCCAAGUUCAGGUAAAACAGAGAAGUAUUACAUGAAACCAGUUAUAGACCUAAAUAGACCUUUUCUUUUCUUUUCUUUUCUUUUGUUAACCCAGUUUUAUGUUUUUGAUUAAAUGAAAAAUUCAAUCAGGCUAAUGGCAACCUGCAUAUUUUAUUGUUGGUCUAAUUUCAGGCUCACUGACCCUGGUCCAUGGGGAGAGGUCUAAAGUCAUUUCACUGACAGCUGUUGCUGAUGCGUCCGAUGCAGCAUCUUACGCCAUACACCUCACAUCUGCAACAACGAGCACUGCUGCAGGCGCUGGUACCGUCAGGCUUAAGUAAGGCUUUAACAUUGUCUGACUUCAGAUAUGUUGCUGAUGAUUUAAAGGUUCCUUUUGCUUAAUAGGCCAGCACUCACAGAGACACACACUGAGUUUCUAUCUGAGUGAAAGUAUCAAAUGUCAAUCUCCCCGAACAGGUCAGGAUCUACAGUGGCAGAGGUGGAGCCCCUGGGAAUCUACCACUUCGCCCCUGAUUCCCGCCAGAUGGUCAUUGCAGAAGAUAUUCAGACUAUCACACUUUAUGUCCAAAAACUCUACGGUUCUCGCAGCAACAGCACCCACCUGUCUUAUACAACAGUAUCAGGCAGCGCGGCAGCUGGAGAGGACUUUAUUGCGGUGCCAGAUGGCCGUUUGGUCUUUGACUCACCUCGCCAAACCAACGCUUCCUUCCGCCUCUCAAUACUUGACGACUCCCUCUCAGAAGCUGAUGAGCACUUUUACGUCAACCUUACAGAUGUUCAGACUGUUGAUCCAGAUCAAGCGUGGGCAGAAACUCCGCCUCGCCUCAACCCUCAGCACAGUGUGGCCACUGUCACCAUCCUGGCUAGUGAUGUGACAGGAGGAGUGCUGAGUAUUGGACCCGCAACGGUUCAGGUCCCUGAAGACAGGGAUGAGGAGACCCAGCAGGAGAGGAGGGUGAAACUUAGAGUCCGCAGGUCUGACAGUGCAGCUGGGGCUGUGAGCGUCAGAGUUCAGGCAUUUGGAGGUUUGUUUGUUUUAUUGAACUGCUUUAACACUUUAGAUUUUAAUUUACUGUGAUGUUUCAGAUCCUAAAUUUGUGUGUCUCUAUCCAGAUGGAAGUACAGCACCUCCUCCCUUCACCCUGGAACCAGUUGGGGCUCUGGCGAAGGAGGAACAGGACUUCCGCCUCGAGUCUACCAUAGUGUCUUUACAGGCCGGUCAGAAUGAGGCAGAGGUUGUUCUUGUCAUCCUGGAUGAUUCAGAGCCUGAGGGAGAGGAAGUUUUCUUCAUUUACCUCACUGAUCCAGAGGGAGGAGCACAGAUCACUGACAGUCCUCACCUGGGCUUUGGAGCUUUUACAAAGAUCACCAUCCUUGGUAAAAAUGACGGUUAAUGUAGUGAAAGAUUUAAAAAAAAAUAGAAUUGAACCUAAAUACAAAAACAUGUUCCAUGUUCAGAGCUGUAAAUUGACCCCAAUAAUGUCUUUUGAGUCUUAUCAGAUGAACCAACAGAGGUAUAGAGGUAUCUCAAUAGAUGAUGAAUGACUCAGUCUCCUUUUCAGUUUUCAUUAAUGUCUCUUGAUUUGCAUUAAGUCCUUGCUCCAGCUUCUAUUCCUGGCUUAAUUUCUUACAUAAUCACUGCAUUAUUGGCUUAUGAUUUGAUUAUAAUGCUUGUAUGAUGAAUCACAAUGUAAUUGAUUAAGAAGACUAUGAGGUUAUAAGGAAACUGGCUUCCUAAUUGAUCUUAUUCCCUUUUCCUCUUAUUCACACACCAGGAAGUGACUUCCAUAAUGGUAUCGUAGGGUUUAGUCUCGGUUCUCUCCUUGGCAAAGUUUUGGAUGAGGAUUCAGAGAACAGAACCGCUAUCCUCUAUCUGCAAAGACAAGAAAACAGGUAAUGAAAUAACACUUUUUUUUUUGGUUAUGGGUAAAAAUGACCCUCUGAAUCGAUCAAUUUCUGCCUGAGAUAUGUUUGCAGUUCUUCCUCUUCAAGUGUGUCUUCCUUUAUUUAGAGUGUUUGAGGAUUUGCAAGUCUUCUGGAGAGCAACCUUCAGCAAGGCAGCUCAGACUCUCAUUAGCAAUGGGGUAAACCUAACCAGAGAGCUCGUGCAGACCUCAGGAGCAGCAUUAUGUAAGAGAGGAGAGACUAUGUGCGCUCUGAUCCUGGAGGUCCAGGAUGACGAGGUGAGAGCUGCUGCAGAGGUUUCUGAUGCUGUUGCAUGUUUUAUUUUUACAGAGCUGAAAAUCUCCCUAAUCCUACAAGGAAACACUAGAAUACAAAUAUGGUAAAAUAAUAACUCGAUAACUGAUCACCCAUCUGUGUUACCAUAGGAACCAGAGCUGCAGGCCUGGUUUUUGGUGGAGAUUUAUCAAGUGGGUGCUGGUGCCACCAUUAAUGAGACCAACCGGUUUGCCAACAUCACCUUAGCGGAGAGUGAUGACCCACAAGGAGUUGUGUACUUCGCCGUGGGCCACAGACUGCCCGUCGCCACCCUGAUGACCACGAGGCUCAGUCUCCAGGUUCAUAGAAGAGCAAGCACAGCCUCAGUUAUGUCUGUACAAUAUCGCACUCUGGUACGUAUGAAACACGUGUGCAAUUGGAAUAUUUUGUUUUUCAAAAUUCAAGUUGUGACAUAAUUCAUAAGGUUUUUGACACUGAGGGUCCUGAACUUUUAGUAUACUCUUAUUGUUUAUUUUUAUUCGUCCAACAACAACAAAAAAAUGUAUCGGUCAUGUCUCAUGUCAUCGCCACCAAAGCAUCAGGAUGAGAACAUCAGCAGUAUCUUGGCUGUACUCAGUUUUGGGGAUGUAAAUUAUCCACAAGUACUUUUUUUUUUCUCUCGGAGAUCAAAGUGACAGUUUUCAGUGCUCUCAAAAAAAGGUCUCAGUGAGACACAUGGUAAGGUCACCUGCUUUCAUCUCUUUGAGCCAAAACACGCUGUGAGACACAGAGGGUUUGAUGCAUAAUGAAAGCGUUGCUGUCAUUUAGAUUUUUCAGCAUGGUCACUGCACUCAUCUACCUUUGGUCCGGUGGCAAAACAGACUGUAAGACCACUGUCAACCAAAUCAGAAUUUUUAGUCUUGAUAGGUCAGAGUAGCAGGUUUUUUUUUUAUCCUUUAUUUUUAUGAUUAGAUGUUUUAACAUUAAACAAGCAGCGAAACAAAAGUAACAAAGAAGGUAGCAGACAGGUUCGUUACAGGCUUAAAAUGCAAAAACUCACGAAAAUGUUUGUUUCCAGAAUGUAAAUCCAAAGCUGGGCCGUGGGGACACAUUCAUUUAUACAUCACGUCCAAGUUCAGUCUUGUUUCUCUUCAGAUCAUAUAAAUCUUUCACCUUUUUCAUCAUAUCCAACACAAAUUGAAGAAUGUGACAUCUGUACAGGAUAAGACAAGCAUUUUCAGUUUGUUAAAUUUGUAUAAGAUUUCCAGGGUUUCCAAUACCUCUCAAACUUAGCACUAGCAUAUCUCAGGGAAAAUGUCAAACGCUUCAUUAUAUAAAUCUCCCCUAUGAUCUCUGUCCAUUCCGAAAUAGAUGGUAGGUCCUUGCUGAGCCAUUUUUUGGUUGUUGCUUUUUUGCAACCAACCAAUAGAAUCCGUAUCAAGUACCUGUCUUGUUUCCUCAUGGUUUUUGGUAAAUUCCCCAAGUAAAUAAGACUGAAAGAGCGCUCUAUAUCUGACCGUAGGAUUGAAGUAAUUUCUUUCAUUGCACAUUCCCAAAAUGGUGAAAGUGCAGGACACUCCCAAAAAAUGUGGAAAUGUCCAGCAGAUAUAUUGCCACACAUCCUCCAACAGUGACCAAGCUUGGGUCUGUUAGUCUAGACAACUGUUAGUCUGUUAGUCUCCAACACACCUGAUUCAAAUGAUUAGCUCGUUAUUAAGCCAUUACAGAGCCUGAUAACGAGCUGAUGAUUUGAAUCAGGUGUGUUGGAGCAGGGAAACAUCCAAAACAUGCAGGACAGUGGGCCUCGAGGACUGGACUUGAGGACCACUGGUAUAGAGUAGCAGGAUUUUAUAAAAUUUUUCAGUGAUUAUUUAUGCAUUACAUCAUAUAGAUUCAUUUUCAAAUUAAUGCUGGUGAAUACGACCACGGUCAACACAAACAUUUCUGUUUCUCCUGUAGGAGCUGCCUGGACAUGAGGCAGUGGGCCCCUCUAUAAUCCACCCCGCUAAAGCAGGAAUGGACUUUCCCAAACAGGAGGGCACACUAACCUUCAAUGUGGGUCUUCCAAACGCAUCAUUGGACAUCUUCCUCACACCUGACCUCGCCUCAUCAUUACCAACGCCAAAGCGCUUUUGGGUGGAGCUCUACAACGCCACAGGGGGAGCCAGGGUGCACCCUGAAUUUGGGCUGGCUAAUGUAACUGUGGUGUCAAACGCAGCAAGUGAAGCUACUUGGGUCUUACUGGACCAGUUACAUCAGCCUCUAAGCCCAAAUAUACUAAACCAGGUGCUACAAAGACUGAUCGAUGAGGUCACCACGCCACUCUCUCGUGAGCAGAUGACUGCUGUGCUUGAAGCCUUAGGAAAGGUAAGAGCAUUAGAGACAAAAAAAACAUCUCCUUUGAACGGAUUACUCCACAUUUCUUAAGGUCAUUUGGAUGAAGUAUUAUUGUCUUACUAUCAUAAAACCAAAUCUUUGAAAGGAAAAAUGAUUCACUAUAUUUUACCAGAACUUUGUAAGUCUCAGUUUAUCCUAAACUUAACUGCAAAUAUCACGAUAUUGGUUUGCACUUGAGUCUUUCUAGUAUUGAAUCAGAAGUCAGUGAAAAAGAAAGCAUUUGUGUGGUUCUGUUUUUUCACAGCUUAAAGCCGGUGAGCCAGUGCAUCUCUGUCAGACAGAUCUGUGCUUAGGGGCAAACAUCAUCUCCACUUCCUUGCUCUGACAGAUCAGAGAACCCGCUUGUCACCUGAAAAGAUCUCAGUUGUCACUCUGCGUAACGGGCUGUGAUCACCGCGCCGCUCUGGUGUUUGAGUUAACAUAUGGCUCAGCUAGCAGACAAGCGGAGACACCGGCGUAAUUUAGAAUGAAGGAGGAAGGUGCAGGGGGAAGGAAGAGAGAGCACAGACAACCGAGGAGAGCUGCACAGCAUGAGAAAACGUGGUAUAACACAGACGAUAAGAAAAGAGAAGGAGACAGCUCAGAAAAAGUGGAAGUAAUUCUUUAAAAAGAGCUCAAUGACUGAAUUCAGAAAAGUUCUGUAGAGAGUAGACACAGCCAGGAAGGAUGGAAAAGAUGACGAGAGCAAACAUAAUAUCAAAGGGAUCAAAUUAAAAAUAAUACUAAAGCUAUCAAUUCAUUGUUCUCUAACAAUAAGCCCACAAUUGUCUCUGUCUAUUCUCUAUCUCUUUCUUUCUGGUUUCUAUGAUCCAGGUACUUGCAGAAGCAGAGAGGACUCCUUUACAGCACAGUAGCCGCAAUUUGACCUAUGACCUGCUGUGCGCCUUGGCUAAUCCUGGCAGAGUUGACACCCGGGGCCUCAGCUACCUCGCUGAGGUGGCUGAGAGAUUUGCCUUCUCCCUCCUCACAGGCAGCCAGUGUGAGAUGUGAGUGAGCUUGUUGACGGAUUUUCCAGGUAUUAUUCUUACAAAUCCUUGGAUUAAGGUGCUCUUACUUGGUAUUGCUUCCUUGUGUGUUUCCUGCAGAAGGGGUUCCAUCCUGGAGACUUGUCCCUACAUGACCAUCUCUGCCCUGCAGUGGUACCCUACACAGAUCAAUGGACACAAAUUCAGGGGGCGUAACGCAGACUUCUUCCAGCUCCCCGAUCGCCUGCUCGCUGUACCAGCAUCGCCCACAGCUGACUGUGCCAACCUCAGCCGGGUUCAGCUGACUGAGUUCAGAGCUGAGCACUGGUUUCUGACCAAUGAUACAAACACGGCCUUUAAUGGGAAGGUAUUGGAACAGUGAUACAGAUCAAGUCAUUUAAUCAGUCAUCUAAUCCAAACACAAACCUCUGAUGUGUUUGGUUGCAAACAGCAGGUGGCAGUAUUACUCCAACAUUGACAUGUGGUUCAGUCCACUGCUGAGCACUCCUUUCUUCUCUUUGUCACAAGGUUUUCUCAGCCAGCCUCCAGGACAGGGGGUCACAACCCUUAGAAGAUGGCAACGAGGUGGUGUAUCGUAUCCACACCCCAGGACACCAAGUCAAACCAGGCCGCUCUGUGUGCCUUCUCUGGAACCAGACCACUGCAAGGUAAUCCACUACCUGGCCAAUCAGAAACAUGAACUUACACAGUGAGAUGACAUCCAGAAUGUUUCUCGUCACAGUAAUCGUCACUUUUGCCUGUCAUUUAUGAAAUAAGCGAGACUAAUCCACUGAGUAUAAAAGUCUAACUUAAGCUUCUCAAAAAGACCUCAUGGGAAAGUUGCAUCUCUCUGCUGUAUAUCUGUACAUAAAGCCCACUGCACUCUGAAUUCUCUCCCUUGGAGUAAGUUUGUUAUGUACAUUCCUGGGGUGUGGACAGAAACUUGGCAGGAACAUUAUGUUACAAGUUAAGAAUUGGCAGGUUUUGCCGGAACAGCCACUUGGAUGAUGUCCCCCUCGGAGUAAAAUAGAUUAAAGAGGGUGGAGAGAAAAGUCAAAGUCAGGCAGAGGUGAAAGUUGAAGAGCAGCUUUCCUGCGGUGAACAGAAGGUCAAAGUAAAAUUAUGGGUGUAUUUUUUUCCCCAGAAGGAAAAUGGCCAUGACGCUCUGAUUUGUUACACACCAUCUUUGAAUGCAAACACACCAAACCCCACAGAGUAUAAUAGACGUACAUGUAAACAUGAUGAUGCAUCCUCUCCUCUCUUCUCUAGCUGGUCAUCAGAUGGUCAAUACUGCAGGGUUGUGAAAGAGAGUGGGAGCUAUGUGGAAUGUGCCUGCUCCCACUUGUCUAUCUACACAGCCUACGCAGAGUUUGCCACCCUUGCAUCCUACAACGAGGCCUUCUUUGCCUCUGGAUUUAUCUGCAUUUCAGGUACAAAACACACCCUCACUUGCUUUUUCUUGUGUCUCUUCUGUUCGUCCUCUGCCUACUUGCCUCCUAUUCACUUUACUCUCUGGUGGAUUCUUUUACAAGAGCUUAAUCUCUCACAUUCCUCCCACAUUGAUAUAAAUAAGCACAGUCUAUUUGUGCGAAAAGAAAAAGUCAUUAAUAUUGGUUUGAUCAUGUUUUCCUCUUCUCCCUCUUUUAGGCUUUGCAUUGGCCAUAAUAUCCCAUGUGCUGUGCUCCCGUUUUCCUAUGUUUGCUGCCAAACUGCUCACUCACAUGAUGUUGGGCUGCCUUGGAACCCAGGUAAAACUGCUCUUCUCACAUCUUAAGUCGUGCCAGAUUUACUAAAAAACCAAAACAACCAUAAUCCCGGUAGUUUAUGGAGGCUGGAAUCUUCAUACUCCCACUCAAUCUGCAUUUAUUUCUUAGCCAGUUGCAUCUGUUUUUCGUGGCACAUUCUCAAUAAUGUAUUAAAUAUUGAAUAAUAGGAAAGCUUGUGAUAUUGUAAUAGAGGCAUUCAUCUUUCUUGUCCAAAUGGAUCAACACCUCAUAUAUAAACACAGUGAUAAUGCACGGAAAGCAACACAGACCUUUGUUUUUCACAAAGUACAAAUACUGGCAAACAUAUUCAUGCAUUCUUUAUAUAAAAACAUCUACAUAUAUUGAGAGUGCAUGCACACACACACACAUACACACACACACUGUAUGCAACCGGCUCCUCUUGUUAGCCACAAGACAUGUCACAGGUAUUUUCUUGGAAGUGUGCAUAGAUGCGAACACACAUCAUCCAAUGUCAUUUGUUGCGUAGUUUGCGGGCUGCGCGUCAUGACAACGCAACCAUGCCCCCCGCACCCUCGGCCAUUAAAAACGCAAGCUGUCACAUAAGCAAUGAGCGAGAUAGAUAUGUGGCCGCAGGUUAGUCUCACAGCGGGUGCAGGCCAUGCAUGUGUGUGUAUGUGCGCAUGUGUGUGUGCGUGAGGGAGUGCGGGACUGGUAAUUUUCCACUGGUCCCCCUCUCCUUGGUUGACAAACACGAGCCCCUACUAAAGCAGACUGUCGUUGGGGGCUAACCACCUCAGGCUCGACCUGUUUAUGGCCCAGGCAGAGCCCCUGAACCUGAAAGGGUUUUGGAUGGAAAAUUCCGUCCUGUUCUGUUUCUUCGUCGUCAUCGUCGUCGGUACUGUACUGCAUGUUAGGCUACUUCCUUUGAUGUGCACGUGUCUGACAUUGUGCUAUUAUUUAGGAAAACAUGGGUGUGUUUCUGUGGCCUUGAGUCAAGGAUAGAUGAUGAAGGCCUGAAAUCCAGACUGUUGCACUGAAGACUUACCUGAAUGUGCACACUGGGAUUAAAAUGUAUCCUCUAAAUGUUCAUCUGGCACGUUCUGGUCCACCACUGGGUUGAGUGCUGAACUUUAAUAGACCCACUCCUGUCAUUGUCUCCACUUAAGAAUGAAGUGUAAUUAUAGUAUGAGUUAGCUAGCUCAAGAUAGAAAAACACAACCUACUUUAAAUGCAUGUCAUCUUUUUGGUUGGCUUUUUCACUCUGUGUUUUGUGUUACUAAGAUGUAAGUAGGCCAAUACAAAUUAUGUGUAUUUUAUCAUAAUAUAUAAGCACAAAGUUACAUUUCUUUGCUAUAAUAUAACGUUGUGUCGGGCCACUUAUAAGGGGCAAAUACAAUUUCUUUAACCACUAAAUAAAUGGUUGGAGCUUCAUUUAGGUUACUUCAUAGAUAUUACACUAAGAGGUUCAAAUGUAGUUCUCAAAAUGAUGAAUUAGAGUAAAAUACCAAAGUUUUGACAGUGCAUAAAACAUAUUAUGAUAGGGAUCCAUUUUUGCGCUCAGUUUUUAUCAAGAGGUGACUGUCAAUGACUGUCAACUUCGGGGUUCAGAAUUGAUAUUUUACCUAAUUUUGCAUUUUAAACAGCAUUGUUAAAAGCAGCUCUGUAGAGGUCAUCGUGUAUAUUUGCAGCUUAAGCUCAGCAUCAACAAUUAUUGUUAUAUUUUUCCUUUAAGAGGGCUGAAGAUCAUACAACCUGAGGAUAUGAGUUGUUGUAUUAUGACAGUUUUCUGAGCUUCAAAGCCCCAGUCUGAUUUUCACUCACCAUUAAUUUGAUCUGUCAGGUUGAGCUGACAUCUGUGGAUGCUGAGCUAUGAGGAAAGUAAAUUGAAGCUGCCAGUUUCACUCCUAACCCCUCUGUGAGAUUGUGAGAGUCGAAACCAGGUAGAAGACACUACCUGCACUACUUGCCUUAUUUUCUUCAAUAAGCAUCCCCUCUUUGGCUGCAGACUUUACAUAUUUUAGCAUGAUCUAUGAACUAUCAAAACUAUGAAAACAGAUUCCCGAACAUUAUCAGAUUUUAGAAUGAUAUACAUAAACUAUUGGUUUUGGUGUCAAUACACUGACAGGGUGACAGACACAUGGCCAACAUCAAUGACAGACCUACUAAGAUUUAAAGUGAAUUUUCCCAUCCGCCACCUUUCAGUCUGAGAUUUGUGUGUAUGAGUGUGUGCGUUUAAAUGCUCAUCCUUGUCACAUCAGAGGUUGAGCUUUGACAACCUCUUGCUCUGGCCAACAGUUUGUCCUCCGCUCAGCAAGACAACUGAAGAUUGUCUGUGCAGAGUGGAAAUUUACCCAGUGCAUAUGCAAUGGAAGUAAAGCUUCAGGCCAUAUGUGAGUGUGUUAAUGUAAAUGUACCAACAUUUGCAUGACAACAAUGAGGGAUCGUAUUUGAAUAAUAGCAAGUUGACAAAAAUAUUCAAUAUUUUAUCAGCCAAAAACAGCAGUUUAAUAAACACACAUUGUGCGUAUUUCAGUUUUCUUGACCUUUUUAAGAAAAUGAACUUUUGCACUGACAAAGACGUGCAGUGUUUGACUUCCUCCACAGUUAUACGCAACUUCAAACCAAUAAAAUCUUGUAUAAACUCUUAGGUCAGUUCCUUGCGGUUCAGUUUGUCUCUAAGGGACAGAUCCUUUCCUGCUUAAUUCUGCUUUAUUUACAAAAAACAUAAAUCUAUGACGAAAAUUACAGCAAGCUUUCACAUCUGAUGACAUCUUUUGGGGUUAGUGGGCUCUGUAAAAAAAAACACAUUUCCAGUUUCUUCCAUUUGAACUCCCUUUCUCUUGUUUUCUUAUUUCACAAGCUUAAGGGCAUUUCAUCGUCUUACUUACGGUCAUCCCUUACCCACCACUCCAGAAAAAGUAAAGAGUGUUUGUCUUAAAUCCUUGCCAAGGGGAUUCCCAGCAGAGGAUUAAAAUGAUUUCCAAACAGCACAUGGCAGGGGUUAUUGACGUUGUUCGAAGGAAAGAUGAAGAACUGGCACAGAGGCAAAAUUUAUUCCGCUCCGUUUAAAUUCAAUCUUUGGCACCCCCUCGAAUUAAGAGCUGUUAUAUAAACACGGAUAAAAGUCUCUUAACAUUGUUUUUCUUUUCACUGUCUGGUUUUGCGCUUGACCAAAAACUUCACAUGAAAUCUUUCAGCCUGGUUGAUUUCUGAGCCGUUUUUGUGCUAAUGUGGGAAUAAGAAUCUAAUCUCCAUCUCUACUGCAAACAAAGCACAAUGUGAUUUUGGAUGCGAUGUAAUUAAACCUCCUUCCACAUCUCAAAACAGCCUUUCCCACACGCUCAGUGAAAUGUUUAUCCCAGUGGUCCUAGUGCUUUAUUCCAGUAUAUGGGAGGUGUUUAGGUGACUCUUAGUUUGGUUAUAGAGGAUUUCCUGUUAGCUCUGGGAAUGGAUCCAGCAUUCAGAAGUCUGUGCCUCAUCCAAACACACACACACACACACAUGCCUAUCCACUCACUUCUACCCUGUUACACCGAACACCCUCCACCCUUACAUCCCGUCUCUAACAGAAUAAAGAAUCCAUGAUUGCUGCCGCCGUGUUUCCUAAAUGUUCCUGUUUGUCGUCAGUGGUUAUGUGUACGUGAUGGGGGAGAUUUAAGUUUUGAACAACCGCGCACUCUCCAGGAAAGGGGAUGUAUGAAUUGCGUAAUCCGAGUCCUUACUGUGUCCUUUUCUCCGGAGCUUGAGCUCAGCACAGGUCUUUGUAAUGUAAGUGGGUGUUUGUGCUUUUCCAGAGGAAGUUUAUCUGUUCCCAUCAGGAACAAUCAAACAUUAAAUCGAUAAAAGUGAGGUCUAGAUGACGUCAAAGAACACACUUUUCAGAUUAGAUUCGGCCCUUAUGGCUUAAAGUGUCAAAAAGAAAAACGAGAGGACAACUUGAGCACUGGAGUGUUGAAAUUGAGAACUAUUGUUUUUGUCAAAAAAAUUGAGACAAAUCCAAACUAUCUAAAGUAUCUGCAUAAAACGUCCUAAAACUGAAUAGAUCAAAGUGUUCCUGUAAGUCUUUACACAUUAAAAGGAUAUUUAUGAAUGUAAAUGGACCAGUACUAUAUAUCCAACUGAUUCAUUCGCUUAGUUAUGUUAUAGCCUCAUUCUUCACUCCAGUUUUCAUGAAAUGAAGAAGUCCUCAUCAUGUCCUUGGUAACACUGUGCAGCAGCUUUGGGCCCUUUUCUGUCUGUCAGCUGAAACUAAUGGCUGUUAAGUAUGAAGGGGUGUAAUGUGACAGCAGACGAGGCCUGCCAGUGUUACUGUGUGAGUGUGUAGACGGCACAGUGGAGAGGUGAAGACGGCCUCUUGGGAGACUCACAUUACGCUCCACUGCCUGGUCCAACACUUUUCUGCCUGGUGUCGCCCUGACUCCUCUCCUCUUCAUCUGAUCCGUCUCCGCUCAAGUCAGCAGCGUCUUUCUUACACUGUUCAUCAUGACCUUGGCUGUUUUUGCCUGACUCUGAUAAACAAGACCGAACUCUCCUCUUUGUCUCUUUAUUUCCUAGUUUUACUUUCAUUUCUCUCUACCCCCGCUAGCUUUUUUCCCUGCUUUUAUUCCACAAAAUGAUGAUGAGUAAUGCCCCUGUUUCUAUUCUUUGUCCCCUUCAUCAUUGUGGCUGCUGGGCUUAGCAGGGAGCUGUGACAUUACAAGCCUACAGAAAGACUCUCUCAGUCUGUUUUUUUCUGCUUCCUCUCUCUUUAUCCUAGUGAAGUGGCUGAUCACAUCCUGUGUGACUCAUCAGCUAAAAUAAUGACAACACUCUUACAUUACAUAGACACUUGGUGCACACAAAGGGUUUUUUAUUUGUCUGAUCAUAACCAGGUAUCUUGUAAACACAAAGUGAUAUUCCCUGUUUUUUAGUUAGCAUUUUUUGAGGGGGGCUCUAAGUAGCCCCAGCUGUAGUAUUACAACAGUAGUUACAUUAACUUCUUUUAAUAAUUCAGUUAAGUCAUUAAUCUCCUAAUUUAUUUUGUACAGUAUUGCAAUAGUUAGUUUUAAGAUAAUGACUAGAGCUGUGUUGUUUUUUGCAUUGUUCUUUUUAAUUAUUUACAUUUGCAAAGGUUUUGAGCAGUUAGGCUUCACAUGUUCAACUGUUACAGCUUCUAAUCCCUGCAAAGGUAAAGUAAACUGGAUCAAGUAUUGAUCCCCUGACCAUCCGUUCUCCUGCUGCAGACUCUGCCCUCCAUGGACUUUCCUCUAUUUCUAAACACAAGGCUGUAGCAGUCAUUCACUUUUCUCAUGGUGUCUAUAAUCAGGUCCACUUUGCCUUGCAGCUGUGAGACAUGGCACUGGCAUCUGACAGAGGUGGGGGAAAGUCCCUAUGUUGCAAGUCCAAGUGGAGUCUCAAGUCUUUGCUCUCAAGUCUCGAGUCAAGUCCAAGUCAACACAGACAAGUCUCAAGUCAAGUCCAAGUCCUGAACUUUUUGUUUCGAGUCCCAACCAAGUCCUAGGAAUUUUGUUUCGAGUCCCAACCAAGUCCUUACCGUUUCUUUCAAGUCAAAAACAAGUCAUAUCAAAGCCAUAAACCAUUUGUUAUAUGUCAAGAUUUACAUAAAUCAUGAGCAUUUUUCACUAUUUGCAUUUAUUUUUAAACAAGGGUUCUUGUUUGUGUUAAGUUACAUAGUGCAGCUUUACCCAAACUAUUUUACAUGUCAUACAAAAAAUUAUCAGAUAAACUUCAAUGAUUAGAAAUUUAGACAAUGUGCACAAAAAUAAGGAAGACUCAAAUACAAUUAGACAUUAAACUGAUACUCUAAUUCACUGUUCCAAAACAAAACAACAGAGAGGCACAAGGCAACACGUGGAAACAGGCGGGCAAUACUAGCGAGCAAACUACUAGCAGUCCUACCGGUGUUGUUGUUAUGAGGGGAGCUAGAGUUUGAGACAGUGUUGCCAAGUUUCGUGAGAGAAAUAAGGAAACAGAUCUCCAGAAACAAGACAAAAACAAGCGAAUUUUUUAUGCGGGAAAUAAGCAGACUUGGCAACACAACACGGUGUUACCAACGGCCGUAAUUCCUGACUAUUAGUUGAUGCGACACUUUUUAAACGGUUUGGGCUUGCUGUAAGGUAUUAAGUGACUUGAAAAGACUUGACUUGACUUUUCAAGUCACUGGGCUCAAGUCAAGCCAAAUCAAGUCUCAAGUCUUUAGCAAUCAAGUCCCAAGCAAGUCCAAGUCAUUUCUUGAAGUUAUGGUGUGUCUUAACCUCUGAUGAUGAGCCAACAACAAAAGUUUCUGGAGUCAGUGUUUUAGUACAAGGAAAUCAGAGUUUGACCUGAAAGGAUCAUUAAACUUCAGGUUUCUGUUUUAUGUCCUGAGCUGUCCAGACUUCAGGCACCUUUCACCUGGUUUUGUGGAGUUACUCAGUUUGUCAUCCAGGACUUCAUCGAACAGCCACUCUGAAUGAUAAACACUGGAGUUCAAUGUCCUCAGCAGUCAGCUCUAUUUUUGGCGCUUGACAGCUUGUCUUGGCAGACAUUUGUGUAAAGAGUGGAGUGAACUUUGGAGGUUUAGGGGGGAAAAAAUCAUGGUUUACUCUGAAACUCUUGAGGUCAGUGGCGUUUCUGUUCUAGCGUGAUGUUUGCUCUGUUUUCGAGGUUAGACUGAACAGGAUGUUUCCCAUUUGGCUGAGUGUCUGACACUUAAUAUUCACGGUAAUGCUGUAUGGUGUCAACCCACUUUACAGUUAAUAAUUCAAUCCGGAAGUUAUUACUCAGAGAGGUUAUGUUAAAAGUCUUUAGAUAUAUUUGAGAUUUCCUCAAGCAGAGCAUGUUGUGACAUUACAGAGAGGUUGUGAUAGUUCUGUGAUGCCAGCCUCAUGGCCUGAAAUAGAGAGUCGCCUCACUUCCUUGAAAAAUCAGGAAAUACUGAAUGGAGAAAGGAAAUUAUGUAUCCUCUGUAUCUCCUGCUGUAUCUAUAAUUGGGUCUUUUGUUCUUCGCUUAUCGGAAAAUUGUCAUCGGCGUGUCCUCUGCACAAUUCAGUAAUUUGAGGUUGAGGUAAUUAUAACAUUGUAGGCUGAGACAUCAUCACCCCAACAACAAACAUACACUCAGAUAAACAAAUCCACACACAUGAAUGCAUAAAUAAAUGCUCAUCAUAUUUUAAGAAAAAGAACCCCUUUCUGUACAUUGUGGUUUUGAAACACAUGCAUAUGCUCACAUUCAUACAUGUGCAAACACGCAUAAACAUGCACAGAUGGCUGUAUGUGCACAUGCCCACUUCUAUCAGCCUCUCCGUCCUGUGCAUCCACACACAAAAACUCCCCGAGUCACUCACAGCCUGCAGCUUUCUGUCACUUUGGCCUUUAGGGGUCACUGUAGCUCCACAGACAGAGCCAAGUUCAACGUCAGCCUAGAAUGAAGUGACUGAUCAAUAACUCCCACUGAGCUCUUCUUUUGGGGACCAAGAAGUAUUUGGAGUACAGUUAAAAUACUUGCACUGAUAUUGAGAUGAAAACAGUCUUUCUCGCUGUAAACGUCUUCUUAAAUGAGAUGUUUAAACUUCAAUAUCCCACCCUGCAUCAGGACCAUCUAUGUAAAUAAGUCUAAUGAGCUACAAGCUAUUUUGCAAAUCAGUUUGGCAAAAUAACCACAGCCACAGGAUGAAUUCAAGUCCAAGCAUUGCUCUCAUUUAGUCUAAGUUGGAGUUUGUCGUGGAUUGAGGCCAAGUGAUUAUACAGAGCGUGAUAGUACAGCUGUGGCUCUGAUUAAAUCUAAAUUACACUGUGUGUUACCAAAGCACAAUGUAAAGCAAGAGUGUGUGCAGGAGCAGCAUGAACGCUGCACAGACUGUUUAACUCAAUGGGCCUCUUCACAGAUUGAUUAGAGUUAUAGUCAUGCAUUGACUGACAAUCAGUGCUGCAGAGCAGCCAGUUUACACAGAAUGGAGCUCCCCUGGAUCGAUGGCCUGUUGGACAGCAGUGGGUGAAGCAUCUGUGAGUCCAUGUAGGUAUCCGCACACUCUCAGAUCAAUACCAUUCGGCUCGCUAUUAUCCUUUCACUGAGAGAAAAAGCAACAACUUUGGUGAAGCAACAGGUCACCUUAAAAGGGUGUGCAUGUUUUCUUACAAAUACAAGGAGGUAAAGUCAGACCUGUGAUGGCAAUGGAGGUCGUUAAACAGACUGAAUCCAUGUAGCACCAAAGCAGUCUCACAUUAGAUGUCACAUUCAUACUCUGACGGCAGAGGCUGUGCCCGUCUGUAUAAACUAGUCCUACUCAUGCACCUCUGUCACAGCCAUCAGGGGCAGUCUGGACUUGUUUAGCCUAAGGAAACUUUGGUACUUCAGACAGCAGAACCGGGAACUGUACCCCCAACAAACCAACAAACUCUAUUACUGAGCCACAUGAGCUCGUCAUAAUCAUAUCUUAUUGGUGUAUUGUAAUAACUCUACAAGACCUAGGAAGCCUUGAACAAACAUAAUGUCUUUUCUUUGUAAUAUAUAUGAAUAUUUGUCAUGUUUGAAGUCAAAUGAUUCAAGCAUUACUUUAGAUGGUUCAGUCUAUUCCUGCUGUAUAGCUCAGAAAAACUCCAAGAGGCUUGUUUGUGGUUCAGAAAAGUCGGCCCACUGUGAGAGUGUGUUUAAGGAGCUGACCUUGAGCAGCUGUGUUUUUAUUGGUGUGUGUAUGCACAUGGGUCCAUGUGCGUGUGUCUCGUGCCUCACAGUGCAGGAGUUCUCUGUCUGCUCCCCAGACUGGCUCACACCAGAUGUUGAGGAAGGAAAUUGGAGAGCCUUCUUGAAAGCAGCCCCCGUUGUGAUGGAAAGCAGCUGCAGGUCUCCAGCAGCAAACGUCUCUUUGACUGAAGUGUGAAUGGGAGAAAAGAGAGAGAGAGUCUGCUGGAGUGCACAUAAGUGUGUUUCAUUGGGGUGUUCUAUAUGAAGGAGUUAGCUUUGGUAGAAUCCUUUAUGAGUUUACCAUGAGGGAACUACAACUACAACGUGGAAUAAUUAGAAAAAGAAAUUUACUGUUGAUUUGACAUUAGAUGUACUACUUUUGGUUGUGAAUUUAAGUUUUCUUAGAACAAAUCUGGGAUGUUUUUUGGUUUUCAUGUGAAAGAAAUGACUGUGGGAACUUGAGGGAAAAGUUUUAGCUUGUUUUAGCUGAAUUAUCACUUUGUCACAGCAGAUCACAGUAAAACUCCCAAACCUGCAGAUAUCCCAGCUCAUUGUUUAUUCUAGGAAUAUAUCAUUCCCAAAAUACAUGGUAAGUUUCCUUGAUAUGAUCCCUUUCCCGUUUGACGGAAGCACAGAGACACUCAUUUACCGUCCGGCCACUUGUGCUCACGUAAGCAGAUCUUGAUGGUCUUGUUGUGGUUGUUUGUAUGUAAAACAGACUAAAGGGGAGUGGGUGUUUAUUUGACGACAGCUGGCUCAGCGAGAAAGCCUCAGCCUGAGGUUCAACCCAAAACACCUGUGAACUUUACUUUCAAACUCCGACCUUACGCAACUUGUCAUGCUAGUCGAAGAAACCUCAAAGAUAGCUGCUCAUCAGCACACUGUGUACCUUGUGUUAGUGAGGCGACGCAAAAUGCUGAUAACUGAGAGGGGAUGUAUUUUUCUCACGAUGAAAUAUGAUACUCCAGACUAUUACGAUUUCAUAGUUCUUCAUUACAGAUGCUCACGCUAAGCUCCUCUAUAUUUUAUUUCUUAUCGUCCUGACAACCUCACGCGUCACGUCACUGAAUGUUGAAUCACUCCUCCUUCUCCGCACGCAGUGGCCCACUAACCCAGCUAUCAGCCAUCCCCGUGUGACCUGCUUCUUGCCACCGCCUGUCCCGUGUGCUUCUGCACAUCAACAACGCACACGCAUGAACUGACAGGCACGUGAGGAGACUGAUGAUGCUCGUUCAUACUAAAAUGUGUGUGCAAUGAUGUUGAAUGGCAUCAGAUUUAGUAAAUCACCAGCAACUGAAAUGCAUUUACAUUAGCAGUAAACAGGCAUUGCAGAGAAAUGUGUAAUAUGACACUUUUUUAGUGAGUUGGUCAGCUGCAGAGACAUGGUAACUUGACAGGUAGAAAUUGCUUCAUCAAGGAAACGAUGUGUUAAGGAAUAACAGUAAAUAAUAACAAUAAAUCUUAUAUUUUCUUCCUUUUAUACGAUUGCUUUAUAUAUUUCUGAACAAAGACAGAGAAGAAAACACCCAGAGUGCAGGCUGAGGCUGGAACCAGCUAGAUCAGACCGGUAGCUGUUAGAGAGGGGGGAGGUGAAGGAGAAGAGAGCAGGAGGAGGAGGAGGAGGAGGAGGGGGAGAUGUGAUGAAGGGUGGAGUAGGAGAUGGAGUUUUUGGGGGGUUGGAGAAAAAGACGGGAUAAGGGGUGGGCUGGAGGAGGGGAGAGGUGGAGGUUAAGUGUUCUGGACACAAGGCUGGAUGGAUUGGCUGGCAGGCAGACAGCUAAGGCCUCAUCCCCUCAGUGAUGUAAUGCAUCAGGCUGAUGCUAUUUUUAGACACACUGGUUCGCUCAGCUUCCUCAGCGUCAGCACACAGGGCUAUCGAUCAGCAGCACUACUCAUUGGGAAGAUGAGAUCUGCAGCAAGUAGCCGCUCGACAGCAGCUGCACCAAAAUACAAUGUUUCCCUGCAUGCUGUGUGUUUCUGCAGCAUUUAUCAGACCUCUAUUUAGCAGCAGCCUCUUUUAUUCUCUAAGAUGUUUUGAUUCAUUUUUUGCCGGUUCUUCUGUUUUCUCUAUUUUCUUUUGAUCAAAAGUGACUCCAGGAGACAUUGUUUCAGUUUGCUGUCAGCAUUUUUUUGUGAUCUAACACUGCAGAGCUGAGGUUGGAAAGCAGACUUUGUGUUUUCCAGACCUGUCUAUCAUAUCAAAGUGAGGUUAAAUCUCUUUUUUUUAAAGAUAAGUCGAAUCACUCCAGGCAGCUGGAGAUCUGUUACAGAAACAACAACAACAACAACAGUGAACUGACGGUCUCCUGGGUGCUUCAGGGCCAUAAAACAAAGAGGUUCUCUCUGAUUGGAUGUUGAGGCUCGGAGUCUUAACCCUGUUGACAAGGCCACAAAACAUUCAGUGAAAGAACAGCAGCUUUGUUUCCUACUUUGUGUUCACUCUCCAAGACCUCUCCACGGCCCUUGUCUCCUCUCCAGUGGUCAAAUCAGCCCGUAUGUGUCUUACUUUCUCUCUUACAACUUCCUGGGUGCUGUGGAGAAAACUGCACAUAUCAAAUACACAUUGUUCGCACAGCUGGGUCAUGAAUAAGUAUCAUCUACACUGCAAAAUAGGGGGGUAUAAAAACACUAAAUCUGAGGGAAAAGGUACGAAAAACAAGUGAAAUUAUCUGUCCAUGCAGCAUGAUAAUUUCACUUGACAAGAUUCUUACAUUAAGAAGCCAAAAAUCCUGGUUGUAAGAUCAGAUUACUUAAAAUUUAACUUUUACAGCCCUAAAAUAAGUGAAAUGUACUAAAUAUAAUUAUAAUGUAAGGAGAAAAUGCCGGUUUUAAGAUGAGAUAACUUAAAAAGUAACUUUUUUACAGCCUCAAAAUAAGUGAUAUACGUAUACUAAAUAUAAGCAAUGACAUAUUUUGUUUUCCUACUUUUAGCAAAUUAAGCUGGAGAUUAGUUACACAAAAAACAGAAAUUUUGCAAAAAAAAUACCUUAUAUUAGUGAAGAAUGACUAAACUCUGUUUCAAUUCAAGCAGGCUUAUCUUGAAACAAGACUUACUUAAUCUUAAAACAAGAUUCCUUUUGAUGAGACUUUGGGAGAAAGAUGCUUUUCUAACUCAUUUUAACAAUUAUUUUCCUCAUUUUAAGAUUUUCCUGCCUGUUUGAGACAAAAAAGAUUAGGUUGUGCUUGAUAUAAGAUUAAAGUGUAAAGUUAAACACUUAAAUAAGAAAUUAGGUCGUAAAACAAGAGAAAUUAUCCAACACUUCUAAGUCUAAGUUUUUUUGUGUAGUGUGCUCUCUAAUGGCUUCUUUUUAGAGAAUAUAACCACACAUAAAAUCCACACACUGACAUGUCAUAUUUGGAGUCCUGCAGCACGUCCCGGUCUCAGCCUGAAUCAAGUCUGUAGCCUGAAGGUCUAGACUUGUCGACUCCUGUUCUCUUACACAAAAGAGAGGAGACCCUCAGACAAAGGACAGAGCAGCAGAUAGGGCUCUGAUAAACUCUAUAUCCACACCUGUUACCUGCCCGCCCUACUAACCCGUCCCUGUGGCAGGUCAUCCUCAGUGCUGACAUGCACCUGUGUCCUUUUCACAAUGGACUGCACAAUGGCCACAGUUGUAUCUAUGGCCUCUAUACCUACUUUGCUAAUCUCAGCAAAUAGGCUGCCACAAAAGCCAUAUCCAUGUCAGUCCCGGCUCUGUAACAUACUGUAGUUUCCUGCUGAGUUUAGGUGUCUUUCAAAACCACAAAGGAUGACCUGAGCAUGCAUCUCUAUGGCCUGACCCGGUCUUUAUACUGCGUUGUCUCUUUGACAAAGCCAAAGCAUGAACUGAUCCAGAAAAAAAGAAGUACUUUGUUUUAUCUGUCCAAAAGUGCUUCCUCAUCCUAGCAGGUUACCCAACUACUUACAUUGAAGUACUUCAUGGAGUUAGCAUGUCAGCUGAAGCUAAUGUGUUGACAACCGCCUGAGGGGUCAGUCUGCUCUGUCAUAAAUCUGAUCGACUUCACUUCCCCCACAUCCCACUUCCCCCUCCCGUCUGUGGCGCUCUAAUGUCAGCGCUGUGUGUUUCAUGACAUUUAACAGCCCUGGCUGAGACAUUUAGUUUGUUUGUCCUCAGUGUAAUUAGCUUUAGGGUGGAUGGAUGACUCUCUUAUCUCGGUCACACCCUGUUACUCACAGCAGUUUCAGAAUAGAGAUGGCCCCUUAUACUUAAGUUUCUGUUGAUGCCAGGCUCAAGCUACAGGUCGUUCCCAAUGACGUCUUCCUCUAGAGCCUGUUCAUAGCCUUAUUAGAUAGACUACUAGAGCUGCAGCAUAGAAAUUAAAGGGAUAUUCAGGUGUAAAAUUAAUUUAGGGUCAAACAUACACUAACACCGAGUUAGACAACCCCUUGAGAGAUGAAUGUUGCCGACCGCUUGCUUCUCUAGGCAUGUCAACUUAAGUAACGACCGCAGGAUAGCAAUACACAGCACUCUAAAGAGCCAUAAACAAACCUCAACCAAAACGCCACUCUAUAGCCACAAAUAAUGCUCAGAACAGCACCUAACUUCAUCAGCAGUACAAAUAGGGUCCCAGCCACAGCGCUAGCCACCAAACAUCUUUGUACCUUGCCUGAUUUCCUUAGCAGGGGGUGACGCAGCUCAAGGAAGAACAUUUAUGAUCAUUUCUUCAUGGAAAUACAAUCAGACCCAGACGCUAAAGCAGAAGAACUACCGCGUCUGUAGUGCAAAAUGGUUAAUAUGGUGAUUAUUACUUAAAGGAAAUGAUAAAGUAAUGAUCAUAAAUGUUCUUCCUUGAGCUGCGUCACCCCACUGUAGUCCGUAAUGGACUUCCCGAGGUCUCUCUACAGACAAGCGGCUGCUGGAAGAGAGAAGGUGAGUAGGGUGUGUCUAACUCUGUGUUAGGGUGUGUUUGACCCUAAAUUAAUUUUACGCUGGAAUAUCCCUUCAAGUUUCAAAGUUUUGCUGACUCUGAUACAUAAAGUAAUAAUGGAGUCUCUCUUGAUGGAUAAAUCUCCCUUUCAGUACACAUCGCUUAAGCUGGACACAGACACUGGCAUCAACCUUUAAUAUCAGGUGAAAGAAAAUUAGCAUUGUAGAAACACUCCUAGGUGACUUGAAUGUAUCCUCAUAAUAUUUUUAAGGAGUUACAUGCCCUGCCCUUAUUUACCCAUUUGACGUUAAGGCUCAUAUGUUAGCCAAACCUCAAUGAACAAUGAUAAUAGAGGAUUAUGUAAUGAGCACAAAAGCCAUAAAAGUCAGGGCCUGCCCCUGUUAGAGUUUGAUUGUCUAUGUGACCACUUUUAAGGCUGUCUGACACACACACACACUGACUCUAAUAAUAAAAAAAAAAUCUUUCAUAAUCACUCAUUGUUAUCUGCUGACUCAACCAGACUUGUUCACCAUACCAGUUAAUCUGGUUUACAUCCAUCACCUGACCUGGAAAACUCCCAUCCCCUCUUCAUGGAUGAUGAAAACACUCACACACUGUCACAUCUGUAGGACAGCAAACUCUUCAAGUCUAUUCACUCUACUGCCCUAACACACACUCUUCUAAUCCCCUUGCCCUCCUUUCCCUACAAGGCCAUUUCUCACUACCAGUUAUGUCAUCGUUUGAACACAGGUCAGUUGUUUCAGUGGUUCAAUAGUUCUUCCCUAAGGCUACUGAGGCUCAUCAUGAAAGACCAGAGUAAAUGUGUGUGGGUGCAUUUCUUAAAGCUGCUUCAUGUCGAGACUAGUGUUUCAAUAUUGGCGAUAUAUUUGUAGUUAUAGCCGAAUGUAAUUCAAAGCAACCCUCGUGUUCAUGAACAGAGUCGGACUGAGCCAAAGUGAUUGGCAGUGAUUUGUUUUUAUUUCCAAACACACCCGAUCAUAACUAAUUCCUCUCCAGAUCAUUUUGCCAUGACAACGCCAAAACAUUAAGUAUGCGGUGGAGUACAUGUCGCGCUCUACUGUACCCUACGCUUAACUUCUCAAAAUUAAAUCCCUCUGUGUUGAACAAACACGCGCGUGUGCGUUUAAUGUUUGCUCACGAUUGUGCAUCUGCCAUCCUGAAGUUUAUUUAGCAUUUCUCGCUCGGUGGUUUCCCUUUUGUUUUGCAUGUGAGAGGACGGUGGUGUGUCACACUGUGCAUUUGGCCAAAUGAGGUCAACUCUCUGCCAAAUAUACACAGGCCUGCUGAAUAAUCGUUGUUCCCAAAAACUACCUCAACAGAUUUCCCACUCGGGCCCGAUUCCAGGCAGCUCAGGCACGCGUUCACUUCCUGUCCUGUCCAUGCUCCUGCACACACCCUGCAGAGCCUGGAUAGGAGCGGACAGGGGACGGGAAACUGACUCAGGCCUCCUCUUUUUUUAAAUCUAGACUUUUUCUCUCUCUUUAAAUAGAAGGACGGAGACGGAAAAUCCAGAAAUGUCAAUUUAGAAUUUAAACUAAUAAAGAAUUUUUUAGGAAUAACCCCAACACAGUACAAGUCUAUCAAGCCUGAGCAACCCUGUGUCUGUUUACCUGGUUACUAUAGAGACUAUCUUUCUAGGCAAUUAGCUGAAAGCAUAAGGUAGCUCUGACAGAAAACAUCAGCUUGUUUUGAAAGCAUUAAGAGCUUUUUCUCAUCCUUACAAACCUGUGUUUGACUGUGUUACAUCAAAUCAAAUGAUUGUUCAGCUGUCAGAUGUAAUUGCCGUUAAGUUUGGGUUAAAAAGGCUCCGAGCUGUCCAAACAGGCUCAUUCUCAACUAAAGCCAUGUCUGCCACUGUAAGUCCCUAACCACUGGGUGUAAUGAAUAUAAUUUAACUAAUGUUUAACACCAAGUUAUCAUUCUCUUCACAUCCCACAGCUCCUACUCUCAUUCAUUCACCCCUCUUUCUGGUCCGUGGCACUGGCGACGGACUGCAGGUUAUGUAACAAUCGGCCAACUGCAUUGGCACCACACUCUGUCAGUGCCAGAGGUUAAUGAAGCUCAGCAAUGGACAGCAGAGGAGCAGUAUUUUCUGCUGCCCUCAUGGGUUUUCCACACUGUCCUGCCUCCAAUGUUACAAAUUGAAUUUUGGCCCUGAUGCUCUUCCACCUACAAACAUCUCCCUCCAUUUCUCUCUACCACACACACACACCUUAAACUACUUUCUGCAGUUAUUUUACACUGCCCAAUCUCCGCUAUUCUGAGAAGUAUUUCACCUACAUGUUUGUACAAAUCUUAGUGCAUGUAGGAAGAUACAAAAGCAACGUAUUUGUCAGUGUUGUGGAUGCUUUUAUUUUUUGCUUCCUCCUGUAUAGCUUGCUGCAUGACUGUGAUGUAACAGGUCUGCAGGAUAGGAUGUGUCUAUAUGUGGUGGGGUGGGCUAUCUGAAUCCCACUGUCUCCUUCAAAGCUAUGAAGAUCACUGCACCUGUUCUUUUUUUUUUUAGUGCAGUUGAGAAUAAUGGAAGAUGUGACCAGCUGCUGCAACCAAGGAUAAAGGGUGAAAGGCUCAUUAACACACAAUGUUUCUGUUUCUGUCUUUCUCUCCAGAUCUGCUUCCUGGUGUCGGCUUUCCGUGGACGAGUGUUUUCAGAGGACAGCUGUGCUGCUUUGGCGCUCUUCUCUCACUAUUUCCACCUCAGCCAGUUCUUUUGGAUGCUCAUACAGGUAACAGCGCUUACAUACACGCAGCACCAGACAUUUUUGACUUCAGAGCAAAGUGUUACCUAAAACAACUCUUAUAUUAUGGGUAGUUAGGGCUGGGCGAUAAAACGAUAACAAUAUAUAUCGAAAAUUAAUCCCUCGAUAUCGUUUUAAAACAUGGUCAAUAUGCUUUUCAAUAACCAGCAUUCUGCUAUAUUUUGGUAGACUAUACGAAUAGCCAAUGAAAGGGGAGUUGCUCAGGGUCUGCUUCAGGCUGAGCCAAGCAUGUGCUGAAUUAGAACCAAGUAGCAAACAACAGUGUGGUGGCAGACUGCAGCUACAGGCAACCAUAGCACUUAAACGCGUGAAGCCGACAGCACUGUCGCAGAGAAAAAAAGAAAAUUAGUUCUAACCCCUGUAGAAAUGCAGAUGAAGGCUCAACAGAUGAUGACAUUGUCGACAACACUGGCACGAAAACGUUAGUGGUGUGGAGGUAUUUUGUUUUUUUUUUAGGUCAAGCAGAGUAAUGUGCUCGGCUAAUAAUUAUGUCGAGUUCAUGUUCUUGCAAAGUCGGGGAAUACCUCAAAUCUUUUUCACCACCUGAAGCAGUGCCACGCAGCAGAGCACGCACAAUGCAAAGGUUACAAACCCUGAGCGGAGCAAGGAGCCCAUGGCACCUGUCCAGCCGAAACAGCCGACCAUUCAGGCGGCUUUCUCUAGCGCAACACCUUACGAAAAAAUGUUGAAAAGACACAAAGACCUCACAGAUGCAGUAGCUUGUUGUAUUGCUACCAAUAAAAUUAUUUUUUAUAUCGUGACCGACUGAUAUGAAAAAAAUAUUUCAUGAUAACUUAUUUCCCAUAUCGCCCAGCUCUAUGGGUAGUAUUUCCAAACCUGCACAGCCACUAACUGAAGACAUGCCCUCAUGAAAUCACUGUUUUCUUCAUCAUGAUGCGUUUCUUUUCACUUAUCUCUACAAUUGAUGCUGUUUUACUUGGAUAAAGUUUAAUGUUGAGGAAUACUUUGCGAGUCCUCAUUGCUGUGUAAUUAGAUCAGUCUAGCUCCAAAGCCUUAACAAUACAGUGUAUUUACUUUACCUCCAAUCACACAAUGGGCCCCAGUGUUUAACUCCAGAGGGUCAAAGACAUCAUCCUGUUGGUGAAAGAAACACAGAUCGGAAUAAAGCUGAUGAACUAUUGUUGCAUAUCUGAUUAAUUGUAAGAUAUUUACUUUCACUUAAUCUGAAUAUUAUUUGUCACAUUAUAUUUGAUGUUUUCUUUGUGAAAGGCUAAGUAAAGUCACCACUCUGUCUCCUGCUCUUUUUCCUCAUGGCUUGGCAUGAACAGGGGACCCAUUCUUUCUUUUGUCCCUUAUGUGGACCAUGUGUUUUUCCUCUUUUUUUUUUUUUUUUACGUAAUAACAAGUGAAACUUCAUCCCUCCACCACGUGAGCUUAGGCAGGUUUUGAUCAGAGGGUAAGAUGAAGGUACCAUAAUGCUGCAUGACAUGAUCUUUGACCCUGGACUGGUACCACUUAGUAACACCAAACACAGGCAGCUCAUGGCCUCCUCCUGCUUACCCAUCUGACCUCUAUUUUCUUUUUUUUUUCCUCCUUUUUUUGUGACAUAACUGCAAAGGAAAAUGCCUGGCUAGAGCUCAGCAUGCACUCAUGGUGAAGAUAUAGAGAUAAGAUUUAUACUUGUUGAGCUGGUCAGGCUUCAUGAAUACACCGCUGUUUUAACUCCAAAUUACUGCACUUGUUUUAUAUGUUACAAUAUUGACAAGUACAAAAAUAAAACCAAUCUUUGCCUCAUACAAAGCCCAAAAAGCCAUAAGCUGCUGGUAUAAUCCAACUCUAAUCCUUCAGAGAGACUAAAUAACUUGUGACCUGCUGUUUCAGCACAUGGAUGUGGUGACACGGGCAAAAGUGCAUUUCCAGCCUAUUAAAACUAAGUGACCAUGCAGAGUUAAUAAACCCUUUACUUAUGUUGAUUCUCUUCCUCUAAAUGCUGUCCUUUAAAUAAUUCUUUAUCCCCUGCAUCAUUUUAUUCUUUCUUUUAUAUACUUUAUGCAGUUUAUAUUCUCUUUAAAAGUGAUUAUGAAUCCAUUUUGAUUGAAAAAGUAGUGGCUGACCGCUGUGUGAAAGGCAAAGCCUGAUCAGUAUUUCAAAUCUGCAGGUGCAAAAUACCGACCAUUCCCCUCAUAACUCAAAAUGUCUUUAAAGUGACCUGAGUCCAACCAAGAGAUAACUAGAUAGGACAUGUGUAAAAGUUGUUCAGGCCGGGUUAAAAAGAGGUCCGCCGUAAAAUGUGAUACAUGGCCCAGUAUCCAGAGAAGACCUGUCCUUAAAUGACUCUCUCACUGUCCUGUCUUACUCCUUUCAUUUUCUGUCUCUUGCUUAAGCGACUGUAUCUUUGUUUUUAUCACUUUACAGUCUUAUACAGCUUUUGAUCUUUCAGAGGAUAAUUGUUGCAAUGUCUGCUGGAUUAUUAUUAUAAUUAAGUCUUAUAAGAUACACCCUUUAGAUAAGCUAAUAGAGAGUUUGCACACUAGAUUAAUAUUGAUUUUAGGCUGAACGUAUGCAAGGUUUUAUACCACAGGGUUUGUCUGACGACCUAUAUGAGAUAUCUUAAGGGAUACUGGUGCAAGCAAAAGUCUUUUAAGUGGCUUACAAAGUGUGUUUGGAGUAUUUGGAUGGAGAGAAUUUUCCAACGUAAAAAGCAGUUCAGACACAUGUGGUAUUUGUUAGCGUAGCUGUGGAGCUGAUAUGAUCUUGCGGUGGAACAAAAUCUUUAAAUCCCCUCAGAGAGAGUUCAGUGAAGAGUCAAAAUAAAGCAGAGAAGAGAAAUUUACUUCACACUUUGUUUUUUAUUCCAUCACUCACUCACUGAGAUUUUUCUUUCUUUGCCCUUGUUCUUUAACACCCCUGCCAAAAAAAUCUUAUCUCAUUUCUUUAUUGUCAGCAACAAUAGUAGCUGACAGUGAGUAUAAAGCCGCCGCUUUGGCUUCCAUUGAUGUGAUGCGCCGCACUGAAGCCCCUCUGUUCUCACUGAUGUCUCCUUAUCGACCGUAGUAAUGUCUCACCGCUCAUUUUUCCCCCUAUCAGGUAGCUGCUUUCAGCUAAGUGGCUGAUUUGAGUGGGCGCCAGAAACCCAUCUCAGACCAUGAAGACAACUUCAAAUCAAUAGCUGCAGUGUGUGUGUGGGGGGGGUGGGUGUGUCUGUUUGUGAGUAUGUGCUCAUCCAAUAUGCGCUGAAAUGAUGCCAGAAACAGACAAUAAUUUAAUCACUAUCCAGACACUUUUUUUUCCCCCAUCUCUGCAGUGGAUCUCAGAAGCAACAUCAGCUCUCUGAGGAUCAGUAUAAUGUUACAUAACAAUAGUGUGCAGCCACUCCAGUAAGGAGAAACCUGCCAAAUCAACAGGACUGGUCUGCAGUGUACUCUUACCUGUUUUUUUCCGUGCUCACCGACCUUAAAAACAACCUUCCUGAGUGUCAGUUUCACAGAAUUGGAAAAAUACAGAAGCUGUAAAGGUUUUUCUUUUAGAUAUUGAAAAUCCUAACUUUUGGCCAUAGUCCCAUUUACAGCUCAUACAGCUUCUUGUUGCUUUUAAAGCAGCCCAUAAUUUGGGAACAGAGGAACUGAUUGUUCAAAUUUUUAUUUAGGUGUAACAUUGUUAAAAAAAAAAACCAUCUCUCAUUCUCUUUGUAAGAGCUCGAUGCACCAGAGGGUAAGCACUCUGCUAAUCAGAAUGCAAACUGAAGGGAAUACUCUUAAUGUGAGCUACAACACCACCUCCACAUCUGACCACACCUUACUCACUUUAAGACCAACACACCCAUGGUUUAGACGGUUGUAAGAACAUUUCACUAUUUGCACAGCGUUGGUGUUGUAUUGGAAAGUCAACGCAAGCAUCACACCACAGCACAGACCGUAAUGUCCACAGGUAUCAUUGUGAUGUUUGUGCAGUACGAUAUAAAAUACAAAGUCCAACAGUCCAUAGCAUUUGUGCUGUAUCAACUGUUCCUAUAGCUUUUUUAGAAACCAUAUAGUUUAUGAAACAAGUGACCCUGGAUAUCUGUUUAAUUUGGCCUUUGUUGUUGGAAAAUGAAAAGAGUGAACUGAUUUUCAUCUUGGGUUUUUAUUUGAUAGAAUUAAGCUUCAAUAAAAAGAUGAGUGGAUCAAAAAAACAAGGUUAAUGUCUUUAAAAAGACACAUUUCCAUUAGGUUUAUUUUCUUAUUUAAUGCUCAGAGUUUUUCAAAAACUGUAUUUGAUUCGGCUGGAAAUUGCCAACUUAUUUGAAAGCGUAUUGAUCUGUAUUUGGCCUGUUAUUUGACCUUGUUGCAAUACAUAGUUUAUUUCUCAGGCUGCAGAAUCGACAGUCAGCGAGCAGUGAGACCUCUGCAGAGGCAAAAGCUCAGCACAAAGAUACUCAUAAUCCAUUUUACUGUAUGUCAGUGGCUUCUGCAUGUUCACAGCCAAGAUAAGAAGGAAUCUGAACGAUAACGCGCUAUUGUCUCAGCGCAGUGAGACGCCAAUUUGUUGCACAACAGACACCAUUAUGUGUGUGUUUGUUGCAUCCGCGAUUUUACAAUGUGGUUAUGGGGGAGACAGAGGUUAUCCGAGGGAGAGGUCAGCAUCCCUUGACCUCCUGUCAGUUGCGUCAUAAGGACCUGCUUAUGUGAUCACAGACAGAUGGACAGUCACAGACACAGUGGACAGAGAAGGAAGAGCGCUUGCUUUCCUGCUAAUGCCAAAAAAUUUUUUUAUUUCUUUCCAGAAUUUAAGGCAUUUCAUAUUAAAACUUAUCAUAAACCAGGCCUGCAUGCUAGAUAGGAACAUUCCAGAGCUACUUCACUGUGGCUUUGAGUUCAACUUUGAACUUUCAAAUGACUUUAAAAUGAACUUUUGCCCUUUGCUCCUCUGCCGUUUGAGACCGUCAGACAGAUAUCGUCUGUUAAAGUCCAUACAGAGGGAUAAGACAUUGUGUCUGUGUCGCAACCAACAGGUGUUCAGAAAAGCCGCUUAUGUAACAAUGAAGAGCUCCGUUUAUCAGACGGAUGAGACUAUCAAAGCCUGCUAGAUUACAAAACAAAUAUUGUGGAUGUUAAAAAUGGAGUAGUCCAAAUGCCGUCUUAAGGUAAAGGAUAAAAAAAAUCCUGCAAACUCCAAACAGAUUGCUUUUCCUCACAACUUUAUUGAGCUGCUUUAAGUUUAGGAGAAAUAUUAUGGUCCCUGAAGGUGUUGCGUGUGUUGGCACAUAUCUUGUUUUCCGUUCACAAGUUGUUUUCUCAAACUGUGUCCCCAGGCGGUGAACUUCUGGCAAGUUUUGGUGAUGAAUGAUGAGCACACAGAGCGCCGGUACCUGCUCUACUUCCUGCUGGGAUGGGGACUUCCUGCUCUGGUCAUCAUCAUCCUUGUCAUCGUCUUACUUGGCGGCUUUGGAUGGACUAUACACGCCGUGUACGGGCUGGUGCAAGGAGAUGUGUAAGUGAAGAGUGUAAAACACCAAACAAGCUCAAACACUAACAGUCUUCGGAGCCGACGGCAGGGUGGAGGAGGAAGAACAAACACCAACUCUAACGUAAUCUGUUUUCUUAAGAGAACUCAUGAGCGAGUGUUUUAACGCCGGUGUGAGUCAGUGCAGGUGACUUCAGUUUCUCUUUAAAGGCUCGGGUAAAUUCCAGUUCAAAUCGGAGCUGAGCAAAACAGAAAUCACCUGAGGCGCUGACAUCAUGUGAGGAGGCAGCUCGUCCAAUCAAAUGAAUGAACAAAUUCAUCUCCCCACCCAGAAACCAAAGGGGCGUAGGACGAGGAAAGGAAACGCCUUAAAUAACCUGUAUAAUGCAGGGCUUUGUAGGUGUAUGUGUGCGUGUGCUUGUGUGGAUUAAAAAUAACUGGUGACCCUCUAUGUAUAGAACACCUGAAACCGAAAACAGAAAAUGAGGUCACCUUGUAAAACCAGACACAAUGAUCAGUAGUCAGGUGUGAAAUGACUCUGUAUGUUUUUGUCUGUGUGUGAGUGAGCAGACUUUGAUAGUAACUUGUCUAAGUGCAGUGAUCGUCCUGCAUGACCAGCAGAAUAAAACCCUCAUGAAGUUAAAACCCUUAAAUAUAUUUAAAAUCAGACUUGGGUGUUACUGUUGUGAUUAACAUCAAGAGUGUAUUUAUAUGUGUGUGUGUUUCCUGUGGGUGGGCAAGUGUAUUACAGGGAGCAUAUACAUGAGAGAUUCAAGGAUACAGAGGAGGACUCAGUUUCUGGGGAAGUGCACCUUCCUGUCUGAAGGAACGAGGCAGCCUUUAAAUUUUUCCUCCUUUGCUCUCUUCAUGAGUUAAAAUAAUCCUCACAUCUCUAUCUCAGGUGUCAGACUCACGCCUUGCUUCAGGGAGUGUUAUUCUCACAGCUGAUGUAGUUUAUUUCUACAUACACUCUAAAAACCCCUGGGUUAAAAACAACCCAAGUUGGGUUGAAAAGGAACUGACUACUUUUUGGGUUAUUUUGACCCAGAAUGUCAAGUCAACCCAAUCUUUGAGUUAAUUUGACUCAUGAUCUUGGGUUAAAUUGAUAUAUGCAUUUUGGGAGCUUUGCUUUUACAACCUGUACCUUGUUUUCCCAUGUACUUUUGUCUAACUGAUUGUAGGCCAUAGUGCUAAGGGUCUCGCCCAAGGACCCACACUGGUGGAUGUAGUUUGCGCGUUACAGAUGUGUCUCAUGCAGGAUUUGAAACCCCAACCCCUCGGAAUGCUGUACCUGCUGAGCUACCCCAGCCACCCAAUAUAUAUUGGGGUAGCUACACCAAAUAUAUAUAUAUAUCAUAUUUUAUAUAAAAUCAAGGUCAAAAUUCACAAUUCACAUUAGGCCUGGAAACCACGUAGAGUCAGUCGAACCCAACGUUCUGACCCAAUUAUCGGGUUACUCUCUGAAAAAUAACCCAUAAUUAUUAACCCAUUCAAAAAACCCUCAAAUUGUGUUACAGUAGAAUCCAUAUGACCCAAGAAAUGGGUAUGGAUCUGAAAGAUAACCCAGAAAUUUAACUCAUAACCCAAGAGUUUUUAGAGUGUAAAUCGAAUCAUCCAUGCUCAAAUAAAAAGCUGCAGUAUUUUGAUUUGCUUUAAAUUUUUUUCAAAUUAAAAAAUCUUGAUAGUAAAGAAGGAUCAUGAAAUGAGAGCAGCAAAAGGGAGGAUUCAUGCACAAGUGAUCUGAAUAAUCUGCCCUCUCGGAAUUAUUUAACUUUAAAAAAAAAAACAUUUUACUAAUUUUUUCAUGUCUUGUGUCGCCUUGACAGAGACUGGAUUGAGUCUUGGUUAAUUAGGCUGUUUUAUAGCCAAGCCAUAAAGCAGCUGAAGUAAUUUCCUGUAGAGGAGGACAUUUACACCUGAUGUCUGUUUAUUCCCUAAAGCUUUAUUGCUGUGGAAAUGUGGAUUCCAUCUUCAGUGUCCUUGCAUCAUAUUAUGUAAAGUCAAAAGCCGCACAGAGCCGCGCGUAUAUCAGGGACUUGAUUACUAUUUACUUUCCGAGUGAGCUGUUGCCUCGCCCUGCAAUAUCUAAAAGGUCCCAGAAGCACUUUAUUACCUCCACCCACCCAUUGAAAGGUUUGCUCUCUAUAUUUAUUCCCAAGUUAUACGCUUUGGUACAAUGGGCUCAGAGGAAACGUUCUUUGUUCACUUUCUUGUGAGAAAUUUGGUACAGUGGGAUCUCAUCCUCUCACAAGGCUUCCGAGGAACAAAUAUCCAUAUUCCAGCGUGUUUACACUCUCAUGGUCAGGCUGUUUUGAUGGACCACAGUGAUGCAAUGCUUUAUUUAGCAUACCUCACAUCAUGUUAUGGCUAGCACUGCCUCAUUUAUUUCUCUGGGAUUACUGAGGCCAGUGUGGAGGCCCUAUCAGUGCUGUGUGCUCCCACCAAGCCAGAGGCCAAGCUUGUUUUGUGAAAAGGGCAAAAUCACAUGAGUCCUCCGAUUGUUGUUUGGCAUUUUUUGUUUAUGUAAAGAUGAUGACUUUCCCAGACCGAAACGAUCUGCUCGACUUUCUUCAAAUAAAGAGUACACAUUUGUGAUUGGACUGAAGCUGGGAAAGGACUCCUGAGAUUUGGAUUGAAAACAAGAGAGAAAAAUAACUGAGUCAUACUUUGUCCUCAAGGAAGAAAGAGAAGCAACCUGGUUGAAAACAACUCAAAACGAAUAGCCAUGAAGACAGAAUCAUAAGAACUGACCUAAAAGUCGCCCUUUUAUUUGGUGACUUUUGAUGGUUUGUUUCAAAGCCUGAAAUUUAGACUCUCCAUAAAGAUAUUUGGAGGUUUUUCCUUCUGCCUGUAUCUGAGGAUGAAUCAAGUUUAUAGUGUUGUUUGUUUUGUGAAGUUUUCCCUCUGACUUUAACUGGGUUAAUACUUUAGAUCAUUGUUGAACUUGUAUGUCAUCAUGCUGUAGCUGCACGGUGACCCACUUGUUAAGAAAGUGGAAGAACAAACUUGUUUGUGUUCGUGUAAGUUAAGAAACAGACGUUUUAGCGUAGGUAAACAUGGAAUAUUAUAAUCAUCUAUUCUUUUUUCCUUUGAGUCUCUGUUUGAGCAAGAUCAACCUUUUACUCUACAGUUGUUAAACAUGUCUAGCCUGUCUCUUCUCUUACAGUCUGUUUUAUUUUUACAUGCACAUACUGAUCACUCAUGUUUCUGUCCGUCCAUCUCUCCAGGUGCUUCAUCCCAAACAUCUACGCAGCUCUGUGUACGGCGGUGCUUGUGCCUCUCAUCUGUCUGGUGGCAGUGCUGGUCGUGUUCAUCCAUGCCUACCAAGUUACUCAGCAGUGGAAGGCCUAUGAUGACAUUUACCGCGGGCGAACAAACAGUGCAGGUAUCCCACAAUUCUCAGCGUAUAUGAAUGUGUACAGCAGCACUGACAUAGAAAAACUGAGUUUUCGGUAAGAUGAUUGAAAAGUCGCCUGCUGUCAGCGCACCCUCAGAAACUUGAAAGUUUCAGCCUCUAUUUUGCACGGCUUAUCGGCCCUGUCUCCGCCUGCUGUGUGUUUACCUUGGGGAUUCAUAAUACAAGAAGUAUUUGCAAUAACUUCUUUCUCUACAGUAAAAUGCUCACAGCCACAAUUUUAUUCAGCCACAUAACGUUUAUAUCAUUUAAGUAAUGAUAUGAUUUGCAAAGCUAAGUACAGUUUAGAGGAACAUUACUUGAAGAGAUGUGCUUUUACUCUUAAAUCCUAAUGCUGCAUUAAGUUAUUUUCAACUGCAUAUAAAGGUUAUUUAAAGCACUUAUUGUAGUGUGGUUACAGCAACAAGAAAUAAACCUCACAUUUCACUUACAGUCUGUAUAAACCAGUGGCAGUCAUCAAGAGCAAUCGUAGCCUCGCCCUCACAGGAGGAUCCUGGCCCUGUUGUCCCUCAAUAUCACAGCUGUAAUCGGUGACUGUCUGUGAGAAUCAGCAGGCUUUAGCUUGUUUGGCUCAGUCAAGGCCCUCCAGUGACAAAGCAAAGCCUGAAUUAGUGCCAGUACUUUGGCUGGCAAACAGUUCGCCCUCCUCACUGUGUGUGGCCUCUGAAGCAGCGUAGGAAAACAAAACAGUUUGGUUUGCAUUCUUAUCAACAGAGCGGUAUUUUUUCACUCACAAACCAGGCGGAUACCUGUGUCAAUCUGUAGGAUCUUUUGACCUGACCUGUGCCUUUCCAGUGGGGGAGGUUAGACUUUAGGAAUAUGUUGCUGCUGUGUAGAAUUUAAAGUACAGUCUCCAAGAGGAAAAGUCUGAGCAGUAAAACAGCCUCUGGGGUAAGCACAGGACACACGAUUCAAAGCAGUAGUCUGCAGCUUCGGCUGGGUGUGUGUGUGUGGCACACAGAGGACAGACCGGCCCUUGAGUUGUGAAUAUGUGUGUCCACUUUUGUUGGGAACAGCUGCACUUUGAAAAGGCUGCUCGUGAAUGGGAGUUUAGAUUUAUUUUAAAAAACACACAAGCAAAAAGAAAGUGACCUGGUUUGUUUUAUCUUAGCUCGAAACGGCACAAUGUUACUUCAUAGUGUAUUCAAAUGCUUAUUAAAACAUAGACACAACAUGCACACAAACACUAAUGACUGUUUCAUCAUAGAUUGCUUAACCUUUUUCUCCAUUUUAAGGUCUUGAUUCAACAUUGUAUUCUCUCUCUCUUUAUGGUAUCAAACUUUUACUUUUGAACAACUUGAUAAUAACUUUUCUGGACGUGUGUUGAUUAAGUGUUGUCCUCUGAUGAACUUCUUUAUCAAACAUCAUCAAUCUACACGCGUGAGUUCAGCCUCAAUGUUCUCAUCUCGCUUUAACUAGUUCAGAACCCGCGUGACAGCUGAUCACAAAAUGAACAUCUAGGUGGCCGGAGUUUUUAAAUGCCUGGCUGCAGCAACCGACUGAUAUGAUAAGCUGAGUGCCAGUGUGCGUGUGUGUGUGUGUGUGUGUGCGUGUGUGUGUGUGUGUUUGUUUCUGAAGCCCACAUGUUAAACUCACAGGGCUGUGAAAGAUAUAUCAGGACUUUUGACGUCAUUGAAACAAAGCAAGUGUGCCAGUGCGUGUGUGUGUUUGUGUGUGUAUGCAGGAUCACCUUGACCUGCAGGCAGACACCCAUCCAUCUGCAGAAUCUGGUAACCGGCCAUUUCACCCAGUGUAAGCCUCACUGGAACAUAGAGACACUGUUUUGAAUGCAGGGUGAUCUUUAACGUCAGUAGUUAGUAAACUGUUAUUGUCAACAGAGCCGAGUUAAAUGAAUAACUAUUAUUGCUCUACUUUUUAUGUUUCCAUGUGUGCCCUGACUGCACUUUGGUCGAUGAAUCAUCAGGAAUUUGGAUAAAUAAACGUGUUUGCGAGGUUCGAUUUCAAAAUACUGUUUUUAUACACUUUAUUUGGACGUCAGAUGUGCUCCUCUUGUGUGUGGUCUUACUAGUUUAACUCAAGUUUUUACAUCAUGCAAGUGAAACGCUCUCUGAUUACAUUUUCACCUGAUUAAAUUUGAGCUGUAAAUUUGUCGUUUCUUCUGAAAAUGUCUCCUCUCCUCUCCUGCCUUUGUGUUCACACCUAUUUCACACAGAGAACUGGAACGUGAUGUGUUUGCGGUGGCCCACACACACACACACACACACACGCGCUCAGUACAGCUUGUUAUCACAGCUGCUGACCCCUCUGUGACAGUAAUGUCAGCACCGUCUUGAGUUUCUGCCUGGUUGUUUUCACUGAAUCAUAUUCUCCUCUCUGUUUGUCCUCUCGCAACAGGAACCGACUCUGCUCAAAUGUAAACUUGCAGCCUGUCCUGCUGUGGAGGACAGUAGCUCCUUUUUUAUGAAAAGAAAAUCACAAGAAAAAAGAAGUCUGAGCAGAAAUGACCCUUUUGGCACUUUAACUGUUUGUUCAUUUUAGCUUCACCAGUCAGGAGACACCCAUGACAGUAUCCAACAUCUCUCCCUUACAUGUCUGCUGAAAAGCUUUCAUAUGCACAAACACAGAAAGCUCGUGUCUGCUCUGCUUCUUUCUGCUGAGUCUCAGUGGUAUCAAGAUAGAGGGUCAGUCAGCGUUUUGCAGUUCGUCUCAGUUUGGCUGUAGGAACCUGCUCUUACUGCGGGAGCGCGGCUCUGUCCACAGACUGGAAUGUGCUUACAUGGUUGGAAAACUCAAACCAGGGGAGGGAGGCUGGGGAGACAGAUGUGCAAGUCAGAAAAAAAGAGAGAGAAAGGAUGAUAGAGAAAGUAUAUUUGGUUGGAGAAGCAGUAGAGAGCAUCAGACAAGUGAGAUUAAAGAUAAAAAGAGAGACCACAGGGUGAAGCAGAUUUUCUGGAAACCUGUAAGCGUGAAAUAUGAAAUAAUACUAAAAUAAUAGAAAGCAUUCAUGGGAGUAUAGCGAGAAUUAACAAUGGCUUACAGGAUAUAUGCGUUCGAAGGAAAAGGGAGAGGUCUGAUCAGGAAGAAACGGAGAAGAAGGAAGCAUUGAAAGUGUUACACUCAGAGGAAAAGCUGCGGGGAGAUAAGGAGCAGAACUUGGAGCAGACCGAAACUGACAGGGUGGUGGAAGUAGCACCUAAGUGAGGGCUUUUUGUGCAAACUUGGGCCCCGUGCCCUGUGUUUCCAUCCUACUUGCGAAGUGAACUGUACAGUCUGUCCUACAUAGCUCCGACCAACAGACUGCAGCUAGAGUGACUCAGUGGUGUGAUUUUGUAUCAGUUCAUUUUUCAUUUAAAGGUCAGCAUUUCACUCAGACUGGGGUUAAAAGUAGGUUUUUAAAAAUGUCAAUCGGUGUUCAUUUCUUAGAGAGCUCGUCCCAAAUGUGGUCUUACACAUGAAUACUGAUUUUUUUUGAGGGGGAAUCUUCUCAGAAUACCAAUUUGAUGAACUAAAUCCUUAUCUGUGAGUAAUAUGGCAAAUACAAAAUACUCAGAAGCCUUCUCCAACAACAGUUAAUCUCCAGUGUGAACCUGCAUUGACUUAGACGAGAUGCCAUCCUAUGUUUCCCAGAUAUUGCUGAGAGUAUUUUGAGUUAAAUCACACUCUUCAAGAAACAUAAAUGCUGAAAUGGAGACAUCUAUAACUGGCCAAAAACAACCAUUAGUAUUGUUAGACUGAUGUAUUCUUAUGGUCAGGGUGCAUUCAGCCACAUGGAUCAUGUUGUUAAAGGUACAUCAUGUCCUCAGCAGCGCGAUCAUCACUAAUGGAAACAAAGCACCAGUAACAUUUCAGGCUAAACCAAUGAGGCUGUCGUCUUGAACGGCUUCGUUUCUACAGGACAAACCAGAAACAACCAAACCUUUUUUGUGUGUGUGUGUGUGUGUGUGUGUGUGUGUGUGUGUGUGUGUGUGUGUGUGUGUGUGUUUGGUGGGUGGUUGUCAGCAAUACCAACCAAUAGGAAGCAGGAGAGGAGGAGGAAGGGUGUUAUGUGCAAUAGGAUUUACAGUGAUAGAAGGUUUUGAUGGAAAAUCUUGACAAAUGGAGGAUCAAACAGGAGCUAAGCAGUCCCAUUUCUGCUUGAUGUACCUUUAACAGUCAUUUCAUGUCCGGGUUAAACAUCUUUCACUAUCUGAGGUACUGAAAGUAUUUAUCACCAGGAUCACCAGGCUGAGAAGGGCAUUUGGGAUCGGUUUUCAUCAGCUCUGUUAUGAAGCCAGAAUACACCCGUUUCUCUUAUUAUCUGAAACUAAGAUUAUGAUCUAUGCCUCAAUCUCCUCGAGGCUUGAUUACUGUAAUUUCCUUUAUUAGUCCCCCAGUCCUCUUUCAAUAGCUUGCAAUUUGUUUGGUAUUAUUUAAUCCUAGCCAGAACAAGAAAAUUCAAUCACAUCGCCCCUGAUUUCUCUCUGUCAACUCUCCACACGCACUAAAGUUGAUUUUAAAGUACUCUUUUUGACUUAAAAUACAUUAUAUAGACAUGCACCAAAUCACUGUGACAUCCUGUUUGUUUGUUUUUUCAAAGUAUGUUGAAACAUGUCCAGAGAGCACGUCGUUUUCUUGACUUUAACCUGCUUAAAGACAUUGAGGUCAUGAAUUGUCAGCUCACUAUUGAUUUGACCCAGACUGCAGCCGGGAUCAAUGCUAAUCCGAAGGAGAGGCGCUCUUACAUGUAUGUGAUCGCUCAGUGUGGCCUAUUGUUUUUUUUUCUUUCUUUCACUAAGGAAUAUCAUAGUUUAUACUAAACAGAAUAUGGAUGUAAUGAAUUAGUUUUUUAAAUAUCCAGCUAACUGUGUUCAAAAGUAACAUACGUGUUUACACCAAUUUUCAAACUAAUCUCUUUUUUCACCUGCUCGGAUCAUCAUUGAAAAAGAAAAUAAACAGUGAAGUUGGUCAAAUUAAGCCCUCUACUUCCUAUUUUCUAUAAAAACCACUUAUUCUCUGAUGUUAAUACAAACCACAUGCUUGAAAAAAAAUAUUUUUUAGCAUGUUUAAUUUGCUGCUUCCCUAAUGCGCCACCUCAUUAUUUUCCACUGAAGUAAACAAGCUGGAUAGUAAUGAGCUAUCUUAUCUGCAGGCCUCUCUCUCUCUCUCUCUCUCUCUCUCUCUCUCUCUCUCUUGUUCUCUUCAUUGUGUUGACUCACUGUUGUCAGGCGCUCAGUCUGCUUGUGAUUGGCAGUGCUCGUUCUGUUUUUUUUCUUUAAUUAGCUCUUCUAAAAAAGGAGAGUGAAUGAUUUUUCAAGCUGAGAGGAGCGUCGUGAACUGAUGAAUGAGGUGCAAGGAUAAUUCAGCGACCUCAGUUCAGACACCAGGACAUUCUCUUCAUCAUGAGCCAUAUAUAGAACAAGAAACCAACAUGAACGGAAAUGUAAAUGUAUGAAUUUUCCCUCUUUUAUAGUUUAAGCUGCAGUUUUCUCAUCUGCUUGUCUGCUGAACUCCACGCUUGAAUAUGGUGUGUCAGCUCAGAGAGAAAGUGGGUUACCAAUGACACCAGUUGCUGCAGGGGAGCUCAGUUUAGAAACACGUGUGGGAAGACCUUUGGUGGUCUUUCCUUUUCUUAGAAACCCUGUACAGUGUGGUGUGUGUGUGUGUGUGUGUUUGUGUGUGUGUGUGUGUCCUCUGUAUACAGCAUGAAGGGGGAGUCAGCAUUUUAGCAACAGGUCACAUGUCACAGAGUUAUUUUCUGUUUUGGCAAGUGCAGGAUUGUAAUCGAGAGUAUGUUUUAUGGUUUUAUUUAAUGAAGGGCGUACUAGUUACAGAGUGCAAACUGAAUCCUUAACAACAAACACUGGCACACCCAUAGAUAUGAGUACAUACAGUAGAUACGACACGCCCCUUUGAGCUGUAUGCCUACGAGAGGCUAAGCUAGCGGGGGCAUUGUUCCUGUUAAAGGCAUGGACAUUGAAAAUACAUCAUUACCUGCUUGUUUCUCAACUGAUUUUUAGAGGAAAUUUGAUACAUUCUAUUUUUUUUUAAUAGAUUUCAGUGAUAUAUGUCCAUGUUUAUGAUUUGAUCUGUGCACAGUAUGUGAGUGCAGCUCUAAGUGCAUGCUUGCAAGCAUGUAUAAAUAGUGUUUGUGUGGGUGUUUGUAAGUGUACAAUCAAACAAGCCAUUAUGAUAAGGUUUGACUCAUCAUGGGUAUUAUAAUAACAGUCAGGCUAAAAUCGUCUGUUUCUGUGAUGUAUUUGUUCUCGUUUUAAUUCGCUCUGUUGUUUUCUUGAACUCCAGAGGUGCCCUUGGUCCUCUACCUGUUCCUGCUCAUCUCCCUGGUCUGGCUGUGGGCAGGACUACACAUGGGCUACAGGUACCUGUGGAUGCUCAUCCUCUACGUCAUCUUUAAUUGCUUCUUGGUGAGUACAUUUACCUUAACAUUUAUUGAUCUGUCAACGCUAUCAUCUUGCACCUUCUACUGCAAACCCUUCUGUCUCACGUUUGUGUUAGGCAACUUCAAGCUUCAGCUAUUUUGGAUUUUGACUUUUGAAGCUAAUUUUUUUAAUGUUUAGAUUGAGUAGACACACACAAGUUUCAUUUCACAGCUUCUAAAAUCAUCCCCACAUUAUAAAACUGUUUCCCCGUCAGUUUUGAGGUUUUAUCUUUAAGGUUUCUGUUUUAGUCCUCCCUGUGAGAGUUUCUUACUCACUUUUGCAGAGAGUUGGAUGUAUAGGAAGCUGCCACAUAUAAGUUAUUGAAAAGUCAGGCCACUGAACUGGUACCAAACAGUGUGUGCCUGUUGAUGUUUUGUUUACUUAGAGAAAGACUGUAUGAUGAAGGCAACUUCAUCCCACUUUGAAGCCCCGCUUUGAUGCGUUGGCAGGGCAGAGCAAGAGGAGCUUCAGGGGCGGAGAGAGAGGAGGGGGUUAUCAAUGUGUCACAUCUCACUGAAGUCUCCCCCCUGCCAUCUCCCCCUCUCUCUCUCUCUCUUUGUGGUCCCUUUUUUUUCUAUCUCGCUCACUCUGCUGCUCUGUCUUUAUUCCUUCUCUGUGUUGACUGUAUCAGUGGAGAUAAAGACAUCGAGAUUAUCAAGAUAACACAAUCUGCAAACAUCUCUUAACAGCUGGAAACUCCCAAACACGUAUACUGCUAUCUGCUAUGACUAUACAGAAUUGCAUAACAGACAGUAGUCAGGGUUUAAAGGUGAAAGCUUCGGUUUCACUUUCUGGAUGAUCUUUAUGACAUAGCUUCAUCUAUUGUGAAAAAGAGAUUUUCUUCAUAGGAUGGAAGAAAUAAGCAUCCUGGUUCAAAUUUGAUUAUGUUGGGUCUUGUCCUCAGUCUGCCACCACUCCUCUCCUGUUAGUAUUACCACUAUUUCUCAUAGUUCACGGCUUCUUAGGAAAGUUGUUGUCAGGGCAACAAAGUCCACUGGAGAACCUUUACUUGUUUAACUAUAAAAGCACCAAUACUAUAUAAACAAGUAUACUUUACACUUUUACUUAGAGUAAUUUGAUGCCACAUGAUGGUCUAAUGAGGAUUCGGAAGCAUUAGAAAAUGUAAAUAUGCCCUCAUCAGUCGUUAAAGUAGGUUAAUAUGCUGACUCUGUUUUCCGUUAGAGACUACUGGGGCGCUGCAGCUCUCCAGGCUGCUCUCACAUCUGUUCCUGCUAACUGUAAUAAUUAACUGCCUCUUAAGACGAGCCUGUGAGUCAAACUAGUGAUUUUUUUUCCCUUAACGUCUACCAAUUUUGCAGACGUGCAUGUACACUUUUGAUUUGAUCUAGUUGCCCCUAGUGUCCCUUCUUCUUUAUGAGAUUUUCCCACCUAGAUGUGAGGUUGAUGUGAGUAGUGUUAUAGAUAAGAUUUCCUCAUGAGUCUAUUAAUUGUGUUUGUCUUAGACUCCACUUGCGUGAAACGUGUGCCAGAGGAGGUCUGUGGUAACCCGCGGUGAUAUGUGGCAUCCACAUGCAAAAGACGACAGUGUCGCACCAAAGUAAACUCCUCCUGCUGAGACUGUGACUAAUGAGGAGAAGUGAUGUCAAUGCAAACGCUCGAUGUCGCACUUAACACUUGUUCAUGAGCUUCAGUGGAGUUUGCCUUACUCUGUGACGUCAUGUGGUCAGUUUUUGUUGCUGACCAAUAGAGUGGCUGAACUGCUUAAACUCAAAGUUUUAUUUUGAACUGAAGUUUUUCCUUUGGCACGCCUCUCUGAACUCAAUCGAUGUCACGGUUUUUCUCGAUUUUCUUUGAACAGAGGUAAGACUCCUGUUUUUAAUCCUGCAGGAACGCUUCAGAUUAAAGUGACCUUAAUGUGUUAUUGUCUUUAAUUUAAUCCCUCAACGCCUCACAGAUUUGUGCCGCCAAUCCUCCGGUGUCUGUUGCAACACAAAUAACAGAAAAAACACAAGUCUCCUGCUGUUAGGUCUGCAAAAGUCUGCUACUCUUUUACAGAGAGAGGGGGGAAAGGCAACAUUAAAGAGCUAACUGUCUGCCUAAUAGAUUACCUCUCAUACAUUUUCCCUGCCCUCGGCUUCUAGCAUGACAAAUUUUUCUUGCAGGACUGGCGUCAAGUUUACCCUCACAGUCAGCUUUUCAAGCAUAAUAGUCUCCGAAAGAAAAAUAGUUCUUUAGAAAAGAGCUAUGGCAUUGAUUUUCAAGGGUAGCUUCCACAUUGCGAUGUCAAAGCUCAGACUGAAACUUCAGCCUCUGGGGUUUGGUCUGGCUGUGCGGUAGGAAUAAAGAAGUAUUCAUCAGAGCUGAACAGACGACAAAAGGACAAGGACAUUGAUUAGGAGUAAACACACUGGUCUGACCCACUUUCACAAAGUCCUGCCGAGGAAAAAUGGAGAUGCUGUUGCCAUGAACUAAGCAUGGUUGCAAUUAGGUUUGUUUUCGUGAGCACACAUUUGAUGGAGUGAGUGAAAUUUGUUUAGGUGUGACGAAAGGAAGAGGUGCAGAAAGAGAGCUGGCAUUUUGUGUUAUUGUUGGGCUUCCAUUAGAGAAUAAAUGAAACUUUAAUGAAAGAAAAUGAGACCCCGGUAAAUGUACGUCUUAUCAAACACUGUGCACUUUGGACAGUCAUGAUUAAAACCAGACACAAACCUUUAAAUAAAGACUGUAUACUUGAAGUAACAUCUGCUAUAAUGUGUCCUGGAGUCAGUGCAAGAACCUCCAUAUAAUGGCUCUUUAGAAAAAGCUUUUGAAACUGUUGUAAUUAGGUCAACAGAAGUCUGACUUCUGUUCUGGCAGGGGCACUUUAUAACCACUUGUUUCCACACCAUUGUGCCACUUUCUGCUUGUUUAAACACGCUGCCUUUUCUUUUAUUUGGAUCUUAAAUGCUAUAAUUUUCCCUUUUUGUUCCACUGCCUUGAGGUCGGGAGUCAUUACACUCUCAGUCUGUGCUUCAAAGUUUAGCCGAGCUGUUUGUUGUUGUUGUUUCUCUCAUGCCAUGAAUUUUCCAUUAUGAGAAUUUUCCAUGUUUACCUUGGCGUUGUUGUUGAUGUGGUUUCAUGGCACACCUCCCAACAGCUGAUUACCGAACGCCGUUAAGCAGCUGCAGAUGUUACAGCUGUGCGCAGCGAUAUUUUUGUCGUGGAGCACUCUUCGGUUACUGAGUGCUGUGACUAUUGAAAUGAAUGCUGAUUCUCCAGCAGAGAAUUCCGCUCAUCCAAACUGUAAAACAGCGUUUUGCACAGAAACUGGGUUUUUUUAAUCAACCUACCACUGUAUUUGUAGUUUUGAUUCUUUAUGGGAUCAGUUCUUGAUUCCCCAUUCAAACCCUGGAUACUCUUCAUGAAGAUCUGUGCCACAUCAGGAUGAAUAAAAAGACAAUAAUCAAAUCACAGCAGCACCAUUCCUUAUUAUCUCCUCCUGCGGCGCCCUCUCUGCCGGUAAACCUCUCUUUGUUGUGUUGUCAGAGUUAGAAACAUCCCCUGCAUUACAAUCCAAUUUCACCCCCUCUUCCCCCUAACCUUUGUACUGGCCUAAAAAUAGAGCACAGGAUAUCUGUGUAUUAUUAUGGAAAAGAAGAGCAGAGCCCUGCGUGUCCUCACACACGCAAUCUGCUGCGAAAGGUCUGCGAAGGAUCAGGAUUCAGGGGAAAUAGAUCUGUUGCUUUUUAUGAGCACAGAAAAUGAUUUCCACACAUCACAAAACACUUCCACGUCAAGGUUAGAGGAGUGAUUAUCUAAAGUUCAGGUCAGAAAACUUUCAUAUUUCCUUUGAGUUUACUUUAUACUUCUGUAGCUGACUCUCUUUUUUCUUGCUUCCUUGGUCCAGUUUCAGUUUUGUCCCCAUUUUUACCCCUUGAAUGUAUCCUUGCAUGGUUUUUCUUCCAUCCCUCCACUUUCUCUUGAUCAAAAGUCACUCCCCCCCUCUCCCCACCACCCCUCCUGUCCUUCAGCCUCCCUCAGCUCUCCAUAUCUAAAGACGUGGCCCCUCUUCUGAUCAGGGAACACUUACAUAACUGGCCUAUGGUGGUAAAGCCUUUUCCUCUGGCUGCACAGCCUCUGUGCUAAUGAUCUGUGCUAAUCACCUGCAGCAACGUCGAGAUGGAGCGACACACACACACUCACACUCACACACAUAAAUACCCACCUGAGAGCUUUUGUUCAUUGUUUUUAUGUUAUUGUGCAGAGAGGUUUGUUACCAUCUUUCAUUCUACGUGCAGAAAAUUCAAACAAAGCACCACGACGGUUUAAUCAGUCUACUUCAACUCUGAAAUGUCCUAUUUCUGGUUUGAAACUCAUUCUCAUUAAUUGACAGUCUCUUUAACUCAACUUUUAUAUAACUCACUCUCCUCAGGAAACAGCUGGCUAUAAAGCUUUUGAGGUUUCCACGUCUUUUAUCUAUUUGCGGCUAAAUUUCCGGCCUCCACUUCGGAUGCUCCUGUUUUACAGUGCACCUAAAAACACGCAGUUUCCGCCUACAGUUCCUGUCGUUUUACAGUUUGCGUCCUUUUAAUGAUGAUUGCCACCAUCAGCACUUCUCACAAGUCCUUCCAAGUCCAUUCUUCAGUUACAUGGCUAAUGAGGAUGGUUUGAUUAUGUACGUAGAAGAGUGCAAUGGACAGAUUAAAUUUUUAUAGACUAUGCAUGCAGUCCAGUUUCGUACUAUGUCGGUCAAGGAACCGCCACUGCUGCAAAUAAAGAAGGAUGCAAAAAAAAAAGAAGCUACAACGGAAGUUAAUGAAAAAAGUGGUGAUGCAAAAAAACAAACAAAAAAAAAAGUUACCUACUGCGAAAAUAAAAGGAUACAAAUUUAAAAAUAAUGGAAAUCAGCUGCAGGGGACCAAUGAUGAAAAAAAGUGAGGGGUCUUCAUACUUAUUUCUUUGAGUAAAGCAACCGAACCGUUAAGCUACUGCACUCGAUUCUCCCUCCUGUAGAUGGUCUUUUGGGGCGUAAUGGGUUUCCUGUGUUAUCCAAAGCUAACUCUACACUGGCAUCCUCCAGUUUAACUUCAUAUCGACUCAGGCGCAACAUGGCCUAACCAAAUGACACAUUGAAAAGUAUACGAAGCGAAAUUAAACAAUAACCUUUCCGCUAACUCCUUUGCUCGUCUUCUUGCCGUCGUCUUCUGUGCCUAAAUCGUAAAACACCGGUGCAUCGUCAUUAUUGGUCCUCCGCAGCUCACUUCCGUUGUGGCUUUUUUAUUUAUAUCCUUGUAUUUUCGCAGUAACUUUUUUUUGCAUCACCGCUUUUUUUGCAUCGUUAACUUCCGCUGUGUUUCUUUUUUUUAAUCUGCACCGUUUCUUUUUUUAUCCGCAGCGGGCUUCGGUUUAAUUUUUUUUCUGCAUCGGUAACUUCUCGCCGUCGUCUUCUGUCGCUAGAUCCUAAAACACUGGUGCGUCAUCAUUAUUGGUCCCCGGCAACUCACUUCCGUUGUGGCUUUUUUUAUUUGUAUCCUUUUAAUUUCGCAGUAAGUAACUUUUUCUUUUUGCAUCACCACUUCUUAUUCAGCGCCGUUAACUUCUGUUGCGGCUUUUUUUUUAAUCCGCACCGUAUCUUUUUUUAUUUGCAGCGGGCUUCAGUUUCUUUUUUUUCUGCAUCAGUAACUUUUGUUGUGGCUUCUUUGUUUUGCAGUCUUUUUUAUUUGCAGCAGUUUCAGUUCUCGGCCACCGUAAGUUUCUGUCAUUUCACUUUCAAAGAGUGUCUCCCUCACAGUCUUUCUGUGUUUGCAUGCAUCUCUUUGCACGCACACAUUCAUUCACACACUUCUGCUUUGCACUCCUUCCAUCUUAGUCUGCCAUCAUCGCCCGAUGAUGGGUGUUGUGAAAUACGGUACGACUCUGUGGUAUUUGACACUCUGGUGUUUUGGGGUAAUUCACGGCCCGGUGCUGUUGACCGAGAGGAUUUAGUGAUGACGGCUAAAAAGAGAAAGCAGACAUACCAGGGUGCCAAUGAUGUCAUGGCACACAGAUGAAGUAAUUCUUCAUUCAUCACGCUUGGAGGAAGCUGCUGCUGAAUAAGGAUACAGUCUAAUCACAGAUCAGCUUUUGCAAUGUAAAGACUUGUGCUUCUGUGUUGUAUCUAUUUUAUAGAGCAUAACAAGCAACCAUGAAAGCUGCAAACAACAGCGCCUGAGUCCAAACAGAGAGAUUAAGCCAGCAAUGAAACAUACUUCACAUCAAUGAUUUAUGAAACGGAGGAGCUCUGUGAAAGAUGAAGGAACAGAGCUGUGGGGAAUGAAGAACUUCUCUCUCAAAGCUGAUGUUUCUCUCUCUGUCUGUCCUCACAGGGCCUGUAUGUGUUCGCGGUCUACUUCGUCAUGCACAACCAGCUGUGUUGGCCCACUAAAGCCAGUUAUACUGUGGAGAUGAGCGGCCAUGACGGUCAGGACUCAUCGUACCAGGGAGGGGGACCUGCCACUGUUGGAGGAGACAUCAGCAAAUCGACUCAGAAUCUCAUCAGCGCCAUGGAGGAGGUAUACACAUACACACACAUGUAAAUGCCUAAAGUGAGGCAAAAAAAGGACAUUUUGACAUAAUCAUUUUUUGGAUUCACAGUAUUUAUACUCUGUAGCUUUAAUGCCCUCCAGCUUUUAUCCUCUGAAUUUCUAUUUUAGCUCCAGUACACCUAAUUCCCUAUUCUUAACUCUACCUUACAUAACUGAAAUAUCCAUUUUUCAUAAUCUAGGUCUUUUAUUUCUAGGUCUGGACAUCAUUUUUAUUUGUUAGUGCAAAAACUUUAACCAAAAGUUCUUUGCUGAGAUCUAAUGAUGCAGAUACUCAGUCAGCGCGGCCUCCUUGCGUACAAAGUCAUAGAUUUUCCAUCCUUGGAAGUUGCAUUUGAAGGUUUUGUGAAGGUUUCAGUUCAGCCCUAGAGUGAAAAGCGUUGCAUAGAUAGUGUCUCAGAAGUUAGAUUUAUCCUGGAAACUGUUUAAAUGAAACUCAGCACAAAUAAGAGUUGAGUUAGAGUUUACCUUUACAUAAAAAAAUCUCAGUCUCAUCCUUCUCUCCUUCCUCCCUCCCUUCUUUUUCACAUGCCCUCAUUCCCAUGGUUUUAUUUGCCCACUCCCCGAUCCUCCGUCAUACAUUUCUCACAUCAGCUGAGCAUGACUCCUCAAAGAACAUUCGAUGCUCAUCCACUCAGACGUUUUCUGAUUCGGACUGAUUCUUAUUAUGUAACAUCUGUGUGAAAUGUGUGUAAACGGUCAUUCGUGAACACCCACAUCAUCCGCUCCUGUGACCUUUCUGUCAGACCGGCAUAUCACAUGCAGGCGCCCGCUUAACACACACACACACACACACAUGCAGGAUUUUCUGUACUUCAGUGACUCUCAUCAGCCACCUCGUCCCUGGAGACUACCCUAUAAGGCUUGAGUUUGCAAGAAGGAGAGGGAAAGGGGGCAGGUUUAACUUCAUCACUCCUGGGAACCCCUCCUUCGCUCUUUCUUCGCCGGUCCUCUCUCCCACAUGUAGGAAUCCUGUAAUCGUGUCAUAUUCAUGAGAGCACACACUCACCUCUCUGAGAUCUGGCUACAGCCCAGCGAGAACAACCCGAGAACAGAUGGAGAGAGAGCUAAGAGAGGAGGUAUGAGAGUGAGAUGAGUGUGGAUUUGUGGAGUGAAUGGGAUUUGAAGUGAGAUAAGAAUAGGGGUAGAAGCGUAUAAUUUGAGGGUUCGAAGCGCGCACUGGAAGGUGAGUCAUCCACUGCCACCCCACACGGUGGCCGUGACAGAUCUGUGCCUGCUGGGGCUUAAUUCUUCUCAGUGGGAUAAUAUGUACUAGUUGCAGCCAGGCAAGCUUCAGAUGCUUGUGCAACGACCUAACACACAGCACAUACGACACACACAGAUCUAUGCAUGUUCACGGACAGAUGAGCCAUGCAUAAUAGAUGAACGCAGUGAAACCUGGGAGAGACGAUACGCAGAGUUUGGAGUUUUUUACUUGGAUACAAAAGUUUUUUUUAAGACUCUGAAUAAGAAUCCAUCUUCUGUCUGAGAAUGCUGACAGCAGUAUUUCCAUCAUGUUGUUCUUUGGUUGAUUCAUUAUGAAACCUAAAGCCCACUGACCCCGCUGUCACCCCAUGAACCCCUUGUGAUCCCACAACUCGGCCUUAACCUUUUGGGGGUGCUUGGACAACACGCACUCUGCAUGACCCCGGCUCUUCACAGACACAGUUACCCAGAUGUCAGAUGAAGCCAUUCUCUGGAUUACGCCUACGUGUGCACAAGCAAAUCCAACUGAACGAAUCUUAAUCAGUUAUCCCUGAAGACCGCCUGUAUGUGCACCACUAUGUUCAGUUUAAAUAUUUUCAGUAUCAAAUAUUAAGAGCUUCUGCUUUUCUACAUUAAUGCAUUUUGAGGUUCGAUGGAUUUCAAAGGAAUUUAUAAUCCCACAUGUCGCCAGCAUGUGAUAAUUCAUGAUUAAAAAAAAAUCCAGAAAAUUAAAGGCCUGUGUGUGAUUUCUCCAUGUGCUCAUGCAAGUGUGUAUCCGUGUGUCUUAGGUGUCCGCAGAUUGGGAGCGAGCAUCUCUGCGGCCCAGCAGCCAGCCCAGCAGUGUGUUCAAACCCAGUCCUGUGAUGGGGACGUACGGCACCGACGGCGGUUUCAUCAACACUAACCUGGUCACUGCAGACGAGGAGUCGCAGGAGUUUGACGAUCUCAUAUUUGCCUUAAAAACCGGUGAGGAUCCAAGUGAUUCACAAAUGAUCUGCUGUUUAUGGAGUGGCCACAAAAAAGUUUCUCCUACAUUUUAUUAAUUUGUUUGACAAGUUGGUUUCAUGGAUCAUUACUCUGCUUUAAAUGGGCUCUAAGAUCGAAGUCAUGUUUCUGUUCUCUCUGAUCAGAAUCUUGAUUCAAAAUUCAGUUAUCGUUUCCCCCUUGAAGGCAAGAACGAAUAAUAAUCAAGAUUUAUUUCUUUAAUAGCAACAGUUUAAAACAGAACUGGUCAAAGGGUUUCCAGUUUUUUUGCUCAACCUUCCACUUGUGUUAGCUUUUACUACGCGCCCAUGUCUUAAAUCAGCUGCAAAUCACACUAAAAACAAUUCUCUAUCAUCCAAUCUGGUUCUUAUCUCUAGGUUACCUUAUUAGGCUUCAUUAUCCAUGAAAAUAUUGCUUAUAAUAGUUUUUGUUGUGGUUCUCUGGGCCUUUCUUUGUCAGUAUACCCCUCAUACAGACAACCAUACUGAAUUAAUCUCACAUGUCUGGACAUGCCUGAAAUUGUUUUUUGUGCAGGGAGAAACAUGGCUAAAUGAGAAUUUACUAAAUCUCACACGAUUGGAAGAGGAUCUGACUGUCAGUGUGGUGCCUGACAGUGCACGUAUGAUUUUACUUUUUGCUCUACUUAUUAGAUAUUAAUCUAACCGGGUCAACAGCGACCUUAACACGAUAAGUGCCUUAAGAAGAGCAUUUUAUAAUUUAGUAAAUUUAAAUCUUUUUAUUUUUAUUUUGUUGAAAUAGAGGUUCCUGACAAAGUCAAAAAGUCUUGAUACAAAAAAGUGGUUCUUUUAAGCAUUUAAAAACAAAAACGGGUCGGUGCAGACCCUAUAAAAAAAGGAGGAGGGCUAAUAUUUUUCCUCCUGUGCUUUCAUUGUUGUAUAAAAAACACUAAACAAGAUCAAACUUUAUUGUCAUAAAACCCUGACUUGGAGGUCAAAAUAUCCCCCAAAACACACAGUACUUUUCCAUGACACAUAUGAAAAUAAAACCACAGUGUCACCAGAAUUGAAAACAGUUUCUUGGCCAGAAAACAUUUAAUCAUUAACAGAAAAAAACCAGCGUGCUUACAAAGUAAAUGUUCCCAAACAAGGUUUGGCACCAAAAACCCAAAAACUGGAAACAUCACGAGUUCAGAAAAGUCGGAGCCAAAUCAGUCAGAUCAUGUGUACGUGUAGUUUACAUAUACAUACAGUAUUUAUUAUCAUCUACACUGCUUAGUCACUCCUCAGCUUACAAUAAAUCUCUCCGCUGCCAUGGAAACCAUCCCUCUACUUCCAUUAAAUUUUCAUGAGCUGAAGGCCAAAACUGCUCACUGAUAUAUGGUACACAAACACGAACAGUCCUCUCCUCCAGUCUUACUCCCUGAAGUCUCAGACUAAUUCAUCCACAGGGUCUGAACAGGAGCCUCUGCGCACAGGGACACUUCUCAUGCUAAUGUGAGACACUGUCGAAAAUGUCAGCCUGCACUGGAGUUAUUGUCAUUCCCUUGAAUAAGAAUGAAAAUAUCAAAGACGCUCUCCGGAGACAGCGAUGGCUGACCUACCUUAACUGGUGCUUAAUAACUUCAAAAUGAGUUCAAAGAAAAAACUUGAUUACAAAUAAAAGAAGUAAAUCUUAUUUUCAUAUCCACUGAAGCACCAAAAUCAGAGUCUGCGUUGUAAUAAAUCAGCUGGUUGGCAUCGUGUGAAAUUAUAAAUGUCAUUUUUUCAGCCUUUGGCAUUAAAAUAAACAUAAUGAUUAAUGGGGACAUUGCGUAACAAAAAGACAACAACCCUUUUUUAAGACACUGAAGCAUUUAUUUUUAAACUCUGGAUUCAUUAUGGAAAUUGCUAUGUAUCCAAGCCUAAUCCGUAGAUUUCACUGUUAUUCUAUGGGUUAUUUUUUGCUUCGCCCUGCACCGUCAGUUCUGACCCAUAGUAAGUUUUUAUAUUGAUGAACAAUUAACCAUUUUAACCGUCAUUAAACUCAAACUUAUGGCAUCACAGUCAGGCUCGUCACUAUAACAGCAGAGAGGGUUUGAUCGAUCAAGCGCAGAAUGAAGUGUCAGCAGUUCAUACAGAUAGAUCACCCUGAUAAGAAGCUGAAGUUAAUCGGACUGAGUCAGGACAUUUCGACUCUCUGUGUUGAUGUUUUUGAUUCUGGAGAAAAUAAAUCACCUUAAAGAUAAUCAAUCAUUUACAGAUCGUCAAUGCUGCGAUGUUGAGGUUUGAUUUCACUUCCCUGUCUGGCACCCUCGCAGUCAUCCCAUCAUUGUGUAUGCAUAUAUGCUGCAGCCUUUGCAAGCAUGCAUCCCAGAAAAACAAAACAUGUAACCAUGGAGACCGCCAAAUUAAAAGCCCCUCAUAGCAGGUGAGAGUUCUUAGGAGACUUAAGGGCGUUAAUGAUUGCGGAUUAGUCUGAGAGGAUAGUGUUACACUGAGCUAAAAUCUUGGACAGAGAUAGCCUUUUAUUCCCUUAUUGAUUGUGCGCUGACAGUGUGAAUCUCUGAGAUGUGUGUGUUUGUACAUCACUACUCGUCUCAAGUAAACCCCCAGACGCAGCAGCAGCAGGUUGUUUGUCUCUGAUCUGCUCUUCUCCUGACCUCACCCCGCUGUCCAGAGCUGGCAGGGGUGUCGGACCUUAAAUAGCCCCCGAAGCCGCAACAAACAAGCCAAAGAAUUUAUUGGUCUCCUUGUCUGUAGACUCAGCAGGAUGAAGUAAUCACUCAUAUUAUUCAGCGUGGCACAAAGGCAAGUUUGUGGGAUUUAAUUAAGUCGAAUCAGUUGGCUCCUUGUAAGCUCUCUGGCAUCACCUCAAGAAAACAGGACUGUCAGGCGCACACUUCAUCUUCACUUAGGAGAAACAGUCGUAUAAACGUUGUAGUCUUUUAGGUUUGAAGAAGUUUUACCAUUUCACACUUUCCCUCGUGACCUCUGACCCUCUCUUUCUCCGAGCGCGUCACACUGAACUUCUAACCUGGUUUAAUCUCGAUCGGUCAGUGAGCAGUAAAGAUCAUUCAGGAUUACAUAACAGGGCAGCGCCCGAUGGGGGUCAGAGAGUAGUGCUGUAAUGAGGGUCUUCACACUUCAUUUGGCAGUGAACUAUUAACUCAUACACACAGAGGUCUACACGUACACUGAGCAUAUGUGUUCUGCAUAGUACUGAGAGCUGAUUUCUAACAUGCGUGCUUCACUGUCUUAAGCCUUCUCUUAUCAAAUGAAGCAUCAGAGGCCCCUCAGGUCAUGUCGCAAAAGUCAGACGUCACCUUCUUUUAUAGGUUACUGUUUAACUGACAAAGGAUUUCGCCAAGAACAGCGAGCUGAGCAGACUUACUUUUUAUGUGGUUAGUUUAGUAACAUACAGUAAUUGAAUGUAUCUGUUACACACGAUGAUUUUCUUCAAGAGCAUCAACAGUAUUUUAAUAUUUGGUAACACUUUACAAUAACCAUGACUUAUAAAUGGUAAAUAGACCAUUUAUAAAUGAUAAAUAGACCAUUUAUAAAUGUUAACCAGAUAGUUUAUUGAUGUUUAAUCAUCAUUUAUAAAUAGCAUAUAGACUAAUAAUCAGAUGUAAAAAUUACAAUUUUAAAAACUUUACCUUAACCCUAAUUUCUAAGUAAUCUAAGUAAUGUUUAUAGAUGGUUUGAAAACCAAAUAUUAACCAUUUACAAAGUGCUACUGAUACAUUUUAAUCUAGAUGUUUGACAACCAAUAUUUAAACCCUAUAUGGACCUUUGAUAAAUAGUUCAUUAAUAAUUAAUAAAAAAAUUAAUAAUCAUAAUUUUAAUUGCUUGUUAAUGGUAAAUUAACUCUUAACUUACAAUAAUAAACUACCUAUUUGCCAUUUAUAAUUGGUCCAUAUGCUGUUUUUAAAUGAUGAUUAAACGUUAAUAAAACUAUCUAUUUACCAUUUAUAAAUUAUGGUUAUUGUAAAGUGUUACCUAACAUUUUUGCACAUCCAAAACCAGAAACUACAGAUAGGACUCUGACUUUAAUGUUAAAAAUGUUGUAAAAUAAAAGCACAAAAAAGUUGCAUUAUGACACUUUUACUUCCUGCAAGCAGACAAGAAUAGAGUAAUGAACAAGCGAUAAAAAUGUAUUAUUCUAACUUUUUUUUUGUCAAGAUUUUGCAUCUAAAAGCAUCUGGUGUUUUUUGACUAAUUUCUGCAUGUCAUACAAAUGUUGAAAAUGUUCAAAAAAGGCCUCAAAAUAUCACAUUUUUUAUUGGUUCUCUUUCAAAAGUGCCUUACAAAAAGUGAUCUUGUGUUUCCCUGAUUUUAUAGUUCUCAAAAUGUUCCACCAACAAAUAAACAAUAAAUAAAAAGCACUUAAAUAUGAAGUAAACUUUGGAGUGAUUAGUUGUUGAAAGUAGUCACGUAGUGGUGAAAAUCUACAAAAGUCGCAGUCGUUUAUUCAAGUGAGAAUGUAUAAGUACUAUAGGAGCAUUCUUAUAGAUUUACUGAGCAUGUGUUGACUACACAGCACAUACAGUGUACCACUGUUCUUUGGCCAAUAAUGAAUGACUUUGUUUCAUUGCCCCACUCUUACAUCAGAGUCUGGAAGUCUGCUCCAAUUAUUACCAUAGGGGAUCAGAUGCAGAGCCGUAAUCUGUCUGAUAACACGGAUAAUAUAUAACAUAUGGUAAUGGUUACCCAACACUUGAUUGGCACUUAUGGGGCCACAGGUCCAACAUUAAGAUUGAAAAACAUUUACAUCUGCAUCUAAAAUGAUUUCUAAUAAUUGUUUUGUAACCUCUGUCUGUAUUUUUCAGGGACCGGCCUUAAUGUGAGCGACAACGAGUCCAUCCCUGGAAGCCACGAUGGCGUGAGCGUCAGUAACUCUCAGAUAGUGGAGCUGAGGCGGAUCCCCAUCGCAGACACGCACCUCUAA